CUGGUUGAUAACAGUGAAAUCUUAUAAGGUAAGAAGGAACCCAGGAUCCCAAAACACCAUAGCAACUUAAUUGAGAUGAAAUCAUUAUGGUGCUUAGAGUGGUCCUCUAACUGUUAGGGGAAAUUAUUUCUAAAGGUCUCAAACUCAAUUUACCUGGAGGCCAAGUCUUUUUCUCCCAUGGAAGCCACACGUCUGUACUCAGAGUGCACCCACAUGCACACACAUGAUACAGAUCCAUAUUCACAUAUGCCAGCAUGUACACCAAGGAUGUCAAACUCAAAGGCUAACAUGGCCAAAUAAAAAAAGUUUAAGUUUAUGUGGGCUGCAAAAAAAAGAGUUCAACCUAGACCAACACAAACUAAAAUUACUUGUAUCAUUCUCAUACAAAGAAUCCCUGAACAUAGACGAAUGCAACAGAGCAGGGAAAUUUCCCUGAACAUCGAUUUAAGGGAUUCCCUGCUCUGGUGCGCAUGUCUGUGUUCAUGGACAUUUUCCCAAACAUAGACAAACACACAAGAGCAGGGAAUCCCUCUAAUCUAUGCUCGGGGAAAUUUCCCUGAACAUAAAUUAGACGGAUUCCCUGCUCUGUUGCGUUCGUCUAUGUUUGGGAAAAUGUCUGAAAUGGAAAAAUCAAUCAAAGUAUUGAUUAUUUCUUUGUGUAUCUGCCCCUGGCCAAAUCAAUGAAACGAUGCGUGCACGCUCCCUGAAGUAAUUCACACCAGACACAGGUUCCAGGUUGUUGAAUAACUUGAGGAAUGUUUAUUCAGAGGGGACGGCAGGUCCCUUUUAAAGCAUAAUUACAUCAUAAGCAUUGUCAGAGAUAACAUGGAAUAAUACAUCAAUAAUUGGUUAGGUGUUAAGUGGUCGCUCUAAUGCUCUGCCUACUGUAGGUGAUGUCACCGGGGCCAUGAGGGUCUCCCACGGUUUCCCGGCGCCAUCUUGCUGCACGAGGUAGUUAGUUGGUUUUAAGAAGGGAAGGGGGGGGGAGGAGAGGUUAGAAGCUUCUAGCAGCCAUUUUGACUAAAACAUGUGUGCUUAGCUUUAUAUAUAAUAUAUCGUGGAAUGAGUAAAUAGACAUUUUCACUAACUAGGAAAUAUGUGCAGACCUUAUUUCCACAACAGUCCCCCCUAAAAUGGCUAUUUACCAUAACAACUGCUACUGUCCCUAAUAUGUCCCUAGCUGCCUGCAGCUCAUCUGUCUUAACAAGCAUCGAACACUUCACUCCGUGGGUAACCCGCAGCGGCUAGUCCACCACAUCUCCACACGUGAGACUCGCCUGCUAAGACAGACGCUUUCCCUACACUGUCCCUACAGGAGAGCAGUUGUCUGUUUGAACUGAUGUGAUUGAAGGGGUGUAUGUGGAGUGUCAUCUUUGAGGUCUGUGAUGUCUUGAUGUAGGAAAGUAGGGGUCACGUCAUCUAUAGUCUUAUCUACCGCUUUCUGUAAGUACUUCUGUAUGCAAGGGAGCACGCAACAGGUUAAAAAUAAGAAGAUGAUAAUCAUUAUAAGAACAGCUGUCCCUACCUGGAAGAGAGUCCUUUGCCAACCAUUCAUCCACCCAAACCAUCUGUCCCAAGUAUCAGUGACUCCUGAAUUUUUCUUUAGUUCAUCAGAAAGACUAUCUAGCUUUUCUAUGGCCGUAGUCACCUUACCAUUUGGCCCAGUGUUGUCUGGAAUGUAUGUGCAACACGUCAUAGUCUCAGGGAGGAUCUUACAUACUCCCCCUUUCUCAGCUAGAAUCAUAUCUAGGGCCAUUCUGUUCUGAAAUGUCAUUUGAGUAGUGGCUUGUAACUGUUCUGCUAGGCCCUGUAGGGCAUCCCUUGUGUAGUUAACGAAGCGCUGCUGAUUAUAAUAGAUGUAGUUGAUCCAAUUAACAUUUUUGUUAGCAGUUAUCAUUGGAAUUAGGGAUUCAAAUCCUGCAGCCACUUCAUCUCUUGCUUUAAAUUCGUUAGGCACCCCCCUUGGCACACCUAUGGCAUCAAUAUACACAUGGGGGUCGAAGCUCCCUCGGAUAGGAGCCUCUCGUUUGGUUCUAAAGUGUACAUGUGUAAGGUUUAACUUGUUAUGACUACCAUCUGGAAUAAUGUGGAUAGGCAUUAUGACUUUGGUUAGGGCUCACUCCCCCCACCAUUGCCCAGCUAAUUGGGACCUCAAUUGUUUGUCACCACAUAACCAAUAGAUAUCACCGAUUGUCUUUGUGUGGUUCAUUAGCAGUGAUACAGGUGGAUUAUGGUAAGUUGAGCAAUAUCCUGAUGGGAAUUUGCCCAGAUACAAACCAGCGUUCUUAGGUAUUGUAUAACAUGUGUAAUUACCUGGGUAGACGGUGACUCCAUCAGGUGGUUUUACAUGUCCAUGAGUGAUUGGGUAAAUUCUCUUCCAUGAUUCACAUGUUAAGGAGUUGGUGGUGGAUUGUGCAUAAAGACUCAGAACACAUAAUUCUACUUCAGGGGGUAAGCUCAGAGGUACUGUACCCAGAUGGGGCCUGGCUCCUCCACAUACAUAACAGUUAGUCUUAUUAUGUGAGUUGGCAUUAUACCUCAUCCAUUCUAGCCACAAAUUAGUGUCUGAAAACCCAGUCUCUACUGCCAUGGUAUCUUCAAAGGUGGGGUUGGCUAUAGCUACCAUGUCAUGUAGGGUCUUAAUAUGUGGCUUUAAUGGGUUAAUGAUCAUGUGAGUGGUCCCUACCCAGUCUGGGCAGGUGAGCAUGUCCUGUAGGUAAAAUGUCCCCAAUGCAUUAUGUGAGCCACCUCCCUUCCAAUACAUUCCCAUCACAUAUUCCCCUGCAUCCCUUGGGCUGGGGUGUUCUAUAUUCAGGGUAAGUUUAAUGGGAGUUGACCCUAUGGGUUUACUCAGAGUCAUUCUAGAAAGUAGGGGUUUCCCGUCUUUGUCAAGUCUGUCCAGUGCAACUUGAGGUCUGUAGCCCCAUGGUCUACCUGUAUUCCACCCGGCAGCUUUCCAUGAACUACAAUGGUGUCCCCAAACUCCUCCAGUCACACAAAUGUAUGGAUCCUUUUUGUUAGGUAUGUCUUUGUAUAUGGCUGCAUAUUGUGUUUGUGGAAAUGUACAAGUAACUAUGUCACAGUAAUCAAAGGUGUAUGUGGCUACAUCAGUAUUAGAAGAAUUGUACCAGAAAGUGUAAACGUGAUUAUCUUUGGUUAUGGCCACUUGUUGGGCCCAGGCAAAGUGUAGCAACAUAAGAAAACACAAGACACAUAAUAAAUUCAUAUUUCAACAGGAUCAGCCUCUUCUGGAGCAGGCACUUUUUUGCAAUGUGAAGCGUGUAUCCAAGAACUCUUUCCAGCUAGUUUAACUGACGUUGGUGUAAUCAGGAGCACUUGAUAAGGACCAUCAAAUCUCGGUUCUAGGGUGUGUUUUCUGAGAAACUUCUUGACCAUAAUCCAAUCACCCGGAAGAACCUGUAUUCGACUCAGGAUCUGGAAUAGAAGAAAACACUUGGGCAUGUAUCUUGGUCAAGGCAUGUGAGAGGGCAGUCACAUAGUCUACCAUAGCAUCUGACUGAAUCUGAAGCUGUUGGGGAAAGUAGCAACCUAACCUGGGUGCUGUACCAAACAAAAUCUCACAAGCUAUAUUUUCCUCUGGGAGUGUACCUUACACUAAAUAACGCUAGUGGGAGACUCUCGGGCCAGGGCAUUUUAGUUUCUUGUGACAUCUUAAGCAUUCUGGCUUUCAAAGUGCCAUUCAUGCGUUCUACCUUACCGCUACUUUGUGGGUGGUAUUGUGUGUGGAAUGCAAGGGUCACCCCCAGUGCUGACCAGACUUCCCGUGUUAGCGAGGCAGUGAAGGAGGUCCCUUGGUCACUUUCAAUUACUUCUGGAACUCCAUAGCGGCAAACAAUUUCUGUCAAAAGAUACUUGGCUGUAGUCCUCGCGGUGAGAUUAGUCACUGGGAAGGCCUCUGGCCAUCCUGAGAACAUGUCCACUAUGACCAAUGCAUAUUCAUAACGUCCACUCUUUGGCAUCUGAAUGUGAUCAAUCUGGAUCCUCUGGAAGGGGUAUUGUGGUUUAGCUAGGUGAUUAGGUGUGGUCUUUAUGAUCUUUCCAGGAUUGCAUUUAGCACAUAUAGUACAAGAUUUACAGUAAUUCCGUGUUAAGGUAGUGAUGCCUGGUGCUUCAAAAUACUUGUCAAUCAGUGAGUUCAUCAGGAGUUUCGACAGGUGGGCUGGCCCAUGGGCCCAUUGGACCACCGCUGAGUACAUACUUCUGGGUAAGCAGAACUUGAGAUUGAUGGUGUAAACAUCAUCACGGAGUACAGCUCCUUUAUUCUUCCAACUUUGUUUCUCCUGGGGAGUAGCAGCAGCUUGUUGUUCCUUCAGAAGCCUAAGAUCUGUAGGCAAUGUUUGCAUAGUGUAGAUGGGUAAUGUAUCUGUGGCCACUCUUCUGUCCACUUCCCAUCCUUGCCGUGCUGCUUCCUUAGCUGCCUGAUCAGCUAAGUGGUUGCCCCGUGCUUCUUCUGUGUCUAGUCUUCCGUGGGCUUUUACUUUCAGUACUGCCACCUCUGCUGGAAGUUCCAAUGCAUCCAUCAGUUCUGCAAUGGCUGCCCCAUGUUUUACUGGGGUACCGGUAGCCGUAAGAAAUCCUCUGGUCUUCCAAAUUAAGCCAAAGUCAUGUGCUACUCCCAGGGCAUAUCUUGAAUCCGUGUAAAUAUUGACACGUAGACCUUCAGACAAUUUGCAGGCCACAGUCAGGGCUGUUAGCUCGGCUUCUUGAGCAGACUUAGCUGGUUGUAGGGCAGCUGCUUGUAAUACUUGACAUCCUGUGGUGACUGCAUACCCAGUGUGAUAUUGUCCCUGUUCAUCAGCAAAUCUUGACCCAUCCACAAAUAGUGUUUGGUCCGGGUUGAGUAAUGCAGCUUCAUAGACAGUUGGUAGGUGUGUAGUUUCCAUUUUCAUUUGUUCAAAACAAUCAUGAGGAAUAUCUAGGUCACAGUCUGUGGUGAGUGGAUCUUCACAGGCUUCUGUGUGGUACCUUGGGUACCCUGCUGUACAGUAGUUAAUAGUCUUUUUGUUGAUCCCCGUAGAAGUCAGUUGUUCUUGGGUCAUUUGGCUCCAGGUUUUGGCCAUCGGGCCUAGGUCUUUCCAUGAGGUGUCGGGGGAUCUGGUGAGAGAUAUGUGUGGGAUAGCUGUUUCCCAAUGAUGGUAGAGAUGUGUUACAUUCUCUGUAAGAUGGACUAAGAUGAGCAUGGUACCUGUGGGGUCCCAGAAUAAGUCAGUCAGGGUAAUUUGAAUUUCUUUGAGCUGGAAUAGUUCUUCCUCAUAGUUCAUAUCAGGGCCUGGUACGUCCUUAAACCACAAGGUACAGUGAAGUAGGGCCUCUGAUUGUUCAUCAUGUGGAGGUGCAAGUGCAGGCAGCUGCAAAUCUGUUCAAACCUCUGGGUUGAUAUCCAGGCUAUACCAGUAAUGCACAACUCCCCCCUUGGGAAGUGGCAGAAGAGUGGCUGGGUUCAGGGAAAGACAUCUCUGGAGUUUCACAUUGUCAGGUAGAAGUAAGGAGGUUUGCAGACGGAGGUGACGUUGGGAGGAAAGGUGUUUAGGUUGAACUUGUUGCAGGAUUGCAGUAAUAUCAUGAGGGGCCAACACUGUGAGGUGAUGGCCAAGAACAAAAUCAUUGGUCUUGUCUAGGAGGGCGCUGGCGGCAAACACCGCUCUGAGGCAAGAGGGGCUACCCCUCGCAACAGGGUCAAGCAUGCAGGAAAAAUAGCCAAUAGGUCGUUGCCGUGACCCAUGUUUCUGGGUAAGGACUCCAGAAGCAUGUCCUGACUUUUCAGAGACAAACAAAUUGAAAGGAAGUUGGUAGUUGGGUAGGCCCAAAGCAGGUGCAGAAGCAAUAGCUCUUUUCAGAUUGUGGAAACAGGUGAUAGUUUCUUCAGUGAGGUGAAAGGGCUCACUCCUGAGGGCAUCAUAGAGUGGCUGCAUGAGCUUUGAUGCUUCGGGUAUCCAGGACCUGCAAUAUGUGAUAAGACCCAAAAAGGCAUGAAGAGUCUGAUGUGUCGCAGGUAAAGGGAGUUGCAGAAUAGCUUGCACACGUUGAGAAGUUAGAUGCUUGGUGCCAUGGGAAAGGCAAUGUCCCAAGAAGACCACAGAGGGCCGGCACCAUUGUAGCUUUGAUUUUGAAGCUUUGCAACCAGCUGCAGCGAGGAAACAUAGGAGAUCUUCUGAGUCACGCUCUGCAGUGGGCAAAUCAGGAGCACAGAGAAGGAGAUCAUCAACAUAUUGAAGCAGGACAACAUCCAAAUGAGAUUUCUGCCAGGGAUCCAGAACCAGGGACAUGGCAUGAGCAAACUGUGUGGGGGAAUUCUGAGCCCCCUGAGGCAUAACAGUCCAGGUAUAUUGUUGUCCUUCAUGAGUGAAGGCGAAGAGAAAGCGGCAGGAAGGGUCAAGGGGGACACUGAAAAAGGCAUUAGCUAGAUCCACUACAGUGAAUAUUGUGGAAGUUGGUGGGACUUGGGACAAGAGGGUGUGAGGGUUUGGAACAAUAGCAGUGUCUUUUAUGGUUACUUCAUUAACAGCACGGAGGUCCUGCACCAUGCGGUACUGGUCGGGUUGACCCUUAACAGUUCGCUUUUUAACAGGGAAAAGUGGUGUGUUACAUGGAGAUGUGCACUUGAUGAGGGCACCUUUGGCAAGUAGGCUUUCAACUUGUUUGGUGAUGGCUUCAGCUUGUGCUAGCUUCAGAGGAUACUGUGGUCUACGAGGAGGUAGUGCUCCAGGCAGGAGCUGGACCAAGACUGGGGGUACAUGUAAGCGCCCAAUAUCAUCCGGGCCGGUGGACCAAAGUUCUUGGGGGAUACGAUCCAGAACACUGGGGGUGUGUGAGACCCGUGCAUUCCCUGUACUUUCAGUUAGGUUCAACAAGAUGGGGAGUGAGCAGAGGACAGAGGUAUCUUUUUGUGAUAAGGGGGUUGUCAACUCAACUUGACCAUCUGCAGUAAAGGUAAUAGAAGCCUGGAGCCGAGAGAGAACAUCAGCACCUAGGAGGUUAAUGGGGCAAGUAGAGGAAACAACAAACCGGGAGAGGAUGUGUGAUCCUACGUGUAGGAGCUUAGUAAGGGGGUUACUGCGUGGUGUACCAUCCACCCCAACACAGGAGACAUCGGUGUCAGAUAAGAAGGAAGGGUCUGGCAGGUCUUGUUCCCUAAGGACACUACGGGCUGCACCUGUGUCAACUAGAAAGGUGGUUGGGUGACCUUCCACGGGGAGAACUACAGUAGCUAAAGGCCCUCCCCCAUCCCCCGCAGACACUGCCAUGGCAGGGGUUGCUGACACAGGCUUGCCAGUUACCUAUUGUAAUAAAUCUAGAUGGGCCUGGUCUGGUCCCUGGUACCGGCGGGAAGUGGAAGGAGGGUUAGUAGAAUGCAUGGGAGGACGGGAUGGGCGGAUGGCGUGGCGGGGUUGUGGCUGACUGUCUUGGAAAUCAUCGUUGUCAUACCCUUCAGCGGAGGGCGAAGUGUAUGCACGAGCUUCUGAUGCAGGGAGCCGGGCUUGGGUGUAUUCAGGAGGAGGAGGUGGAGGAAGUUGAGGCAACUGUGGAUGGGGCAGGGCAGGGAGGUAACCAGUGGAGGGGAAAUUAUAGCCGGUGACAUGGGGACUUGGGUACCGGGGAGUCUGUUGGCGGAUCACUCUAGGGUGUGGGCAAUCUCUUCUAAAGUGACCUGGCUGAUUACAAUUAAAACAGGUCCGGAUUGUUGUGAUAGUCCGGUCCCGGGAGAAGGGAAUUGGUGCAGGCAGUGUCUGGGGUGACUGAGUGUACUGCUGGGGGAGUAACUGAGGAACUUGGUUAGAACCUGCAAUUGGUGUGGAGGUAGUGUACAUCAGAGGACUAGUUCUUCGCUGUGUGGGUUGCAAAACAGAUUCUAAGCCUUUGGCUACCAACAAAAGAGUGUCCAGUGGAAUAAUUCUGUACUCUGGGCGAGCUAAAAUUAACCCCUUACGAAUGUGUUCCCUAAGGCCUGCCACAAAAGCUGCAGAUAGCAUCUGGGUGUGUGCUUUGUUAUAGGUGCUGAACCCUAAGUCUGAGAAAGUCUGAGUCAAUCUAGAGUGAUACUUUUCUUUUUUUUACUUAUAUAAAUUUUUAUUUUUCAUUUUGAAAAAAUUCAUCCAUAUACAUUUUCAUAAAAAAGAUUUUACAAUAUGGUACAAUAUUUUCCUUUACAAUAAAUUAUGUAAUUAUACAUAUAACUAGUGUAGCCAUAUUUCACUUAAACAUUGUCUACAUAAACUACAUUCGAACCAAAGAAAAUAACACACAAUUCCUCUUUCUUACAAUCUUACAAUUUCACAGGUACUACCUAAGACUGGUUAACUGUGGGAGGGGUUGAGUUUUUACUACUAAGAUAUCCAACCCAAGGGGCCCAAAUUUCAUCAUAUUUCUCUCUGGAUAACUUAUUUGAGGCUAAGCCAGCUUCCAUCCUACGUUGAUAAUCUAUUUGUAUACCUAUAUCAUGCCAAUUUAACGAACCCAUAUUUCUCCAAUUUCUGGCCAUAACUAUUUUUAUUGCCAUAAAAGAAUGAAUCAUAAGAAUUUUUUGUUUUAUAUUAACUUUUGGCAGAUCUAAAUGGAACAGGAACAUUUGUGCCGUAAUAAUAGUUUUAACCUUCAGAAUGAAAUCCACCAAGUCCGAUAAAAUUAUUUUCAUAGAUUUCAACUCCUCACAGUCCCACCAGAUGUGGGAGAAUGAACCUAACUCCCUACCACAUCUCCAACAAUCUGGUAGAAGUGUGGGUUGAAAUCUAUGAAGACGAGUGGGCACCAAGUACCAACGGUAUACUAAUUUAAAGUACACUUCCUGUAUAUUCACCCCAUGUAUGUGUCUUUUUACUAAUUGUAGGGCCGAAUUCCAAUUUUCAACCGAAGAUGAGAAAUGGAGUUCCUGCUCCCAAUUAAUCAUUGCCAAUGCUUUAACUAUUUGCCUUUGGCAACUUGUAAAUUGAUUAAAUCUAGAUGCAAUUUUUUUUUUUAUAGUGGAAUGCUACAAACUGAUCGAAUGGAGAAGUGUCCGAAAAAACAUUUCCCAUAACGAAGGAUUUUAUUCUUAAGUAAUUAAAUAUUUCCUUCGAAGGGAGAUUAUAAUUAAGCUGUAGCAUUGCAAAUGGCAAUAUUUUGUUAUCAUUUAAAAGUUCCGCAAUUUUUACAAUUCCACAUUUUUCCCAUUCUUGAAGAUUUAUAUUCUUUAUAUAAUAUUUAAGACACAUAAAUGGGGCAUUUCUUGAUAUAUAUUUAGUUCCGUAUUUUUUCUUCAGAUAUUUUACAAUAUAGAUCAUUGUGUUAUUCAUCGGGUUAUUAGAUCUUAAAUUUUUUACAAAUUCACUAUCACACCACCAGAGAAAUAAAGGUUCAAUAUUACACAGAUCCGAUUUUUCGAUAUCUAACCAAACUGGUCUUGUCUUUGUAAAGUUAUCACAUUUAAUUAAGUGUGCUACCAUGUUGUUCAUAUAUAGUUUCUGUAUAUCUGGGAAAGAAAUUCCCCCUUCCUUCCAAUGUCUCUGUAAAAUUUCCAUUGAUACUCUAGGUCUCUUAUCUUGCCAUAUAUAUUCCGAAACAAGUUUUUGAAGACCGUGUAUCGUCUGGAAUGGAACCCUCAGCGGGAGGUUACAAAACAAAAAUGUCAGUUUAGGGAGUAAAUAAGAAUUUAUCGCUUCUAUUCUUCCCAGCCAGGACAAUUCCAAUCCCUUCCAAUUUUUUAGGGUAUUCCUAAAUUGGGUAACUAUUUCUAUAUAAUUAAGUUCACCAAUUUCCCUAUAGUCCAAAGAUAGUAUUUUAUGUUCCUUGCUUCCCAAUCACAUUUAAAUUCCUUUUUAAGUUUUUUUACCCCAGGCCCAUUUAGGCCUCUUGUCAAGAUUUGUGAUUUAUUUAAAUUUGUUUUAUAACCUGAAAAUUUACUGUACUCAUUAAUAAGACAAAAUACAGCUGGGAUAGAUCUAAUGGGAUCUGUAAGAGUCAGUAGAACGUCAUCUGCAUAAAGUGCAAUUUUGUUCUCCGAACUAUUUACUUUUAGCCCGCUGAUAUUUUCAUUCUGCCUAAUCGCGGCUGCCAACGGUUCUAUAGAGAGGAUGUAUAACAAAGGAGCCAGAGGGCAACCCUGACGCGUCCCGUUUCUAAUUGGGAACCAAUUUGAUUGAAACAUAAAUCCUAAAACUCUGGCUUGAGGAUCUUUAUAUAACGCCAUUGUGCACUCUUUAAAGAGACCCUCAAUGCCGAAGGCCUUCAAAACCUCUUCCAAAUAUUUCCAGUUAACACGGUCGAAGGCCUUCUCGGCAUCAAGGGUUACCAUGGCGAAAGGGGACACACUUUUGUCCGCAUGAUAUAAAACAUUCAAUAAUUUCCUAAUGUUAUCUGAUGUACCUCUGCCUUCCACAAAUCCACUCUGAUCUUUAUAUACAAUAUCAGGUAUAUUUUGUUUAAGUCUAUCGGCCAAAAUUCUAGAGUAUACUUUAAUAUCUAGAUUAAUAAGAGAGAUUGGUCUAUAGUUCGAAGUAUACCUUGGAUCCUUUUCUACCUUGGGGAUUGGAAUUAUAGAGGCCUGAAGUAGUUCAGAUGGAAUAGUUUUAUGGCUGACAAAUUCUUUAAAUGUCUUCAAUAAAUAUGGGGAAAUUAUAUCAUUUAAUUUUUUAUAAAAAAUCGAUGUAAACCCAUCUGGGCCUGGUGCUUUGCCCGGUAUUAAUACUUUAAUAGUAUCGCUAAUCUCCUGAAUGGAAAAUGGAGCAUUAAGCUGAUUUAAUUUCUCAAUAGAAAUCUUUGGCAAGCCUAAUUUAUCCAGGAAAUUCUUUAUUUCCCCUACAGAUGGCUCGUUAAAUUUUAAAUUAUAUAAACUUUUAUAAUAUUCUUCAAAUGCAUUAGCUAUUUGGGUUGGUGAAGAAAGUUUUUUAUUUCUAGCUAUUAUAUAGUUUAUAGAUUGAGAUUUAUUUUUAUGUUUUAGUUUAUUUGAAAGAUUUUUCCCUGUUUUAUUAUUUCCAUAAUACCAUCCCUGCUUUAAUACUAACAUUGCUUUAUCAAUUUUUUCUUGAGUUCUUAUUAAUAUUUUCUUCCUAAUCUCCUUAAUGUCCUCUAGAAUUCUAUGGUCUAAAGUAAUCUUAUGUAGACAUUCUUGUUUUGCUAAAUCAAUAUAAAGCUCAUUCAACUCUUUUCCCUUCUUUUUCUUUAUAUUGGCACCCAAUUUUAUAAGACACCCUCUCAUAUAUGAUUUAAAAGUGCACCACAACAUAGCUUUAGAAACGUCCCCUGUAUCAUUAAUUUCAAAAAAUUCUCUAGCCUGAAUACGCAGUUCUUCUACGUUACUUUCUGAUUUUAAUAGAGUUUCAUUUAGUCGCCAUCUAUCUCUACGUUUGUAUUCCACGUUGUUAUUUAUAACUAAACUUACUGGUGCAUGGUCAGACCAUGUUAUGGGCCCAAUUGUCACUUUGUUAAUUUGCUCUAGUGUUUCAGCUUUAACCAAAAAGUAGUCAAUUCUAGUAUAUGUCUGAUGAACAUUUGAAUAGAACGUAUAAUCUCGCUCUUCUGGGUUAAGUAUUCUCCAGGAAUCAUAUAAACAAUUUUUUGCUAAGAAAGUCUGCAUCAUUGAUGGAACUAUUUUUUGGUUGUCCUCCUUAUCCAUGAGCUUAGUUCUAUUCCUAUCCACUUUGUUAUCUAUAAUGCAGUUAAAAUCCCUGCCGAUAAUUAGGCUUCCAGACGACACACGGUCCACCUUUUGCAUCAGGCUGCCCAGAAAUCUAUAUGGGAGUUGAGUUGGAGCAUAGACAUUUACCAGUGUAUAUAAAAUAUAAUUAAUUCUAACUAUCACUAUAAGAAAUCUACCACCAGAGUCAGCCUCUUCAUAAACCAAUUCAUAUUUCAAACUACUUGAGAAGAAGAUUGCCACUCCUCUUUUCUUAUUCUUUCCUACCAAUUUGGAUCUAUGUACCACUGGAAAUUUUUUAUAGUUCCAUACAUUAGGUAAAGAGUUAACCCAAUGUGUUUCUUGUACGAAACCAAUAUCCGUUUUGCUGUCUAUCAGUAGCUUAUACAAAUAACCUCUUUUCUGUCCUGAGUUCAAGCCCCUUGCGUUAAUAGAUAGUAUAUUAAGUGUCAUCCUGCCGCACUUCACCCCACUUCCUCCUCCCCCCUAGCCUCCCCUCAGGUAGUAUCCGACACACAAAUCCACUCCCCAAACCUUCCCCAUUCACCCAUCCACUCAUACCUUCCCCAGUUAGAAAUAUAAAAUUUUACCUCCUGGAGAAGUUCAGACAACAAUCUCUCAAGACAUUUAUCCCAAAAUAUGAAGAACUAAAUAUAGUCUUCAUAUCUAACCCUGCUGCCGUCGCAGGACCUUGAACCAGGCUAGUGGGCCAUUUGCCUCGCACUACCCCAGAAGGAGAGAGGAAAAAAAAAAAAUCCAAUAGUAAUCUAUUAAAUUUAUAUAAUCUUGUGAGUAUUAUAAACCUCCUUUUCGUGCAUUUCGUGCAUCUAAUUUUAAUUAUGUGUCUAAUAAUCACUAUCUUUAAUCUAUUCAUCCAAUUUUUAUUACUUUAAAUGUGAGUCUAUCUCCUUAUUCUUCAAAUUCUUUACUUUUAAUUUUAUAUAUAAAUAUUCACAAAAUAUCUACUAAUACAGUUACUGUUAAGUUAAUAAGUAUUAUUUAUAAAGACCCUUUUAGUGAAUACAAACAAAACUCAGUUUCAUUGAUUCUAUACAACUAAACCUAAUUGUGUGUCUAUAUAUAUAAGUUUUAACUUUAAACUGUUCUCCUCCAUACUCGGUAAUUUAAAUGUAAAUGUAUCCUUAUUAUUAAAUUGUCAGUGUCACUCAAUAUCCCUCUAGAACAUUUCCAUUUCCACACACACAAAAAAAAAAAAAUAAAUAAAUAAAUAAAUAAAUUAAUUCAUUUUUUCUUUUUCUUUUUUCCUCCUUCCCUUUUUCAAGGGGUAAUUUUAAGAGUUAUCAAUUUCUGCUUAAGUGCCAUAUUGUCUUUGAAGAUGUAUGAUUGAUCUUUAAAAAAGACCAUAAUUGCCAUCGGAAACAACCACUUGUAUCUUAUGUCCUUAUCCCUAAGGAUUGCCGUUUCUUCUGAGAAGGAUCUUCUUGCUUGUCUUGUUUUUUGGGAUAAGUCCUGAAAAACUUUUAAAUGUCUCCAUUCUUCAGUAUCUAAAAUCUCAUUCCUUAUUUUCUGCAAUAUUAGAUUUUUUAUCCGAAAACUGGAGAAACAGAUCAUAACGUCCCUUGGAUAAGAUUUAUCAAUUCCAUUUGGUCUGGACAUUCUAUGAAAUCUUUCAAAGGUUUCAGGGCCCAGCGUCUGUCGAGACAGGAUUCUUGAAAAAAAACUGUCCAGAUAAGAAUAUAAGUCUUCUUGUGUUAUUGAUUCUGGUAUACCUCUAACUCUUAUAUUAUUUCUCCUGGAGCGAUCUUCUAAGUUUGUCAAUUUAAUCUCGACAUCGUUCAAUCUUUUCUCUAACUGUAUAUUAAAUAGUUUGAUCUGUUCAUAUUCAUCUUGUUCUUUUUGUAGUAUAAUUGCCUGACUUAAGAUUUUCUCAGAGAGAGUGGCAAUUUCCAAUCUGAGAUCAUUUGUAUUAUGUUCAAUAUCCGUUUUAAUUUUUUUAUACAGAUUGUCCAACAUUUGGGUUAAUAAUUGUUGCGUUAUUCCCUGUGUAUUUGGCAGAUGUGGAUAGUCAUCCUCUGAUAUAUCUGAUAUUUGAUGUGUCGUAAGCUCAGCAUUUUCUAAAGGCAAAGAUUUUCGUUGCCUCUCUGAUUCUACGGAUGGCAUUUUAGGAGAAUAAAAUGCGCCAAUUGUUGCCUUCUUUCUCUCAAUAGUUUGGGCUUUCUCUUUCUUAGGAGCCAUGUGUAAUAAUAAUAAAUCUCUCAAAAUUUUCUUCGUCACUCAGGGAAGAGAAAAAAAAAAAAAAAAAGUUUUUCUUUCUCUUUUUUUUCCUUUGUCGCUUAGAGAUAUUAUGUAUUUCUUUGGCACAUAUAUCUUAGUAGGUUUCCUUCACCUUAUUUCUUCCUUUCUUCUCCUUCCCUUCCUCCUUUUUCCUCUCUUUUUCUAUCUUUUGUUAUGACUUUAUUGUGACUUUAAAUUUCAGAUAGCUAUCCCUUUAAAUAGCAAUCCUUAAAUUAUCACUUUAAAAUAUGAGAUAGAGAUAGAGGUCAAUGGAGGUCAGUAGCAAAUAAAUGGGACAAUUUACUCAAAAACUGUACUCUUGUCCGUUACACCACAAUGCCAGAAGCCAGGUUAAUAAAGGAUACCUGUAAACUGACAGUCAACCUGUCGGCUCAUUAACAGCCCAGUCUCCUUUUUUUUUUUUUAUGCCAUCAAAAAGUAUUUACUGCAGCAUUAAAACAUUAAAGCAUUAGGCAGUAAUAGAGAAAGAAAAGUUUUCCGUUACUCAGCCGCCUAGCAGGAUCGGCAGCCUCGAAUCGUUUCCUCCACCUCCACUUCAGCACCGCACCGCAGAGCGUCCUCACAGCCUUGAUGCCUCGCCGCUCCUUUGCCCCACUUCCUGGUCCGAAAAAGCGCGCGGUCCUGCCGCUGACGUACGCACCUACGUCACAUACCGCCCGCCCUCCAUCAGCUCCGGUGAUACUUUUCAACUGUCUCAAGUUUAUCCUGAAUUAUGUCAUUUAUGCAAGUAGCCUGAUCAGCUAGUUUAUCCUGUGCCCAGGCUCGAAGCUGUUCACAGAAAAUUUCACCAGAACGAAAAUCAGUAUCAGAAGUAAGUGGAGCGUCGUUAAAGCUCCGUUCCAUGACUGGCCAGUAUGCAUCUCCAGCCUUUAUUUCACACAAACUAAUAAGAUCCCGCCAAGCAGCGGAGUAUGUUUUACGGAUCUGGGCCAUCCUGCGGAAAAAGGGCAUGGGGUGUUUUUCAGGAUCAGGGAGUGAGGUUACCAGGGUAGCAGCUUGGGAAGGGUUGAAGGUAACAUACAUGGGUGGUGCACCAUCCGCUCCAUGGUUAAUCUGGGUAUAACCCUGGGGGAUAGAGUGCCGUUGGGGGAGCCUGUUCCCCCCUAGGCGAGGUGAGCCCUGGUCCACCACAACGACCUCCUCGGGUGCCACCGGGCCGCGGUGAAGAGUAGUCUCAGGGGUAGCUGUGGCGGGGGCGGCAGGGAGGCCGGUGAUGGGAGAGGUAGUUGGGUGGAAACCCGAGGCCUGGGGGGAAGCACCCAUUGCAUAGGGUUGGUCCGAUGUCACAGACACCUCGGACCCAACCACCAUGAUUGGAUAACUAGGACUGGCGGAAGGGACAUGAGGAAUCAAUGCCAUGGAAGGGGCUGCUAUGGGGGCCGGUUGAGAUGGGCGUGAGAGGUGAGUGUCUAGGACAUGAGCAAGAGCAGAGAUUGGAUCGGAAGGCUCGGGGAUGUUAGCGGGAGACAAGGAAGGGGUCGGAGGUUCGGGGGGAGGAGGUGGAGGAGGAGGAGGUGGUAAAUCAGUGGGAGGCGGCACAGGGAUCGCGGAAUUAACCAGGGAGGUAACAGCAGAGAAGAGGGCGGAUAUCGAGCUAGACAGGUCAUUGGCCAUGGAUGGGUCAGGGGUCGCCGGGGGAGGGGUCGGGGGGAUGGGAACAGGGGGCUGUGUCGUAACAACGUGGGUGGAGGGUUGGGACGGCAAACCAGUCGGGGGAGGAGGAGGCAACGAGGUAGAGGGGGCCGGGGCUUCGGGAGUAGGUAACACUGGAGAAGGGGUUGGAGGGGUGGUAACAGGGGGUUGGGUCAGGGCGGUGAGGGCAGAGAUUAGGGACGGCAAAUCGGCCGAGGGAGGAGGAGACAACGAGGUGGAGGGGGCCGGGACUUCGGGAGGAGGUAACACUGGAGAAGGGGUUGGAGAGGUGGUAACAGGGGGUUGGGUCAGGGCGGUGAGGGCAGAGAUUAGGGACGGCAAAUCGGCCGAGGGAGGAGGAGACAACGAGGUAGAGGGGGCCGGGACUUCGGGAGGAGGUAACACUGGAGAAGGGGUUGGAGGGGUGGUAACAGGGGGUUGGGUCAGGGCGGUGAGGGCAGAGAUUAGGGACGGCAAAUCGGCCGAUGGAGGAGGAGGCAACGAGGUAGAGGGGGCCGGGACUUCGGGAGGAGGUAACACUGUAGAAGGGGUUGGAGGGGUGGUAACAGGGGGUUGGGUCAGGGCGGUGAGGGCAGAGAUUAGGGACGGCAAAUCGGCCGAGGGAGGAGGAGACAACGAGGUGGAGGGGGCCGGGACUUCGGGAGGAGGUAACACUGGAGAAGGGGUUGGAGGGGUGGUAACAGGGGGUUGGGUCAGGGCGGUGAGGGCAGAGAUUAGGGACGGCAAAUCGGCCGAGGGAGGAGGAGGCAACGAGGUAGAGGGGGCCGGGACUUCGGGAGGAGGUAACACUGUGUGGAUAGCGGGAGGGUCCUGGAGGAUGGGAGGGGUGUCUGUGCAUAAGGGAGCAGAGGCAAGGGGACCGGGAUUAACAGGCUGGACAAGAUUCAUGAGAGUGGAGAGUAGGGAUGAGGGAUCCUUGGAGGAGAAGGGCAAAGGGGAAUGAGAAGGAGGGAAGGGCAGAGAGGGUGAAGGGGUAGGGGUCACGGGACAGGUCACUUUCGAAAGGCUAGCGAGAAAAGAGGAAAGGUCUGGGUCCGAGGGUAUGGGAGAAGGAGGGUCCGUGGGGGGACAGGGGUCCGGAGGAACGGGGUCGGUGGAAUGGGCAAGGGUCGGGGGAGUUGGGUGUGUAACAGACGAGGAGGGUGAGGGAGCGGGUGUUGCUAGGGAUGGGGUACUCGAGGUGGGGAGGGAAUGAGAGGAGGAAGAGGAGGGUGGGUGAGGCGGGAGUAGUUAGGACGGGAUCUUGACGAGGAUUCGGAGUGGGAACAGGCACUGGGAGAGGUAGCGGAGGACAUGGAGGUGGGGGGACUUCAACAGACAUGACGGGAGAAUGGUUGAUGGAGGGGGCUGGGUCAUAGGAGGGUUGGUGCAUGGGAGUGGGUGGGAACGAGUGAAGUGGCACUGGGUAAUAGUAAGCACCAUCCGCACCGAGUACGGGGCACAGGGGGGUGGGAGCUGAAGGCACACCCCCGGGGGGUGGGGUCUGUGCUGUGACGUGGGAAGCAGGGCGGGAAUUUACUGUUGUGCUCUGGGCGCCUUCAUAGGGCGGUGGUCACGGGACAAUGGAAACAACAUCAUCAUUGUUAACACUCCUAUGGUAAACAUACACGAUUUGCCCCUCAAACUCCAACUCUUCCUCGACCCAUCCUUCCCGUUUCAGACCUCUAGCUACCCGAUACCAAGCCUCUGCAACCUUUGUGAGUCCAUUAUCCAACAACAACCCUUCCUUGUCUAUGAGUAACUUCCUCCAAAACUCAGGCUGCAAUCUCCCACUGGGCGACAUCUGAAAGCCACACACCUUAGCAAUCUUUCUAAGUUUCAACAUUGCAUCUUCCCCUGCCCUUUCUUUCACAGUGUCACAAGCCAGCAAGCCCUAGGCAGGUCUAGCAUGUUCCUGUCCCAUCUUGAGUAAUCGAAGCGUGCCACGUGCUAAAGACAGAUAAAUAGAGGAGGUACAAAGGAAAAGGAAAAAGAAUGUCUACAGUGCUCGACUGCCACGAGAACUUGAGCCCCGUGCGUCUUCCCCAAACGUAGACCAGUCACGGAGAUCCGCCCACCCGGGGUGGUGGUCACGGACGGGAGCGAAUGAGCGUGGGUGACUAACACAGCUCUGGGCAACAGGCACAGGAGAGAUAAAGAACAAAGGAGAAAAUGAACGUGGCUGCGCUAAUGAGAAGACAUUUGCAAAAAUCACAAACAUAUAAAUGAGCGUAAACUCCGGAAUCCAGAACUAACCACACAAUACACACAGACACACUAAGGGUACCCACACUGUAACAACAAUUAAACAAAAACCACAGAAUGAUAGAGAAUAAAAUGGCCAUGUACAUGUUAACACCACUGGUGUCAAAUAUUCAAAGUAUAGCAAUCCCCAGCCGUCACCCACCAGGCUGGUCCCGGUAUAACACAGGUACCAAUGAAAACACUGCAAUAAUCAAACAAAAUCCCAGCCCCACCGGCUGUAAUGCGUUCCCUGCCCGCUAGGCAGUCAAGCUAACAUAAAAUCCCAGCCCCACCGGCUGUAAUGCGUUCCCUGCCCGCCAGGCAGUCAAGCUAACAUAAAAUCCCAGCCCCACCGGCUGUAAUGCGUUCCCUGCCCGCUAGGCAGUCAAGCUAACAUAUAAUCCCAGCCCCACCGGCUGUAAUGCAUUCCCUGCCCGCUAGGCAGUCAAGCAAACAUAUAAUCCCAGCCCCACCGGCUGUAAUGCGUUCCCUGCCCGCUAGGCAGUCAAGCAAACAUAUAAUCCCAGCCCCACCGGCUGUAAUGCGUUCCCUGCCCGCUAGGCAGUCAAGCAAACAUAUAAAAUGCGUUCCCUGCCCGCUAGGCAGUCAAGCUAACAUAUAAUCCCAGCCCCACCGGCUGUAAUGCGUUCCCUGCCCGCUAGGCAGUCAAGCUAACAUAUAAUCCCAGCCCCACCGGCUGUAAUGCGUUCCCUGCCCGCUAGGCAGUCAAGCUAACAUAUCUUAAAAGAAGGAGAAACACACACACACACACACAAAUGAAUACAGGAGGCAGAUAGACAAUCGACAGGUUCACUUUAAAAAAGGCACACCGGAUGAGUUAAUUACCUGUCUCUAGUAGCCUUCUGGAAGCCGGAAGUGGACUCGGAGACAGACCGACACAAAACAGGAGAAUAACACAGGCAACGGCUGUAUUAUGGAGGUGAUCAGGCUCCGCUUGUCCCACUUUCCGGAGGUCCGCUCCGGUCCGUUGGUUCCGGCCCUCCGAACCGGCCCUCCGGUGGCCCCACGUGGGGAGCCAAUUGAAAUGGAAAAAUCAAUCAAAGUAUUGAUUAUUUCUUUGUGUAUCUGCCCCUGGCCAAAUCAAUGAAACGAUGCGUGCACGCUCCCUGAAGUAAUUCACACCAGACACAGGUUCCAGGUUGUUGAAUAACUUGAGGAAUGUUUAUUCAGAGGGGACGGCAGGUCCCUUUAAAAGCAAAAUUACAUCAUAAGCAUUGUCAGAGAUAACAUGGAAUAAUACAUCAAUAAUUGGUUAGGUGUUAAGUGGUCGCUCUAAUGCUCUGCCUACUGUAGGUGAUGUCACCGGGGCCAUGAGGGUCUCCCACGGUUUCCCGGCGCCAUCUUGCUGCACGAGGUAGUUAGUUGGUGUUAAGAAGGGAAGGGGGGGGGAGGAGGGGUUAGAAGCUUCUAGCAGCCAUUUUGAGUAAAACAUGUGUGCUUAGCUUUAUAUAUAAUAUAUCAUGGAAUGAGUAAAUAGACAUUUUCACUAACUAGGAAAUAUGUGCAGACCUUAUUUCCACAACAAUGUCCCCGAACAUUGAAGAACGCAGCAGAGCAGGUAAUCCCUCUAAUUCCCAUGACGGCGCGCACUUACCACCCCACGAGAGAGCUGGUCAUAACUGCUGACCAUUGUAAAACAGGUAGGUUGCAAAACGAGAACCACCUGUAUAUAUAAUAUACUCAAAAGCUUCACUUCAGGUUACUUACUAUGCCCCCUCAAUCUAAUACACAGUCGCCCGCGGCCCCCCCCCCUCCACUCUAAUUUAAUACACUGCCUCCCCUAAGUCCCCCAAUCUGAUACACUGCCUUCCCUCCCUCCCCCAAUCUAAUACACUGUCCCCACUCCCCCAAUUUAAUACACUCCCCCCCUCCACUCCAAUUUAAUAUACUGCCCCCCUCCCUUCACUCUAAAUUAAAACGCUGCCUCCCCUUCCUCCCCCAAUAUAAUACACUGCCUCAUCUCCCCUCUCCCUCCACUCUAAUUUAAUACACUGCCCCCUCCCACCACUCUUAUGCACUGCCCCCUCCCUCCCACCACUCUAAUACACUACUCCCUCCCUUAAUUUAAUACACUGCCCUCCCCCCUCCCUUCCCUCAAUUUAACACACUGCCCCCCUCCCACCACUCUAAUACACUGCCCCACUCCUUCCCCAAUAAAAUACACUGAUCACCUCACUCUAAUGCACUGCCCCACCUCCCUCCCCGAAUUUAAUACACUGCCCUCCUUCCCCCCCAAUUUAAUACACUGCCCCCCUCACUCCAAUACAUUGCCCCAUCUCCCUCCACAAAAUGUAUACACAGCCCCACCUACCUCCCCCCAAUUUAAUGCACUGCCCCAUCUCCCUCCCCCAAUUUAAGACACUGCCCCCCCCCCAUUUAAUACACUACACCACAGGAAGGUUUCCCCAAGCCCCUCUUCCUCUACCUUAAGCAGUCUUCCAGUCCAGCCCUGCAAGAUCUACUCUGGCACUGUGAGCAGCAGGGAAGAGGCAGUGGCUGGUCUGCUCUGCACACUGUAGUGCCGCUGCGCAGCCGCCGGAUUUGACUCCAUACACUGGAUGCGCAAAUCCGACAGCUAGUGUGAAAGAAUGUUUUGUGCUCUUGCCCUGGGCCGCAGAGAUACUCAUUGUGGGCCGCAUGUUUGACAUGCUUGAUGUACACAGAGGGGUUUAUUCACUAAAGUCCAAAUAACCCGGUACGCUUUACCAAAAAGCUGUGGUCAGAUUUCGCAAAGUAGCAUUCGAAUCGACAUAAAUGCCCACUGAAUUUCAGCCUGGCUGGAUGUGAUGGCUGAAAUCUAGAACUGGAUGUUAAACAUUUGGGACUGGAUUAUUAAAAUCUGGACCCAUGUCUUAAAAAACUGAACUAUGUGCAUAAAUCUCACAAGUGACAGUUACACUUUAAGACUCCAAUUCAUCACCAAAGCCUGUCCCAAGCUGCAGAGACUAAUAACUGAUGUGGGUUGCUAUUGCCCACUUCUUAUUUUCUAUGUAAACUAAUCAGGCCACACUGUCCUGUCUUCUAUAAUGGGUUGACCCUAAAAAAAUGAUAGGUUGGUAUGCCCACAAAUUUUAGUGGAGAAAAAAGCGCCAUGAAAACAAAAGUGCAUGGCAUAUCACCUAAAUAUUUAGCAUGGGUAUUCCUUAAGAAGUAUAGUGGCAAAUUUUGAUAGUGAGAUUUUAUCCCAAGACAUGGAUGUUAUUUUGCCGCUUGUGGCGGUCUGAGUAGCGUCUUGCAUUCCCUUAUUUCAUAAAAUAAUAACGUCAAUAAUCCAAAGGUUCCAAUAUCGCUGGUGUCGCAUAAUAACCCACACAUGAGCCAAAGCUUAAUGCUGGGACAAGGCUGGUUUAAUGGGAAAACAGGCAUUCAAUUUAUACAGUACACAACUCCUCCUCUGAGCCAGCGAGAUAAUUGAGUUUUGAGAACAUACUAAACUCAAUUAUCUGCUGGUCAGAAAAAUUUAAAAUUUUCAUGAUUUUCAGAAAUACCCCAAAACUGCAUAAAAAUCCCACAAAAGUCAUAUCCCUGGUAGCUAUCUCUGUGGGAGAAACAUAUCAAAACUUCAGCCAAAUCCAUUUGGUAGUUUCCGAACGGCACCGUGGAGAAAGUUUACCAGUCUGCCACGAGGAUGAAUCAGAGAAACAGUUCCAGUAGUUUGGUAGCAAGAGACGGUCUCCAUUCGUGGAGAUUCAUACGAAAACCGUAAUAGGUAAAAUAGAGAUGGUUCGUGCAGAAUGCUCCUCUGUUUCAAACUCCCAAACGCUGUUCGCCUAAAGUGCUGGGAAAUAGAACGUAGGGAAGUUCCACCUAGACCGGGGUUGGUGCGAGUGCGUUGCCGAAAACAGUUCCAUGCACUCGACGACUAAGUCCCGCUGGCCGCGUUCGGGAGACAAGAUGGCCGCCACCCAUUGUUCUCACCACGUGUAUUCGUAUACACGAAAUGGCGGCCACCUAGGAGCAUUCAAUUAGUCUGCCGUUUUCUAUUGCUACACAGUGUCCCAUGUUCUAAUUAGUCCCAGGCUGGUCUCCGUUCAGUAAAACGAACAAGUUAACAAAUGGCCAUGAAAAAGAAACGAAUAACUGAGGGAAGUUAAUAGCAGGGAGUGCAAAUAGCCGAACGGUGAUGGCAAUUAGCCGAACUGUGAAAGGGUAUUCCUUCACACCUCUCUUUUCUUUUGCAGAAAUACAGCUAUAAAAUAACAACUUGUCAAACACCUGAUUAUAGUCCCAUAUAUAACCCAUAAAUAGUGACACUCACGUUUAAUCUUUCUCUUUGUUUGCUGCCUCUUCAGACAAAUAGGUGUUUUCUGUUUGUGGUGAUAUUUAUUACAGUUUUAUUUAUUUCAUUUAGUUGGCUUGUACUUUGUAUUCAUAUUUUACUGUUUAAUAAAAUAGGAUACAGUAGAAUGAAACAAAUAAAACCAGAAAAACAGGCACAUUUUAAAAAAAUUGCUAAAAUAUAGUUGGGACGUCUUUAAUGCAGGGCAAACAGGGCAGCUGCCCCGGGCCCAGUUACUCCUGGGGGGCUCCAGAGCAGCUGCCCCGUGGGCCCCCCUGCACGAGAUUUAUUUGAGCAGCCCCCAUGGCCCCGCGCCGGUCCGCAUAUUAAGGAGGCCCACUAAUGGCCACCCGGUGGGCAUGUGUCAGCAGGGGCUCGGUCUGGCGCUUCUACAUUGCGAUUGGGCCUCUUUCUGUUCGGCACCUGGUUACCGCAAGUCACUUCCACUAAGAUCAGAGCCACGCGGGAGGAGGAAGGCAGUGAGGAGGGGGCAAGGGGUGAAAGAGCCUAACUAGCAACUGCCUCAGCCUGCCACUGGACCCCAGGGAAACCAAUCACCAGUUAAAGGUAAGAACCUGGAGGGUGAUUAAUUGGAAAUAUUGCAUGUGUGUGUGUGUCAGUAUUUCUGUGUGUAUCAGUAUGUCUCUGUGUGUGUGCGUGUGUGUGUAAGUAUGUAUGUCAGUGUCUUAGUAUGUCUGUUAGUGUGUGUAUCUGAGUGUCAGUAUGCCUGUCAGUGUGUGUGUGUGUCAGUAUGUCUGUCAGGGUGUGUGUAUGUGUGUGUCAGCAUGCAUGUCAAUGUGUGUGCAUGUGUGUCAGUAUGUCUGCAUCUGUUUGUGUCAGUAUGUCUGUGUGUGUGUGUCCGUAUGUCUGUCAGUGUGUGUGUGUGUUUGUCACGUAUUCAUCCGCACAUGGAAAUGUGAUUAAUGGCAUUUACUGUUCUGACAGGAAAAGUUGUGCUGGGCAACAUUGCUGUCCUGACAGGAAAAGUUGUGCCGAGCAGCAAUCAAUCCACAGGAGGGUUUGUGCUGAGCAGCAAUCAUGCAAAUAGGAACCUGCUAACUGCCUUUGGGGUCAAAGGCCGGUUACAACCAAUCAGAUCCACAGGCGGGGUAUUUAGGCCCAGUUCUCCUCUUGCUCAGGGCCCUGUUGUGGUUUCCUUUGUGGUUUUCCGAGAGCGCGUUAUUGAUUCUGGUUAUUUGACUUUGGCAUUGAUUUUGACUUCCCUGUUUUCUGCCAUCCCUGACCCCUGGCUUUUCCUUAUCGUUGUGUCUCUUUCUGUGUCCCUUGACUUCGGCUAUUCCUGACUAUUCUUUGGUAUUUUAGUCCGGCCAUUCUAAGGUCCGGUAUAUGUUACCUAUCAGUUCUCUGUGUUACACAAUUCUACGUGUUGGAUGAUACUGUAAUCCUGACAGUGUGUUAGUAUCUUUGUCUGUUGGUGUGUGUCAGUAUGUCUGUCAAUGUGUAUCUCUGUGAGUCAGUAUAUGUGUGUCGGUUUAUGUGUCAGUGUGUGUUUGUGUCAGUAUGUCUGUCAGCAUAUGUGUCUGAGUAUCUGUGCGUGUGUGUAUCUGUAUGUUGUCAGUAUGUGUAUCUGUGUGUCUCUAUGUUGUCAGUUUAUGUAUCUGUGUGUAUGUGUGUGUCUGAGUAUCUGCAUGUAUCAGUGUUUGUAUCUGUGUAAUUGUGUGUGUGUAUCUGUGUCAGUCUAUGUGCGUCUAUAUCAGUGUGUGUAUAUGUGUAUGUAUAUCUGCACUAAUAGUACACAAAAAUACACCCCUGCAUUCAAGCUCAACACUACAUAAAAUCACACUCCUUCCUUGAAACGUCAACACUACAUAAAAAAACCUCUGUGUUAAACACCAAAAUACAAACACACCCUUGCAUUCAAAAAUCAACACGACUUAUAAAUGUAUGCUUGCAUUCAAACACCAACACAACAUAUAAGCAUACUCUUACAUUUACACAAACAUACUACAAAAAAAAACCCACACAUUAUAUUCAAACACACAGACACUGCUCAGUGCAUAAUACAACCCUGCAAGCAUGGAAAAAUGUAAAGACCCAGCUGUCAAAGCAUUGUUGGAGCUGCACGACAGAUGGGGAUCUACCUUUUGGCACAAAAUAUUCUUGCACCAGGGCUCUCUACUUUAGUACCGCCACUGCAUUGGGGUGUAGGGUGUGAUUGGAUGCCAGUUAGUUGGGUGGGGGAAGGGCCUAGAGGGCCCAAGCUAAUGCUUGUACAGGGUCCAUUCAGUAUUAAAGACUGCCCUGUCCCCACCUGUAAUUGGUUGACAUUCUCAGCUAAUGAACUGGCCCUGGUCAGGGCUGGUGCAAGGAUUUUUGCCGCCCUAGGCAAAAGAAAAAUGUGCCGCUCCCCCCACAUGUGACAUCACAUUGUCCCACCCAUAUGAUCUGCCAUAUGAACUAAUGCCAGUGCUGCACACAGUGUGUGUUUACAUUAAAAUGCCGGCAGAGACAGGCUAUAGACACCAGAGCCACUACAUUAAGCUGCAGUGGUUCUGGGGACUAUAGUGUCCCUUUAAUGUGAGGUAAAUUAGAAAUUAGUGCAAUUUAUAAUAUACUAGAUUGCCUACUUACAACCAGAUGAGGAUGAUGAUGGGCUCUGGCUCCACUGGUCUGGUGUAGAACAGGCUCUCUGGCAGCUAUUUAUAAAUGUGGUCAAAAAAGUCAAUGUUCUGGAGGAACGUGAAGCAUCUCCAUUUUUUUGGGCCCCUUGCACAGCUCAAGCUCUGGGCCCCCAGGGCCUGACAGUGAGUAUGCCCAUAAGGCCCACCCAUAAGUCCACCUACAUGUUCCGUCUAUGAGUUACAGGGGGUGGAGUGUGUAGGGGAUGUGUUAUGUGGUAUUGUAGAGGAUCUAAAGUGUGUGCUUAUGGAAUGUAGUCAAAACCAGUUUGUGUAGGUGAUGCAGUGUGUAUGUGUAGUGGAUGCAGUGUGUUUUUGUGUAAGGGAUAGAAAUCAGUGUGUUUUGUGUAUAAGGGAUGUAUUGUGUGUUUCUGGGUGUGUGUAAAGGAUGCAUUGUGUGAAUCUGUGUUUGUAUGUGUAAGGGAUGCAAGGUGUGUAAGGGGUGCAUUGUUUUGUGUAAGAGAUGCAUUGUGUUUCUGUGUGUGUAAGGGAUGCAUUGUGUGUUUCUGUGUGUAAGAAAUGCAGUGUGUGUAAGGGAUGCAUUGUGUGGUUCUGUGUAUGUGUGCAAGGGUUGCAUUGUGUGUGUGUAAUGGAUGCAUUGUGUGUUUCUCUGUGUGUAAGGGAAGCAUGGUGUGUUUCUCUGUGUGUAGGGAUGCAUUGUGUGUUUCUGUGUAUGUAUAGGGAUGCAUUGUGUGUGUGUAGUGUGAAAUAGAGAGUUUGUGGGGUAGAAUAGGGGCUGAGUCCUACCAACCCCUUUUUGCUUCUCUUUCCCUCCUUCCUCAGCCUCUCUCCCCUCUUGUCCCUUAGAGCUCUCCCCUUCUGUCCCUUAGAGCUCUCUCCUGCCCCACUGUCCCUUAGUGAUCAUCCCUGUCCCUUAGUGAUCUCCCUGCCCCCUUUCCCUUAGUGCUCUCCCAUCCUGUCCUUACUGCUGUAUCCUGCCCCAAUGUCCCUUAUUGCUAUUCCUUGCCCCCAAUCCCUUAGAGCUCUCCCAUGCCUUAGAGCUCUCCCCUGACCAUUAUUGGUCUCUUCUACCCCAUCCCUUAUUGGUCUCUCCUCUCUCAUGCCCCCUCCCCCCCAAAGUGAUCUCCUUGCCCCCUUUCCUGUAGUGCUCUCACCUCCUAUCAUUUAGAGUACUCCCCUCCUGUCCCUUAUAGCUCUCUCCUACCUCCCCAUCCCUUAGUGCUCUCUCCUACCCCCCACCCCCCGUCCCUUAGAGCUCUACCUUCCAUCCCUUAGAGCUCUCCCCUGCCCCUUAGUGUCUCUCCUCCCCUGUCCCUUAGUGGUCUCUCCUCUUCUCACCCCCUUUCCAUAAUGGUCUCUCCUCAUCAUGGGCGUCCGCAGGAAUUUUUCCAGGGGGGGGCAUAAUUGUAAUGACAUCCAUGCUUGGUACCUUUUUGACAGUGUCAUGAAAGGGAAGGGACAUAGCCAUUAUCACAUAAAGCCAGGGUGAAUAGCGUUUUCACAACUAUGGUGUCAGGAAUAUAUGUUUGUAUUCCUGACACUAUAGUGUUCCUUUAAGCAAAUUAAAGAACCAUUCUGGUCACCAUAACAACUUCACCUAAAUGAAAAUGCUAUGAUGCCAGAAAGCCCCUGGGUGCUCGCUUUCCUUUAAGGGGUUAAAUCGCUCUCAAAUGGUUUAACCCCAAAGGCUUCCUCCAGCUCCAGGUCGCUCAGUGGUAUUUCUGAAACAGAGUGUCUGAAACACAGUGUGAAACAGAGUGUCAGGAAGUGCAGAUUGACGUCAGGCAUGGGUGCCGCUGAUUGGCUAGAGUGGACAGUUGACGCUCUAAGCCAAUCGCUAGUUCCCGGUUCAUAAAAUAUUUUUACUUUUUUAUGAAUGGGGAGCUACUGAUUGGCUUAGAGUGCCAGCUGACCGCUCUAGCCAAUCAGCAACACCCCUACCCAAUGGCACUCUGUGCUUCCUGACACUCAGUAAAUAAAAGUGAACACAUUAAUACUGAUAUUUUUUUACCUUUGGAGAUGAGAAGGUCCAGCGUUUCCCUGCCUGGCCCAGGUACCAAAGCCUUAUGAUGUGGUGUCCAGAAUAAAGUGGAGGGUUCACUUCAUUUGUCCUUCCUGCUCCAAUCUCCUUUUCCUCUCCUUCAUUUGACAGUCUUUCUUUGUCUUCUGACACUGUUUUCUGUGCUUGGCCCCUUCUUCUCUUUUACCUUUCUGCUACUUUCUGCUUAUUUAGCGCCCUUCUGCUCCUUUCUCAUUCUGAUCCUUUUCUAUUACCUUUGUGCUCCUUCUGAUUCUUUCUGCUUCUUUACCUUUGUGCUCAUUUCUGCUCCUUGCAGGCCCUUCCUGCUCAUUCUCCUAUUUUACCUUUGUGCUCCUUCUGCCCCUUCCAGCUCAUUUCUGACCCUUUCUGCUCCUUCUACUUUACCUUUGUGCUGCUUUACCUUCCAGCUCCUUGCUGACCCUUCCUGUUCAUUUCUGAUCCUUUGUUCUCCUUCUCCUACUUUACCUUUAAUGCUCCUUGCUGUCCCUUCCAGCUCAUUGCUGCCCCUUUCUGCUCCUUGAUGUCCCUUCCUGCUCAUUUCUAUUCCUUCUCCUUUUCUUACUUUACAUUCCUGCUCCUUGCUGACUCUUCAUGUAGGCUGUCUCCCCCAUCCCUCACUUCCAUAGGCGUGCGCACAGGGUGUGUCGGGUGUGCCUGGGCACAGCCUAAUCCCCGCGGCACGCCAAUGGAUUGAGACCGGCAGGGGAGAUCUCUGGAUCUCCCCGGUCGGCUCAUGCAGAGCCGACGCUAUCCGAGCGGCGGCUCUGGUCUAAGCCUCCAUGGGCCGGUGGGGAGAUCAAAGUUCUACCUCACCAGUCCACAGCAGCAUGGAGGGAGGCAGCAGAGAACCCAGGCUAGAGUUCACUCUCCACUGAACCACCAGGGAAGGCAGCAGGACUGGGAUAUUAACUAAUCUGCCCCCACCUCCACCCAAACAUACAGCACACACACACACACACACACAGCACCUACACACAGCCCACAAACAGCAACCACACACAGACAUCACCCUCGCACACACAGCACCCACACACAUACAACACCCACACACACCCAGCACACUAACAGCAUCCUCACAAACACACAAAACCCACACACAACACCCGCACAGCACCCACACACAAACAGCACCCUGGCAAACAUACAACACCCACACACAGCACACUAACAGGACCAGAACAAACACGCACACACAAACACCCUCUCACACACACACACACACAGCACACUACCAGUUCCUCACACACAGCACACAAACAGCAUCAUCACACACAGCAAUGUAUAUAUAUAUACACACACACACAUACACAUGGCGUGUGUUUGUGCUUUAGGGUGCACACCCUAAUGCAAUAGGCUGCGCACGCCUAUGCUCACUUCCCUAAUCUAUAGGCUGCCCCCCCCCAUGCCUCACUCCCUAAUCUAUAGGCUGCUGCCCCCUCUCACUCCCCUAAUCUAUAGGCUGCUGCCCCCCCUCACUCCCCUAAUCUAUAGGAUGCCCCCCUCACUCUCCUAAUCUAUAGGCCUGCCCCCCCUCACUCCCCUCAUCUAUAGGAUGCCCUCCCUCACUCCCUAAUCUAUACGCUGCUGCCCCCCCAGCCUCACUCCCCUAAUCUAUAGGCUGCCCCCCCCUCACUCCCCUAAUCUAGGAUGCCCCUCACUCUCCUAAUCUGAGCUGCUGCCCCCCGCCUCCCCUAAUCUAUGGGAUGAGGAUGCCCCUCACUCUCCUAAUCUACAGGCUGUUCCCCCCCCACCCCCCAUACCUCACUCCCCUGAUCUGUAGGCUGUCUCUGGCUGCAUGUGUUGUUCCCCUGCGGUUUCAAUCAGCAGAGAGAAGCAGGGAUAAGAUGCAGCUUCCUAUCCCUGUCUCUCUCCAUACACAGUGGCGCCGAUAUUGCAGUUCAUUUUCAAUCACACAAAAAAAUAGCAGAACAAGCUGAAAAAACCAGGGGGGGGCAAGUGCCCCCCCUCUGGGGCGCCCAUGCUCCUCCCCUUGUCUUUCUAUCCCCCCUCCUUCCCUUAAUGGUCUCUCUCUCUCUCUCUUCCCCCUCCCUCCUGGUCUCUCUCUCCCUCCCUCCAUGGUCUCUCUCUCCCCCCCUCCCUCCAUGGUCUCUCUCUCCCCCUCCCUCCAUGGUCUCUCUCUCCCCCCUUCCUCCCUCCAUGGUCUGUCUCUCUCUCCCCCCUCCCUCCCUCCAUUGUUUCUCUCUCUCCACCCCUCCCUCCAUGGUCUCUCCACCCCUCCCUCCAUGGUCUCUCCCUCCCCUCCCUGGUCUCUCUCUUCCCCCCUCCCUCUCUUGUGUAUCCUUCCCUCCCUCUUGUCUCUCUCUUCCCCCUCCCUCUCUUGUCCCUCUCUUCCUCCCCUCCCUCUCUUGUCCCUCUCUUCCUCCCCUCCCUCUCUUGUCUCUCUCUCACCCCAUCCCUCUCUUGUCUUUUCUCCCCCCCUCCUCUUGUCUAGCCCCGCCUCCCCUACCUCUAGUGUAGUGUGGCCAAACUCCGUCCGGUCCGCAGUACAGGUGAGCACUUCCUAUCAGUCCAGCUGUACAAACACUGGCCAAAAUUGGCGUUCAAUUUAUUUUAUUGCGUUUUUCACACACAAACAAAUAUGAACACUAACUUUGGCCAGUGUUUGUGACCAAGUGGCUACUAAACAAAGACUGGACAUACCCCAUUUGCAAUAAUGUGUUGUCUACUUUUGCAAAUGGUAUGCCAUCUUGGGGGUAAUUCUCAUUCCUGGGCUGCCAUACGGUCUCAAAGGCAACGUAACCAAUCUGGCGAAUUUCAAUGUGAAAAAAAUGAAAAAUGUAACGUGCUAUAUUUGACCAUGUAAUUUCCCACAACACCAUAAAACCUGUACAUAGAGGGUACUGUUUUACACGUGAGACAUUGCUGAAUACAAAUAUGUGUAUUUUAUUGCAGUAAAAGCAAACAGUAUUAUGACAUUCACAGUUAGAAUGUCACAUAGAAUUAAAAAAUCUUUUUUAAAUUCUUAUUUUCUCCCACUUUUUAAUAUUUUAUUCAUAUUAAAUUAAGUUUCAUACCUAAAUAUUUGAUGUUAAAUGAAAACCCUGUUUCCCCUUAGGAAAAUGAUAUAUAAUAAGUGUGGGUGCACAUAAUAUGAAAGAGGCAUAUUACGCCUGAACAGACAUAUAGCGCAAAUUCAAGUUUUUGUUUACGUUUUGUUUUGAUCACAGUGUGUACAUUUGGCUCAGUCCUUAAGGGGUUAACCCCUUCCCGACCGGAGACGAAAAUUUUCCGUCAACCUUGUGCGAUCAUUUACUAAGUUAACCCCAUAUCGCAGCAAUUGCGGAGUUAAAACUCACCCGGUAUCCGAGGCAGACCGGGAUCACUGGAUCGCGCUGCCCCUGCAGCAGUGAUCCCUGUGCUGCAGGGACUCACGAUCUGCCUCCCUGCGCUUCCGGGUUCACUGUGAAGUGCAGGGAGACGGAUCAGUGCUGAUCCUCUUCUCCCUGUAAAAAAAUAAAUAAAUAUUAACGUUAAAUCCCACCCCCCCUUUUAAUAAAAUUAACCCCUUCCCUACCAAUUGAUAACUGACUACAGUGAUCAAUUGGCAGGGAUUACAUUUUACUGUCAUCUGAUUUUUUUUAACCCCUGAGGUUAAACCCCUGAGGGUUAAUUUUAUUUUUUUUAACCCUCAGGGGUUACAUUUAUUUUAUUAAUUAAUUUAGAUAUUAAAAAAUUCUAUAUUUAGCUGGCUGGGAUGGGUGGAAGCUAGUGGGGAAUUGGGGGAUUUGGUUUUAGGCUAACUAGGGGUUAACGUUAAAAAAAGUUUAAAAAGUAAAAAAAGUUUUUAAAAAAUGUUUUAGUAACGUUUAAGUAAAAAUAAAAUAAAAAAAUACCACCCCCCUUUACCCAGUCUAAAUAAAAAUUAACCCCUUCCCUGCCAGUUGAUCACUGCCUAUAUUGAUCAAAAUACAGAUCACAGUAUAAUACUGUGAUCUAAUUUCUUUUAACCCCUGAGGAUUAACUUUUAUUUAUUUUUUAUCCCUAAGGGGUUCAAUUUAUUUAAUUAAUUCAAAUAUUUUAUAAUUAUAUAUUUUGCUAGCUGGGGUGGGUGGGAGUUAUGGGAAAGUGGGGAAUUUACUGUUAGUGCUGCUUACUGCUAGUUAGGGGUUAACGGUAAAAGAAAAGUUUAGAAAAAAAAUGAAAAGUAUAAAAAAAGUUAAGAAAGUGUAAAACAUUUAUUAAAUAAAAAAAAGAAGUUUAAUAACGAGUUUUACAAAGUAAAAAAAGUUUUACAAAGUUAAAAAAUACAUUAAAAAAUGCUCAUUACCACUACACUUGGAACAUACUAGUGUAUGUGUUUGUGGGGAAGUUUGAAUAACCAGCCAGCUAAUCUACUCCAAAAUGGAACAUGGACACAGCGUAAAACUUCAAAGUUAGAAAAAAACUGAAUGGCUGUGCUCAAAUGUGACCCUUCAACAUCCACAUAUUGUGGGGAUAUUUAUGGGAUAAUUAUAGUAACAGUUGAGAAUUGCCCACUAAUUCAAUUCUCAGAUCCCAAAGAACGUUUAUCGUGUUAAGUGGAAAGUAUUUCAUAUAAAUAAUCACAAUGUAUAAAAAUAGAUUUUAUUUAUGAUAACCAAUAAUUAACAAAUAAUAUUAUGUAACAUGCAUGACAAUAAUCAAUGAAUAUUCAGUAUAAAAUGGUAUGCAAUACAAAGGAAUGGGUAUUACGUUUCAAUGGCUAAACGGCAUUAUCUGUCAAGAAUUCUGACGAUUUAUGAGGUAUCCUUAACACAGACUUAAGUGAAACUUUUCACAGCAAAGAACAGAAUUCCUCAGAGUGCAGCGUAAGGUCGUAAAGUUUAGCAGACAGUUAGAAUAACCCUUUCAAUGCUGGCUAGAUCUCCUAGGUAGUUAAGAUCUAUUCUUAUGUAAUUUUUAAAUAAAAUAACAUUUAAACCAGUUCACUAGUCAUUUUCUUAAACCAUCCAAUAAGAGAGUCUAAUAUGUUAUAUAAGCAGAUUUUUAAUUUGUCUAAAAGAUAUCUAUCUUAAUUUAGAGCAAAUCAAUACACCUGGAUAAAAACAGCGGUAUGCUAACACGUGAUAAUAUCACAUCAAUAUAUAAUUAUUCUUAAUUCCACCUGCAGAAUGGAAUGUUUAUAACUAUAUAUUCUUUAGUUAACUAAGAUUUCUUAAUAUGGAAAUCUGACCGUGCUUUAUCCAGUCAUAUAUAAUGCUAUUAAUACAUUUUAAUUAAUUUAAUUUAAUUAAAUGAAACCAGUAUAAUUACCAGUUGAGUAGAUAUUUCAUCCGAUUGGUAGUCUCUCUGCAUGGAGGUGUUGGUUAGAAAGUCAGUAAAUUCUAAGUGUUAGAGUUUUAGGAGUAGAGUGUUAGUCUCAGAUGUUGUCCGAGUUGGAGUCCCCAAACUUCCAAUUCCUCUCUCCUCUCCUUUGCAUAUCUUGCAUCUGCCUCCUCUCCUGUAUAUCUCUAUCUUCCCUUUGUCUUAACUUUUAAAGGGCCAGACUCUCUGUACGUCAUCAGUUGAUAACCCAAUAGAAGUACUAGAGGUGUGGUUAUCUUCCAGAUCGCAAAUUAGUUAUUUGGUCUAUAGAGGGCAGUCUUGUCCCACUAAACAUACCUAUCCAGGAAAGAGUUAACUUUUCCUGGUGGCUAUUUUGACGUCAUUUUGGCCUAUCUAGAUAGUGGUCAUAAUUCAGAUUUCAAAGGGUUUCUUAAAGUUUAUCCAGACUUAGCGUCUGCAAUUCCUGCCAUAAUUUCUGAUAUGACAGAUCAUGAACUAAGUUUACCCUUUUCCAUACAAUGGUACCUUAUAUAUAUAGACAGUUAAAUAUUAAAUUAUUUAAUCUUCUCUGUCACAAUCGUCUGGGUUUAGAUUUGAUUAUAUUCUUCUUAUCACUUGUUUAUACUAUGCAUUCCUUAGCUCUGGCAAAGAGGCCAGUCUUACAGAAAGAAAUCUAGUGUCUUCUUUGUUAAUUUGAAAUAACAAAAUGGAGUCUGGUCUGUUCAGAGUGACUCAGAAUAUACACUUUUAGUUUCUAUCAUAGCACAAAAUGUCUGCCGAUAUAAAUACUCUGACAUAACCCCCCUUUAGUGCAUUUCAUAGCCAAAAUUAAUUUAGCUUAUGAAUAAGCACUAUAGAAGUUACCAGACAUAUUGUGCAAUCACAUCAUUUCUAACAUAGGCCCGUGCGUGGAAUGAACAUUUUUGUAUAUAUUUGUACCUGUAAAAGUUUUGAACUUUACACUUAGUACAAUCAACCAUAAUAUCAUUAUUAUCAUAGCAUAUUGUUUUCAUUUGAAAAAUGUCUUUGGGAGUUACAUAUGGUAUGGUCAAUAAAAAGCAAAUCUCCAUACGUUCCGGAUCAAUUAAGAGAGGUAUAGCGCUCCCCAUCUCAAAGGCCAGAUUUAAUUGCAUAGGCUCAAUUGUCUCUCCAUCCACAUUGGCAAGCAUCGCAUGAACAAUAUCCUUGGAUACAAAAUACAGAGGUAUGCGUCCCCCUGUCAAUUCGAUCAUUCCAGUUUGCACUUCGUCGAGAAAAGCAAGUGUGUGGAACAAUAUUGGAUCAUGCAGAAAUAGAAGUUCACGCUUAAAUAAGUCAUGACUUUGGUGCAACUCAGUGGAUUUGGCAAUUAACUCCGAAUGCAAAUUUGUUGUAACAACUGUGUCUUCCACAAUAGUUAACACGUCUUGGAGAAGUGUUCUUUGCUGGUUUAUCACCUGAUGAAUAUCGUUAAUGUGUUGCUUUAGCGCAUAGAUUUCAAUAUCCAGCUUUUGGACAGUAAUAGAGUUGGCUGCAGACAUUCCAGUUGCGACAACUGCACCGACAGUGGCACAAACUAAUGCAACAAUUAUAGCGGUGAGGAACCUUUUGGGUCGGUUGCUCAUCGGAAUAGAACUGGAUACAAAUGGUUUCCGGGCUUGCUCCAAGAUGUUUCGCACACGGUCCUGUGCUCUUUGGAGGUGCAUCUGGUACCAAGUCUGUAACUCAGGAAGCUGCAUCGAUGAAAUGUUGUAUGCCUUCUCGAUGGAAAUCUUGGGGUCCAAGCUGACGAACACACGUCGGGUCAGGAUCCUCUUCUCUGUUAAGAUGAACCCUGGUGUCUCUUGAAUCAGGAUGCCGGAGGAUGGUCCCAUCUCUGCGAUCGGGUCGGUCCGUAGCUCUUGGCACAGGAGCAGUACGAUCCAGAAACACGCCACAUCCUUCUUGGACAUCUUUCGACAGUCACGGAUCAGGAACUCGUUUCAGACUUAUCUACUAAUGAUUCAAGGUUUGUUAAGCAUACAAACUUAUAACAGUGUGACAUCACUUGGCCUAGGACAACACAUUAUUACGAUUCAUCAACAUAUGUAUUCGCUAUAAUUCUAUUUUUAUAACUUCAUCCCUCACUACAUUUAUUACUGACUCCUCAGCAAUAUGCCUAUAGCAGUUAAACAAGCUAGUAACCUGCUUAGAAAUGUAGUUAUUGGAUGGCAAGGAAAUGGUUAAUGACAUGAACGUACAUGAGAUCAUGGCACAUCACAACAUUUCACAUCAUACUAUACCACGUGAAUCAAGCAUUCAUCCAGGUUAGUCGUUCACCCUUCUGCGUCUGAAUCCACACCUAUAAACCUUAAUUGAGAUUUAGGAUGACAAGCACGCAACUGGUUAAUGUGAACCCACUUUUCAAUAAAAUCACCAUCCUUUGGAAUUUUUAUCUUGUACGCUACUGGGGAAAUUUUAUCAAUAAUGACAUAUGGCCCUUUCCAAGAAGGUAAAAAUUUCUUUUCCUUUACUUGAUUUCGCGCAAAGUUAUACAGAUAGACUUGAUCUGUUAUCUCAUAUUCCUUUUUCGUGGUUUUUAGAUCGUAAUAGGUCUUAACCCCUGUCGCUGCUUUUUCUAGAUUCUUUUGGGCAAAAGCAAACGCAUGCUGUAAAUGCUUGCGCAAAUCUUCGAUAUACUGAUGCGUAGUGGCAGCAUUGAUCAAGUUAUGAUCCGAAGUACGAUAUAGUAAAUGCUGUGGUAAAACCAUCUUUCUUCCUGUCAUCAAUUCAAAAGGUGACAAUUUGGUAGCAGUGCUAGGUGUAGCUCUAAUCGCCAUUAAAACUAGGGGCAAUUUAAUGUCCCAGUCUUUACCAGACUCCUUAACAUAUUUCUUUAGAAUAUUAACGAUAGACUGGUUAUAUCGCUCUACCCCCCCGCUAGACGCAGCGCGGUAUGCAAUAUGUAGCUUUCGUUUAACACCUAGAAUGUUCCACAUCUUAGCCAUUACUUCGCUGGUAAAAUGACUACCUCUGUCUGACUCAAUUCUCUGAGGCAGACCGAACCUGGAAAAGACAUGGUUAAUCAACAAAGUGGCGCACACGGUACUCGUGUUCUCUUUACAAGGCAAACAUUCUAUCCACUUUGUGUACAUACAUGUAACAGUUAACAUGUAUUUGUUACCUCUUGAAGAUCUUGUUACAGGACCUAUAAAGUCAAUUUGAAUAUCAGACCAGGGUAAUGACACCCCCCUCUUCUGAAGUGGUGCACGAUGGGUUGGACCAUGGGGUUGAUAUUGCGGACAAAUCAAGCAUCCCUGACAGUAUGUCUUAACAUCCCUUAACAUGUGUGGCCAAUAUGCAUAAUCACGCAAUAUCUCAUAUGUGAUCUUAUCACCACGAUGCCCAGAUGUAGGUGCAUCAUGUGCGUGUUGGAGCAUUAACCCUCUGUAUACAGUUGGGACUACCCAUUGUUGUAUACCAUGUUUAGAAGUUCUGACCAGUAACCCAUCCAUGAUACUAAAUUGGACUUUAUAUCUCAUCAAGAUUCGUAAAUCUUCAUUAUCUUUGCAAUCCACAUCUGUGAUGGGAUUGGCAUUAGGGUCUUCUAUAUGUCUAUAGAAUAUUCCUAUGAUGGGAUCAUUCUUUUGACUAGUAAUCAGGUCCUCGCUAGGAGCUUCUUGACUCCAUUGCACGACAUUUAAGUCGGCAUUAUCUCUAGCCUGUCGUCUUGUUAUGGCUUCAACAUGAAUUGAACCCAUAAGAUCAUCAAUGUUUAGGGUUUCACCAUCGAUGGCAGCUUGUUUUGCCAGUGAAUCAGCUAAGUCAUUACCAUCCUUGUCAAUACCUUCUAUUUUAGAAUGGCCUUUGGUUUUCUUCCAAUAUAUGGUUAAACCAUUUUCCUUAACCAGUUCAUCAAUUUUACAAAACAAUUUCCCAUGUUUAACAGGUUUGUUAUUGCUCUUCAGCAUUUGGUUACGUUUCCAGCUAGGCAGAUAUUCGACGAAACUGUUACGAACAUAGUUGGAAUCAGUUAUAAUAACAAAUUCUUUGAUACCAUAUUCUAUUGCCAUUUGAAUGGUUUUAUAUACUGCACAGAGUUCGGCUAUCUGACUGCUUUUGAGACCAAUAUUGUAUCCUAUAGAUACAUUGGGAUAAUCACCUAUCCAGGCGAUUCCGAUACCUGCAACUAACUUCCGUUCGGCACCAACGACGUGGUGAUAUGAACAACCAUCAAUGUAUACCCACGGUAGUGGUCGACAGUAUUCCUCGUCAUAAACUUUAUAAGGAGAUAGCAAUUGCUCUUCUAGGAAGUCAUCUCCGGUGUCAUUAUCAUCCAGAGAUGGAGCAGUACAGUCAUGUAAUUCUGCUAAACCUUGGGCAACUGGGCUUCUCUUAUUAUGUUUAUAACGGACUUCUAACGGCCAUCCCUGUAAGGAUAGAGUCCAUGCAGUAAUCCGACUGUUAGAGAGAUUACCGUCUCUAAUUCUUUCACUCUGCAGAUACUGUAGAGGUUGGUGAGCUGUUUCUACAAUUAUUUUCUCACCUUGGAUAUAGCUACGAAAAUUUUGUAGUGCCCAGACAGUCGACAAUAACGCCUUCUCACACGUGUUGAAUUUAACUUCAACAGGUGACAAAGUCUUGCUAGCAUAUGCAAUAACUUUGUUUAAACUGUCCUGCUUCUGAUACAAAACAGCACUUAUGCUUAAAUCGGUAUAUCCUGUCUCCAGAUAGAAGGGUUUACCCCCCUCUGGGUAUGCUAAACAGGGUGCCUGAGUGAGCUUCCUCCUCAGUUCACUUACCGCUUGGUCCUGAGGCUCCCCCCAGUUCCAGGUAGUUUCCUUUUUAAGCAGGUGUAAGAGUGGUUUAGUUAUUUCUGCAUAGUUAUCUAUAAACUUACGGGAGUAGUUAGUCAUACCAAGGAACGAUCUUAAUUCCCUGAUGUUUGAAGGUGUUUUAGCCUUUAGUACGGCUUCAACCUUCUUCCUCUGGGGAUUUAAUCCUUCAGAAGUUACCUCAUGUCCGAGGAAAUUGACAUGGGUGCGACACCAUUGCGCCUUUUGUAAAGACAGUUUAAUCCCUGCCUCUCUUAACUGAGUGAGAACAUGUCUAAUCUCUAAGAUAUGCUUAUCAAAGGAAGUGCUUUUCAGCAAGACAUCGUCGACAUAUGAUAACGUUCCUCUCUCGAGUGCGUCAGGCAUAGCUUUAUGCAUGAACACAGCAAAUUCAUGACCAGAGUUUAUAUAACCGAAAGGCAUACGGGUCCAGGUAUACUGCUGCUUUCCAAAUGUGAAGGCCAAUUUGUAUUGGUCUUCAUUAUGGACUGGUACAGUCCAAUAUCCCUGCGCACAGUCAAUGGCAGUGAAUAUUUUGGAUCCCUGCAUUUGUACCAAACAUUGGUCUAUGUAUGGCGUUGGCCAACCAGACAUAUAGACGCGUUUAUUUAGCUGUCGUAAGUCAGCGCAUAAACGCCAUUGUCCAUUAGGUUUCAGAAUCCCCAAGAUCGGAUUAUUAUACGAACUGUGCACUGGACGUAUAAUGCCCCUUUCCUUUAAAUUCUGAAUGAUGUCUUGUAGACCAUCAUAUGACGCUAAUGGGAGUCUAUAUUGUUUGAUAAAUACAGGUGGUAAAUUUGGAUCAGUUUGUAUUCUGGCUACGUGGAGGUUAGUUAACCCACAGUCGUAGGAAUCUUUGGCAAAAAUAUCUUGGAAUUCCAAAAGGAUUUCCUUUAGCUGUUGCCGCUCAGCAUCGUUGGAGCAACCGUCAGCUAAAGAUAUUUGCUCUUCUAGCCUUUCCUGAAAUCCUGGAAAGAUUUCAGGCUGGCCUAUCUCAUAAGCUUCUUCAAGCCUAGAAGUUAGGUCAGUUCGGUGUUGACUUACCUUUUCUCUUUGGUCGUGAUACUCUUGUGAUUCCUGCUCAUUGAGCGGAUGAUCGAAGGUGAUUGAUGCUUCUUCGAUUUUACACGAGCCUUCUUCAACGUUGAAGGGAUAUACAGAUAGGAUAGUGAAUAAUCCUUCUGGGGAGGAAUGGAAUAUUUGAUCGACAAUUUCGUCCUCAGUUAAGUAUUCUUCAGGGAUGAGGCCUAUAAUUUGGUUUUGGAAACCAAAUGUAUAGUACUCAGCAUCCAAUGCUAGACCUAAUAAUGUUCCUUUUGGUAAAGUAACACUAUUGGGUGUAACAUUGUUGACCAUGAUAUAGGUGGGAUUCUUACCAAUACUUACCAUUGGUGUAUGUGUUACCACCAUCCCUAAUUGUUGUAUCCUGUUGGAUAAACAGAUUAGGGCAUCAGAGUUUUCCAAUCUCUGACCCUCCUUGACCUGUAGGGGUAAAAGAAAAUUACUUGUCCCCUGUGGGAUGGUUAUGUCAUCAGGUACUUUGAUACUUACCGCAUAUGGGAGUAUUUGUCCUGAUUUUAGGGCAUUUUCCUCGUGUAGGUAUCCACAAGGAUCACCUUUUAACCUUGUCCACAAGUUGGAAUUAAUCAGGUCAAGGUGUAUGGCAAGGCGAUGUAUGACAUCAUUGCCUACGUAAACCUGAUAGCGAGGUUCGUCUAUCACUAGGAAUAAAUGUUUAACUGUCUUAUUUCCGAUGGAAAUAGAUAGUAAACAUUUUGCUAUCACAUUGUGACUCUCUGAUUCGCCAUCCAGAUUCUGGAUCCACCUGUCAUGUGGGGAAGCAUACCUGAUCAUUUUAGGAUUAGCUAUCUGCUUUAACAGACUUCUGCUAAUAUAGCUGUUCUCACUCUGUAAGUCCAGCUUUGCAUUCUUACUUCUUCCUAAGUCAUUUAUUUGCAUAGGAAAGAAUAAGUUGUUAUUAACCCUUUCAAUUCUGGCAAGGAAUUGAGCAUGACCUGCCAGAUCUACAGAUUCAACAUAGUCCCUGUGGAGAGAAAUGGUUAAAACAUCACCUUCCAGAGAGACAUUCUGGAUCCUCUCUGGAGCAAUUCUUAUGGAAUGCUCAUCUACAGGUGCGAUUGCAUCAUUCACCUGCAGGAUAGUCACGUCAGGUGACUGACUAUUUCUAAAAUGUACCUCAAUUGAGUCAGGUCUUUCUUCUAUCACAUGGCAGUUACGAUCAGAUUGAACAUGUGAUUUCUCAUAGGUUAUGGGAACCUUAGCUUGUGACCAUACAAUUCCAUUUACACAGUCAAUAAUUGUGUUAAGUCUUCUGAGUAUAUCUAUACCCAGAAUCAGUCGGUCAUAGGGGAGAUCUACCACUAUCACCGGGUGUCUAAAGGUUUUGUUACCUAUUUUAAACUUUAACCAGGUAUUGCCAAUAACAUGAAGGGCAUUUCCUCCUACACUCAACAGAGCAUUGGGGAAAUCUCUUAGCUUCGGCUUAUCCGUUGCUAAGUCCAUUACCUGCUGGAAGUAGGUAUUGGAUAAGAUAGUGGCUUGUGAACCAGUAUCUAUUAACCCUUUAAAAGGCUGGGGUAGCGAAUCCUGUAUUUCUACAGACAUGUAAUACCUUCCUUCAUGUUCUUCUAAUUCACAUAAGAAUUUAGAAUGUGUCAACAUAUUACUUGUUUUCCAUACAUUACCGGUCACAGCCGUAGUUUCUACCUGUAUUGAGGAAUGCUCAGUCUUACCCACAGGCCCAUCCUUUUCAGGAAUAUCUUGAACUGUCAAGCGGGAACUAGUGGUCGGCAUCUCAUCAGUUAACCCUUUCAGGUCUGGAUCCUGGAAACUAGUGACUGCUGGGGCUACUUUAGCCUUUGGCUGAAAUGAAAAAACAGAGGAACACGUUGCGCCUCCUUCACCCGGAAGUGAAGUGACGGUAUAGGCAAUAGGUUUUCUUACACAACUAUUGUUUGUUUGACUAUGAGUACCUGGAAAGGAAACAGGGUUAGGCAUUACAUCUACUGAUAACCUAGCCUGUUUAGUCACAGUGGCUAUUAUUGCUGCGGCACCUGUUGUUGUUGCUGCGGUUGCACAGGUAGUUCUGCAAUUGGAGCUAUCCCUAAAAAAGGAUUGAGAGCAAAGACUUGAUUAAUCUUUGUCAUUUCCUCCAUUAAUUUGCCCAUCUGGUCUGUCAAUUGACCAAGCUGACGACGCAAAUUAUUUCCCCCAUUGCCGUUUUGUCUUUGCCCAUUAGAAUUUGGCUGGGAUGGCUGAGACUGUUGGGAGUUAUUGGAAGCAGAUUGAUUGUUUCUGUUUCCAUAUCUCCUAUUUCCCUGAGGAUUCCUUCUCCAUUGGGAAUUGCCUUGGUUCUUAUUAACCCAGGGGCGUUUAUUCCCAUUGGUAUUGGACUUUUCAGAGUUAUUUUCAGAGGAAUUUGCAGAAUUGCUUCUGGCGUUUUCCUGUUUCUGAGGUUUUGGUGUUUUCAAUACCUCGGAAUAGGUCCUCUUUUUCUGUUGGGUUUCUAAACCUAACUGAAUUUUAGUCUCUGACACCAUUUUAUCACCAGGUUUCUUAACCUUUGGCUGAUUUUCAUCAUGUGCAUGGUGUAUAGUGUACAACUUCAUGCAUUGACUGACUAGCCAUUCUAAUGGUAACUUACAAUCGUAAUCUCUUGCGAGAUUCAUUUGUAUGUUUACCGGCAUGGCAUGAAAAUACAGAUCUUUGAAGUCUGUGCUUUCAUACCUGGGUUUUCUUUGGGCCACGGAGUAUGCAUUUUUAAGAAUUAUUAAAAAUUCUCUGGGGCUUUGAUCUGGACGGCACUUUAAGUUAUAAAGCGCCUUCUUUGCAGAGGCAAUGGUUUUAUACUUACCAUAUUCCAUGAUUAUUUCAUAUUUCAUCUUGGACCAGGACAUUAACUGUAUAGCUUGAAGACUUUCUAGAUAAACACGACACAUUGAAUCAAAGGUCCAUGUAAUGAACCAUUUCUUAUGAAUGUCAUCAUACAUGCCCAAUGAAUUCAUUGCUCUAUCAUAAUUUUCCAGAUGUUCAGAUAUGUUUCCUGAACCUCUAGAAAAUUGUGGGACAGUCUCUCUAAGGAAUUUGAUGACCUUUGGUGUUUCAUAAACAGGCGUCGUUGAUUUAGGACCUCUGUUUCUGUGUUUGGGUAAACGUCUAUGCGAUCUGUCUGCUGAAGAGGAAUUAGACCCGUACAACAGUGCAGAUGGCAUAUCAGUUACAUGGCCUUCAGAGUGGAUAGUGCAAUCACUUUCACUCCCAUCACUCUGAGCUUCUUGUUCACUGUCACAAUUCUGAUCAGCAUCAGAAUCCUGCCAGUGUACAGAACCAUGUCUGUUUUCAUUCCUAUCACCUUGAAUUGGACUCUCCCUCUCAAGUUUGGCCAAGACAGCUUUUUCAAACUGUUCUGCCCAAGAUUGCCAAGAUGGCUUGGUAAUGUCAUGAGAUGGGGAAUCUUGUUCCACAGGUGAUUUUUUAGAAUUACUCACAUCUUUUCUUACAGACUGUUUUAUGAAAAUCUGGUUUGGUGUGGGAAAAUCAUAAUAAGGAGGGGAUUUACAGAUAGUCUUUUCUUGCAUUUUUGUGCAACUUUUUGGCACAGAAUGAUGACUACCAACCUCACUGUCUAAUUUUUGACUCUCCUUUUCAUACUCAUCCAAUUGCAUUUUAAGCUGAUUUAUUUCCUGUGCAUAUUGAUCCAUCAAAGCUUUCAUUUCUUUUUCAUGAUCAGCCUGACGAGUUUUAUGCUCAGCAAGUAAAUCUUGGUAUUUCCCAUUUUGAAUGCCCAGAUCGUCACUGUACGCGUCCAAUUUGGCAUUCAGUGACUUGUUUUCAUCUAACACCUUAAGAAGUGCUGUCAUAAAGAAAGGCCAAGAGUGUAUUAUGUAACGCCAUUUUCCUUUCUAUGUUCUUUUGUUCAGCAAUUUCUUUAAGAUAUAUGAUGAUGUGUUCAUCAGUUAGAAUGGUGUGUUUAGCUUCCCAUUCUAUGCUUUUCAACCAAACCUCAUAGGUUGCAUCAUUUUUCAUAUGUUUAUGAAUAUGAACUAGAGCAUGUUUUUUUAGGUCUUCAAUUAUUUCAGUAUUAUCUGUUACAGAUUUAUCACUGCCACUGGCCAUUUUUAUUUUUAUUUUAUUGAUUAAUCUCAAUACAAAACUCUUUUCUAUAUUAAGAUUAAAUUGCAUGAAUUACACCAAUAUUAUUAUAUAUAAAAUACAAUUUCAACUUAAACGAUCUCAGCAGUGCCUCCAAUAUGUGGGGAUAUUUAUGGGAUAAUUAUAGUAACAGUUGAGAAUUGCCCACUAAUUCAAUUCUCAGAUCCCAAAGAACGUUUAUCGUGUUAAGUGGAAAGUAUUUCAUAUAAAUAAUCACAAUGUAUAAAAAUAGAUUUUAUUUAUGAUAACCAAUAAUUAACAAAUAAUAUUAUGUAACAUGCAUGACAAUAAUCAAUGAAUAUUCAGUAUAAAAUGGUAUGCAAUACAAAGGAAUGGGUAUUACGUUUCAAUGGCUAAACGGCAUUAUCUGUCAAGAAUUCUGACGAUUUAUGAGGUAUCCUUAACACAGACUUAAGUGAAACUUUUCACAGCGAAGAACAGAAUUCCUCAGAGUGCAGCGUAAGGUCGUAAAGUUUAGCAGACAGUUAGAAUAACCCUUUCAAUGCUGGCUAGAUCUCCUAGGUAGUUAAGAUCUAUUCUUAUGUAAUUUUUAAAUAAAAUAACAUUUAAACCAGUUCACUAGUCAUUUUCUUAAACCAUCCAAUAAGAGAGUCUAAUAUGUUAUAUAAGCAGAUUUUUAAUUUGUCUAAAAGAUAUCUAUCUUAAUUUAGAGCAAAUCAAUACACCUGGAUAAAAACAGCGGUAUGCUAACACGUGAUAAUAUCACAUCAAUAUAUAAUUAUUCUUAAUUCCACCUGCAGAAUGGAAUGUUUAUAACUAUAUAUUCUUUAGUUAACUAAGAUUUCUUAAUAUGGAAAUCUGACCGUGCUUUAUCCAGUCAUAUAUAAUGCUAUUAAUACAUUUUAAUUAAUUUAAUUUAAUUAAAUGAAACCAGUAUAAUUACCAGUUGAGUAGAUAUUUCAUCCGAUUGGUAGUCUCUCUGCAUGGAGGUGUUGGUUAGAAAGUCAGUAAAUUCUAAGUGUUAGAGUUUUAGGAGUAGAGUGUUAGUCUCAGAUGUUGUCCGAGUUGGAGUCCCCAAACUUCCAAUUCCUCUCUCCUCUCCUUUGCAUAUCUUGCAUCUGCCUCCUCUCCUGUAUAUCUCUAUCUUCCCUUUGUCUUAACUUUUAAAGGGCCAGACUCUCUGUACGUCAUCAGUUGAUAACCCAAUAGAAGUACUAGAGGUGUGGUUAUCUUCCAGAUCGCAAAUUAGUUAUUUGGUCUAUAGAGGGCAGUCUUGUCCCACUAAACAUACCUAUCCAGGAAAGAGUUAACUUUUCCUGGUGGCUAUUUUGACGUCAUUUUGGCCUAUCUAGAUAGUGGUCAUAAUUCAGAUUUCAAAGGGUUUCUUAAAGUUUGUCCAGACUUAGCGUCUGCAAUUCCUGCCAUAAUUUCUGAUAUGACAGAUCAUGAACUAAGUUUACCCUUUUCCAUACAAUGGUACCUUAUAUAUAUAGACAGUUAAAUAUUAAAUUAUUUAAUCUUCUCUGUCACAAUCGUCUGGGUUUAGAUUUGAUUAUAUUCUUCUUAUCACUUGUUUAUACUAUGCAUUCCUUAGCUCUGGCAAAGAGGCCAGUCUUACAGAAAGAAAUCUAGUGUCUUCUUUGUUAAUUUGAAAUAACAAAAUGGAGUCUGGUCUGUUCAGAGUGACUCAGAAUAUACACUUUUAGUUUCUAUCAUAGCACAAAAUGUCUGCCGAUAUAAAUACUCUGACAAUAUACAUGGCAAAGGUACAUACGGGGGUAUUGCUGUACUCAGCCAAAAUAGCUGAGCAAUAUAUGAAAUAUUAUACAGUCGUAGCACACAUAAGGUUUGCAAAAUAUAAAGGGCAAGCUCACUUUGUGUGUCAAAAAGGCAGAAAAAUGCUUAUUACAACUACACUUGGUACAAGCUAGCGGAAAAAUGAUCCCACGCUAAGGUUCAUAAUAUGCCUAUUGAAAUACCCUGGGAUGUGUUCUUUAAGAAAUGGUAUGCCUUUAUGGUGUAGUUGUAAUAUGUAGCCUACUCAAGCGCUCCAAAGUGGGACACGGACGCAUCAGAACCCUUAAAAACCUGAACUUGUCACGUCUCUUUUACAGCACUGUAACCUCACAAAAUAGUAUCUAGGUCAUACAUUGGGCAUAAUGUUUUACUCAGAAGACUUAGCUGAGCAUAAUUUGGGGGGUUUGAACUUAGUGGUACAUAUGAAAUGUACAAAAUGCCCAGCAUAAAUGUAAUCCGUAUGUAAAAAAUGCCCAAAAUGAUUUUUUAACACAUACUUUGGCAUACAUUGGUGAAAAAAUGGGGGCAUGUUAAGGCACAAUAUGCACCAUAUGAGAUACCCUGGAGUGUCUACUUUUACAAUGGUAAGCCUUUGUGUUUUGUUUUUUUGAACAGUCAAACUGCUAUAAUACCCCAAAUUGAAGCAUAGGCCCAUCAAAUCCGUCUUACAAAAUUCUACUGUAAAUACUGAAAAGGACAGGUCUCCUAUAUGGCACUGUAGCUUCACGAAAUAGUGCCAAAGACAUACAAUGGGGGUAUCGUUGUACUCAGCAGAUGUAGCCGAACACAAAAUAAAGUUUUGUACAGGAAUAGCACAGAUCAACUUUACAAAAUACACAUGAGAAGUUCUUUGUUAUAAGUUUGUGUGCCAAAAACCAAAAUACCCACAAUUUUACUCCAAUAUUUAGCAGAGAUUGGCGGUGAAAUGGCUUCAUGGAAAGUGUGAAAACAACAAUAGGACAAUAGCCUGUGAUGUCUACUUUAUAUAAAUAUAUACUAUUGUGUGGCAAUUUUGUUUUCUUUUAUGGCUAUUAAGCUUACAAGACAAACAUACCAAAUUCUAAAAUCGCUCCAUAUUAAAAGUUUAUUUUACUCCUUGUGCUUUGUGACCUGUAACUACCAAAAAAAAACUUAAAAUCCAAGACACAUUAUAUAUUCUGUAAAUCAGAACAACUAAAUUAAUUUUUUUAAAUUACUUUCUUUAACCUGCACUAAUUGUGCACACAUUAUUAUUGCAAAAACUGUAAAAAAAAACAUUUUUCUGUAUUUUUUUAAAUAAUAAAUAAGCAUUUAUAUAUAUAUAUAUAUAUAUAUAUAUAUAUAUAUAUAUAUAAAUAGUGAGGGCUUGCACUCCUGGUGUAAUCCUGUGGUGCCCGGUGCUGGUCUGGCAAGGAUCAUGUAGACAUAGCAGAAAUGACCGCACUCCAAGGACUUUAUAGAGAUUUUCAAAUAAAAUUUAGCUUUUAUUCAAUCCAUUUAAAAAGUCAACGUUUCAGCUCCCACAUGGAGCUUUCAUCAGGACAAAACAUGGAUUAAUAAAUAUAAAUUAUAUUUGAAAAUCUCUAUAUAGUCCUUGGAGUGCGGUCAUUUCUGCUAUGUCUAUAUAUAUAUAUAUAUAUAUGUUACAUCAAAUUAAAGCCCUUUCUGUCCUUUAAAAAACAGUAUAUAAUAUGUGUCGGUGCAAUAAACGAGAGAGAUGCAAAUUGCAGUUGAACGCAAACAGCAAGAAAAUGCAAAAUCUGCAUGUGUCAUUAAGCGUAAGACAAGCUUCUGAAGCUCUUUCCUUAAAGGACCACUAUAGUGCCAGGAAAACAUACUCGUUUUCCUGGCACUAUAGUGCCCUGAGGGUGCCCCCACCCUCAGGGUCCCCCUCCCGCCCGGCUCUGGAAGGGGAAAGGGGUAAAAACUUACCUUUUUCCAGCGCUGGGCGGAGAGCUCUCCUCCUCCUCUCCGCCUCCGUUACGCCCCGCCGGCUGAAUGCGCACGCGCGGCAAGAGCUGCGCGCGCAUUCAGCCGGUCUCAUAGGAAAGCAUUUACAAUGCUUUCCUAUGGACGCUGGCGUGCUCUCACUGUGAAAAUCAUAGUGAGAAGCACGCAAGCGCCUCUAGUGGCUGUCAAUGAGACAGCCACUAGAGGAUUAGGGGGAAGGCUUAACCCAUUCAUAAUUAUAGCAGUUUCUCUGAAACUGCUAUAAUUAUGAAAAAAUGGGUUAAGCCUAGAAGGACCUGGCACCCAGACCACUUCAUUAAGCUGAAGUGGUCUGGGUGCCUAGAGUGGUCCUUUAAGGGGUUAAGGAACAGCAGAUUUAACUAUUUAGGACUUGUUUUUUUUUUUUUUUUCUUGUUGUAUCGUCUUUCUCAGUUUCUAUAAUUGUCGAACAGUUAAAAGUAGUCAUUUUUUCUCUUGAUAGUUCCUUGUUUUAACCAGAUGUCCAAAUUCAUGGUUGUUGGUUGGUAAAAAAAAAACAACACUUCUCUAACCUGAAAAAAUACAGGUACCUGACUGCAAUUGAUACUGUUUUUUAUAAUGCUCUUAGAAAGAACUUAAUGUAAGAAGGAUUUUGAAUCAGUCUUGAAGCAAAACAGAUUAGAACACUUCUAAACAGGUCUCACUACCUGACUGCAAAGGAUGCUUUUUUUUUUUUAUAAAGCUCUUAGAAAGAAAUGAACAUAAGCAGGAUUUUGGCUCAGUCUUGGAGUAAAGAGAACACUUUACUACAGAUUUCACUACCUGACUGCAAAGGACGCUGUUUUGUUAACAGCUUUUAGAAAGAAAAUGUUUUGGUAUAUUACAGAUUUCUACUGAUAGUACGCAGAUAUAUAUAUAUAUAUAUAUAUAUAUCUCAAAUUAUAUGUAAAUAAGUAAAAAUACAUUUUAAAAAAUUCUAAAAUUGACAAAAUCAUGUGGAUACUCUCAUUUAACUCUUGCAAUUAUUUGGUAGUUACUCCCAUGAACACUAUAUGUCACUAUGCAAGCAAGCCUUACUUCAACCAAAAGUCAAACCCCUGCUCUUGUGAGAACAAUAGGGAACUACGUGGAGCAUUUAUCAAAAAAAAGUUGGAUAUUGCACUUGGAUCAAUAUGCCAAGUCAGUGUAAGGCAGCCAAUUACUUGAGCCACAAAUGCACUGACACACUUGCACUGUCAAAGUUUAGUUGAUAAGGAUGGGGGGAGGCGAUAAUAAUAAGGAGAAAUGUAAGUGGUAGAUUGCAGAAAAGACAUAUCACCAAAAUAUUCACUAGUCAUAUCUAAUAAGUUAUUUUUAAAUACAAUUUAAAAAAAUCUGGAACUUUUAUGUUCUCAUUGAACUAUUCUUAUACUUUGGAGUUUAUUCACUUAACCCCUUAAGGACCAAACUUCUGGAAUAAAAGGGAAUCAUGACAUGUCACACAUGUCAUGUGUCCUUAAGGGGUUAAAGGGAUUCUCCAGUGCCCCUCUCCCUCCCACCCCCAUCCCGAGUUGCUGAAUGGGUUAAAACUCCUUCAGUGACUUACCGGAGUCCAGCGCCGAUGUCCCUCAGCGCUGGGUCAGGCUCUGCCUACUCUCCUCCCCCACCGACGUCAGCCGGCAGGGAGACCUAAUGAGUAUGCGCUGCAAUGGCCGCCCACACGCAUUAGACCUCCCCAUAGUAAAGCAUUAUACAUUUUCGUGCGCUAUGAAAACUGCAAUAAUUACACUUGCAGGGUUAAGGGUUGUGGGAGUUGGCACCCAGACCACUCCAAUGGGCAGAAGUGUUCUGGGUGCCCAGAGCAUCCCUUUAACAGUGAAUUUAAGUGAGUUGAAAAUUUAGGCUAAAAUCUGCACGUUCAGUGUUGAAUUGUAGUGUGGGAUGACCAGUCUGUAAUGCUAAUGGUAUAUGUUUCCUUUAUAAUGAGGGAGGUGAGAUCAAAUCUCAUUCAGCCCUUUUGUGUGUGCUAUUUAUAGAGCUAGCUAUUUUUCUUUGUCCACUCUCAAGUCUGUGUUGGCUCAUGUUGACAAUAAAAAUAUACUCCCACAAAAUAUAUAAAUACAAAAUCACACCCCUUGGCUUGUGUAUAGUAACAAUGCCUCUCCAGAUAAGUAGAGAUACGUUCUCUCAUUAUGAUGCACAGUAUUGAGUUUCAAAACAUUAGUAAUGGAGGUCUGUGCAAGAGAGAUACGCUAGUGGGGAGAUGGAGGGAGAUGAGGAAAUAAAUAGAGCGACUCUGGGAAAAGAGAUGGUGUGACAAAUGAAGAAAGAAAUGGAGUGAUAUUGGAGAAAAGAAAGGGUUAGCUUAACACUAUGGGAGAGAGGAAUGUCAGAAUACUGAAGGAGAGAGGAGUUAAAGAAUACAGGGAGGAAAGAGGAUGGAAGGAAUACUAAAGGAGAGAGGAGUGAAAGAAUACAGGGAGGAAAUAGGAUGGAAGGAAUACUGAAGGAGAGAGGAGUGAAAGAAUACAGGGAGGAAAGAGGAUGGAAGGAAUACUGAAGGAGAGAGGAGUGAAAGAAUACAGGGAGGAAAGAGGAUUAAAAGAAUCCUGGGAGGAGAGAAGAGUUAAUGAAUACUGGGCUGAGAGAGAGACCUUCCCGGAACAGCAGGGAGUUUGGCUGAACACCAAUUGGUCAACGCUGUUCUCGAGCAAAGUGCUACAAUAAAAGUAACUAACUUAAAGGGUGACAGUUUCAGAGAAACUGCAAUGUUUACAGUUUAAGGUUAAGGCUGCCUCUAAUGUCUGUCCUCCAGACAGCCACCAGAGGUGCCUUCUGGCUUUUCAUGAAGUUUAAAGGGACAUUAUAGUCACCAGAACAACUAUAGCUUAAUGUAGUUGUUCUGGUGAGUAUAAUCAUUGCCUCCAUGUAUUUUAAUGCAAACACUGUGUUUUCAGGGAAAAGGCAGUGUUUACAUUGCCCCUAGGGACACCUCCAAGUGGCCACUCCUCAGAUGUCCACUGGAGAUGCCUCCUGGCUCAGUGCUGAUUGAUUCAAUGCAUCUCUAUGAGUAGAUGCUGAUUGGCAAACUGUUUGGCCCUGCCCCAUUGACGAUUUAAGCCAAUCCAAUGCUUUCCACAUGGGAAAGCAUUGGAUUGGCUAAAAAUCUGCAAUUCUGAUUAUGUCACCAAGGGGGUGGGGCCGGCUCCAGCAGACCUGCACGACACUGGAAAUAAGGUGAGUUUAUUUCCUUUUUAGGGGGGCUAAGUGACCCUAUGGUGUUCCUUUAACCGUGUGAAGUGACACUGAACACCCUCAUGCUUUGCAUGAGGACAGCCGGUGUCUUCAAAAUCUGCAUAAUAAAGCAUUGAUUCGGUGCUUUGAUGUGUGGAAGGCCGAAUGCGGGAGCGGCGCUCGACAUGCAUGCACGUUAAGUUUCCCCAUCGCCAUGACUUUGGAGGAGAUCAAGCUAGAAUUAAGGGGCCAGAAGAGUGUAACAAUUAUUUUUAUCCUGCUAUGCACCAUGGGGGGGGGGGGGCAUAGUUAAUUAGAGAGGGACACUACAAUGUUAGAAAUACAAUUUUGUAUUCCUAACGCUAUAGUGUUAUUUAAAGAGUCAUAAAAUGUGUCUAUCAGACAAGAUCCCUAAUUAGCUAGAGGUGUAAGGCUCUGAUUGACAGCCACUAGAUUAGUCUUAGUCCUGCAAUGUAAUUAUUAAUUAUAAUUAACAUUGCAGGGACAGAGUCAUUGUACCCAGACCACUUUCAUGAGCUGAAGUGGUCUGGGUGCCUAUAGUGUCCCUUUAAAUAGAACAUGUAAGAUCAGACAUAUAUGAUACUGAAGUUCUGUUGCAUGAACAUUUUUUAACACUACUUCCAUAGCCUCUGAACACAUUGGAGUUUUAGAGAGCUAUAUGCUUUUGUUCUUCUGCUAUGAUACGAACAGUUUAUUUAAAUAAAUUAACAUCUGCAUUGUACUUUUCCCAUGAUCAUUUUCAACAUCUGUGUUGGAACAUCAUCAAAGAACUAUUAAAUCAGAUACAGCCAUAGACGUAUUUCAGUGAUUAUAUAUAUAUACCUAUCAUACAUCACAGCACUGCAUACAGUAGCUCUUAACAGCAACAAGUGUGGGUGGUGAAUGUAAUACCUAUAAUGCAACAGCCAUCAUAUUUAGUGAUUUUAAAAAGCAGAUUAGUAAUGUAAUGUAGUACAUAAUUGCAGACUGUGACACAUCAUUAAUAUUGGCAAUAUGUUUUUAUGUGAUUGAGAAAUGACACUUCCCACUUAGAAACAAUGGUGGAUGAUGCACAAUAUGUGGCAAAACUUCUCUGUCACUCAGCAAUGACAUAGUGAGCGAUAUUAUGUUCUUUGCAUGCACAUAAAAAAAAAGAAUUUAAAAGAAAAGAAUGGAAAUUCAGUAAUCUCAAGUGUAGACUAAGAAACAUGAUAUGAUGGAAUGCCUAAAAUCCUUGAAAUUUAUAAAUAAUUACUACUUGCAGCUGAUCCACAUUAUCACUAACUGUCCUCUUCCUUUUCUAUCAAUUUGUGUAUAUUGUCUGUCUGUGUUCUGUAUAAUUACCUAAAUUCUGUUUUCAUAAUCUGUAUAGUGCUCUGGAUAAGAGUGCUAUAUAAGAACAGUUACAUAAAUAAAUAAAUAAAUUGCAACAAUUCUUUCUAGUCUAUAGCAUUGAAGGGGUCAGCAUACUCCUUAACCAUCUGUUCGGGAGCUUUGUUUCCUUUGUGACGUAACUUGUAAAAAGAGCCUAGAGCCAAUUACAGCAUUGGAAAAAUAUGCAUUGGCAGAGACAGAUGAAAAAGUUCAGGCUAAGGGAAAGCUGGGAAUAUGAGCAGAAGGGUCCGACUCAGUUAUCUUGCAAGGGAGCUUGUUAAAAAGCACUUGGAAAAUGCAGAAUACACUAAUCAGUUGAAGCAUUUCAUCAAGCCUUAGUGGAAGACAGAAAUCUUUCCAGCUGUUCACCUAUAGGUUUUAUUUAGGUCACCAAAAAACGUGAGUAUGACAAGGCGUUACAAAUAGAAAGCUGUAUGAUAGAACUGCGUGCAGCAUUCCAGUGCACAAAUUAAUGUAGAAAAAAGAUUAUGGGUAAUAUUGAGAAGAAAUAGUGCCUGCUAUGAUAUUAUUUAUUACUUUAUACAAUACAACGUAAAUACCCAGUUAUGGUGUUCUUUAAUACGUGCUUAGAUGGUAGCUAUAGAAACUUAGGGGUUUUUUUUGUUUUUUUUUAUAACAGCAUUUAAUGAAUUAGAACCCAACGAUUCAGUUUAGUUAAUGAGUACUUUUGUUUUUUCGGUUGUUCAGGUAAUACACUUAUUUUACUAUACCAGCACUACAAUAGAUUUAGAAACAUAGAAUGUGACGGCAGAUAAGAACCAUUCGGCCCAUCUAGUCUGGCCAAUUUUCUAAAUACUUUCCCUGGCUUUAUCUUAUAUCUAGGAUAGCCUUAUACCUAUCCCACAAAUGCUUAAACUCCUUCACUGUGUUAACCUCUACCACUUCAACUGGAAGGAUAUUCCAUGCAUCCACUACCCUCUCAAUAAAGUAAAUACUUCCUGAUAUUAUUUUUAAACCUUUACCCCUCUAAUUUAAGACUAUGUCUACUAGUUGUGGUAGUUUUUCUUCUUUUAAAUAGUCUCCUCCUUUACUGUGUUGACUUUUAUGUAUUUAAAUGUUUCUAUCAUAUUCCCCCUGUCUCGUCUUUCCUCCAAGCUAUACAUGUUACGAUCCUUUAACCUUUGCCAUUAGAAUUCUUAUUUAUAAUGCACUGAUAAGAGAUAUUGGAAAGAACAGCAGCUUGAUACACAUAUUUUUAGUUCAAAUGGACCAGUAUAUUUUAUUUAUAUGCACAGUGUGAAUCUUUGCAAAAGAAUGCCCAAAUCUUCACAGCAGAACGUGCAGCAGGCACAGUAAUGUUAAAUGAUCUGGGUCCCAACAUCAUAAAUGAUUCCUCCAGUAUUAUGUUGUGGUAUGAACUGUAUUAUGUGUGAAUUUUUAUUUUUAACAGCUUUUCUAUUGCAAUCUAUAGAAACUUUGAUAUCUGAUUGUGAUGUAUUUGAGAUAUGUAUAUAUAUCUGUGUGGUUGGAUAGCAAAAACAAAAAGUACAGCUUAUUGGUAUAAAAUGAUGGCCAUUUACUAAGGGAGGAAAUACAAGAUUUAUUACAAUCCCACAGGUGUUCUUAAUUUGUAUCUCAGUGCACAUAUAUAAAACAGAGUAUUCCUAGGGCUAAGUUAACGAUGCAGAGAAAAUGUAAAGACAGAAUAACAUUGUGAUCCUUAAACCAAUGCUUUUUUAUGACAGUUUACACGUAGUGACUUAAAAGUUCAUGAUGGGGCAGCCAUUUAGCACUCAGGCAUCAUCUUCAAGACAUUACAAGAUACAUCUUAUGUUAGCACACAAUCUUUAAUCUGCUGGUGUGCUUACCAAGAAAGAGAAGAGAGAUUAUGUACUAUAACAAGAUGACUUGGUGGUAGCACUCGAAGCUUCCAUGGGCAAUCUUCUUAGAAGUCUAUGUUUUUAAAUAAUGUAUUGCCACAUUUAAUUUCAGAUAUACUUUAAGUAGUGUAAAAUAUAAAUUAGAUCACAGCUGGUAUUCAUAAUAUUCUAUAUUUCUAUUAUCUUGUACCUAAAUGAAUGUAAACUUUUAUUGUUAUAGAGUUUUCUGCAGGUAACAACAUUCACUUGUAAUAUGUUAUCAUCUCAAUAAAAACAUGAAUGAAUAAAAAAAAAAAAUACCUUUUCAAUAUGUUCUAUUCGAAAAGAAAUAUUAUUUUAUAUAUAUUUGUUUACUAUAUCUACUUUUACGAAUGCCUAAAAUAGAAAAUACUAAGACAGGUUGUCAAACUGCUAUUGAAAUCACUAGCUUUACAAUAUACAUAUUUAAAUAUAUUUAAUUUAUUUCAAUAUUUAAAGGAACACUCCAAUCCCCUAAAGUACUUAAGCUUGCAGGGAUUAACAGAGUGUCCUCUCUUUCAUACUUUAUAGAGUGCAGAUUUGAAGAUAUAUUAUUAAUUUUAUAAAGUUUUUGGGUAGCAUCCUCCAGACUGUUAAUCAGACUGACUAGAGGAUGCCAUUCCUUACUCACCUUAAUCACUUCUCUUAAAGAAGCAUUGGAUUUAACUGUUUGAGAAGCAUUGGGUUGGCCAGGGAGGUCAACUCUACUGAUGACCUCCAGGAGGUGAUGCUGCAAUACUGUGGAGAAGAAUCUUCUCAAAACGGGAUUAAAGACGUUUUGUUUUAUAAAUAAAGGUAUUUGUUUACAAUGUUGGAGUGUCCUUUUAAUUCAAGUUGAUGUUCAUCUGAGUAGCAAUUUAAGGAAUAAGCGUUUUAUUAAAAAAAAUCCAUGACCUGACCAUGCACGAUGGCUGUUUUGCAUUGAACAUUUUGAACAUCUGACGUGAUGACAUUUGUGUUGCAUCUUGAAACAAUCCCUGUGGAUUGUUCACUAAAUCCUGUUAUAGUUUACCCUGGAUGUAUUAGUCAUGUAUAUCUAGAAUUUAAAGACAUCACAUUAAAUACUAGCAUACCAUAACCUUAUUGUUAAAUUAUAAAGUCAAAAUUGCUACCUAGUAGUUAAAAAGGGUUACUCCAAUUGUCAUGACUACCAGAUAAGGCUUACCUUUUAACAGACCUUAGACAGCUGCCUAAGGUCCAUAGGAUAGACAGCGUCCCCAGGACCAUGACUUUGCUUAGCCCCACUCACUAUGAAGAAAGAAGAUGGGGUCCCAAACAGGUAACCUGGUUAUGGCCCUGUGGGCUUCUUUUUCUGAUGACCACUUCUGCUUUUAGAAGUGCUCAUGGAGGAAGAAAUCUGUAUAUGCAGUGUUUCGGUUUGAAAUGCUGCACAUAUAGAGAUAUUUGCACUUUUGUCCCAGGAACGAGCUGUACCCAGCACCCAUGACUGGAACUCUAUUCCAAACUGCCUAAUGUUAAUUCUGUGCAAAAAAAUACAUAUGUUGGCAACAGAUGAUGGAUGUGAGUUUCUACACUUGCAGGUAGCACCUUCAAGGGGAAGCCUCUAUAUCCCCUACUUCUAUAAUUUUGUGGUCCUCCCUACAUUUGUUCAUUUGGCCAUCCCCGACCCCCCCUCCCUGCCUCUAAUCGCCGCCCUUUCUCUGUCCACCCCCCACACACUCAGGUAAGUGUUAACUUUGUUUUUAGCGUUUUACAAAGUUAAAAGGGUUGGAGGACCUAUUAAAAAGUGUUCCAUAGGGCAAAAAAAAAGGAAAUACAAAAAAGGGUUGGAAUAACUCCAAAUAUGCAUGAAAAAAAUGGAGUACUAUUAGCUUACAGACUUAGAGAUAUACAAAAAUAUAUAUCUUUAUAUACAAUCACAUUCUUCACAUUCAUAUUAUUUAUAAUAUACCACCACGGCGUUAUAAUGAUAAAGAAAUGGGUGGAACACAUGCAUGUAGAGAUUCAUCUGAAAAUAGAGUGAAACAGAGCAAAUUAGCCUGAGGCAUAUAAAUAGUCAUGCAAUCCUAUGUUCUAUGCCCUGUUGUGGUUCUUUGUACCCAAUAGUACAUUUAUACUGUAUUUUGACUCAAAGCUUCAUUGACUCAACUUUCCCGUGGACUAUUCAGAUUUUUGGUACCCCUGACCUGGCUUUGUAUACUCGCGUGUCUGAUCUCUAGAAUCCCUUAGCCGGUUUACCCUGUUAUUCUAUCCUGCAUGGAGCCGGGCCCGUCUAAGGACUGAUAACAUGAUAUUGAGUCUAUCUACCUAUUCUGGUUUUCAUACUCUGAGUGUUGGGGUUACUUACUGUGACAGUGAUCAAUCAAAAUCAAAAGAAAGCAUGUUCAAAUUCCAUAUUAAAAGCUGGUAUUUUACUAUUAUUAAGGUUUACCCAACAUAAAUUAGUCCACUCAGACACCGAAGGAGCUAUAGUAGAAAACUCAAGUCACAUGCAAGUUACCAUUGAUUGUGUAUUUUUUGCCAGUCUUUGGAUGCCUAAAUGUGUCACCUAGAUAGUACAAUUAGUACAAACAUGGCCCACACUUUAAACAUGGGAAAGUCCUAUUCUUAAGUGUAGAAAGUAAAUGCUGGAUCUGUAAUGGUUUCAUCUAUAUGUUUAUAUAUUUUCAAUCAUACAUCAUUGUACCCUACAUUUGUCUGAUGAUUUUAUCUUCAAAUAGGAAAUAGUUCUUAGGAAGGGUUAUGUCAAUAAUGUGAAGGAGUAAUAAGAUCCUUUUAUUUGAGUCAUUCAUUUUUUUUCAAGGAUACAUUUCUCAGCCAUUCCACCUGUCUGAGAUUGGUGAUAUUCCAUGUGAACAGGGGGGCUGGAAAGAGAAUACAUAGGUAAUUGUCCACUGGGCCACUAGUUUGGAUGGUCUGGCAUUAGAGAUGUGGGCUGCAGUCUUACUCUAUUCUUGUGUGGAUUAGUAUAGUAAGUGCUCUGGGAUAUUUACUGGCACAGCGCAGUCAAGGACUGUGCAGAUUUUCACAUGGGCUGGUGGACUGCAAUUACUUUGAUAUCCAGAUCUGGACUAGUCUACUAGAAUAAUUUCCAAUGGACUGGAGUAUCUGUCCGAAUGUUGACCAAUCUGCCAGACUAUGAGGUGUUUAUAAAUGACAGAUUCAUAAAGCAAUGUGCCUGUCAUUGGUGACAAUGAAGUUUCAAGAAACAGAGUGUGUGUCUAUUUAGCAUGCAGAUAACCUAUUGUAUAAAUUUAUGGCAGCACCACUGCUUAGAAAUGCAUUUUCUGUGUGUGCCCCCAAUUUCCCCUUUUGACAGACAGAGAGUUAGGCACAGAAACAGACAAACACACACACAUACAGAGACACAUGCAUACAUACACACACACAUACAGAGACACAUACAUACACACACAUACACUAACACACACACAUGCAAAAUGUUUUAGUCACCCUCCUGUUUCCUACCUUUUAGGUGAAAGGGGACUUUGCCUGGGGUCCAGGGCAGUCACUUCCUCCCAGCCUUUGACCUCAUCACAUCAUGCUGUUAGGGUCACCCGAUGGCAAUGAAUUUACAGGGGGCCUGGUCAGCGCUGCGGUGCUUUAAAAGCGCGACUGGGCCCCCUGGAAUUUUGUUGCCAUCGAGUAGCCCUAAUAGCAUGUGCCACCCGAUACGCCCCUUCAAUGCGGCCGGCUGGGGCCACAUUACAUGGCCUGCUGGCACCCUGGUUGCAGGGGUCCGCAGGGCAGCCGGGCCCCCUAGAGUGGCCCCUGCGACCGCAGUUGUUCCGCCACUGGAUCAUGCCCAUGCAGUCUGACUAAAUCACAUUGUUGAAGCAUCCCUAACCACACCUCUCUUGGAUGUGACACAGUCUCCACACAAAAAAAAAAAAAUGCUUUCAUAUUUACAGCACAGUGAGUUUGCUUUAGUAUUUUGGAGAAACUGCAAUGUUUACAUUGCAUGGUUAAAGCCACCCCUGGUGGCUAUCUUUCUGACAACCGUUAGAGGCAUUUCCUCCUCCAGAACCAAAAGAUGGCAGCAUUUGAUUGAAGGAGCUUGGCUUUUGGCUGCGUAUGCCUAGUUCAAAUUCAUUGCCUUUUUAUGAGCAAUAGAUUGGAAGAGAUUGCGGGUGAAGUCAGCUAAGAUGCUGACAUCACUAGAGGAGGAGCUGGAGAGUGCAGCAGAAAAUCCCUGGUGCAGGAAAGAAGGCGAGUAAACUUUGGGUUCCAUUUAAACACACUGCGCAAUAAGGUGAGGUAAAAAUAAAUUAGGCUCUUUUUCAGGAAGUGUGUAGAGAGGCUAUGUGAGACUCAGACAGUAGAGGUGUAUCUAGGACUGCAUGCACAAAGUGAUUUAUCUCCUAAAGGGCAGAGAAUUGAGCAGCGAGACUGCAGGGGCAUGAUCUGCGGCUUGGUAUACACCAAAAUGGCUUUAUUUAGCUAAGGUUGUUUUGGUGUUUAGUGUCCUUUUUAAGGACCCAGAAAAUUAGGUAAUUGAUAUUCAAGCCAUGUGAGAACCAAAAUAAUACUAGUGGUUACAGAUAUAGAAUAUCUAAUCAUCCUGUUUGUCCUAUUUAUUGUUAAAUCCCCCCUCUCAUAAUAUUGUAAAGCGCUACGGAAUCUGUUGGGGCUAUAUAAAUGGCGAUGAUAAUAAUAAUAAUCCUUAGCAAUCCCCUGCACUGAUUGAGUAGGGUCAAGAUAGCUAACACCAGAGCUCACUGUAUUUUUCCUUUUCUUUGAACUGAACUGGUUAAAUCCCUGUAAAUCUAAUUUCCUGCUAUGAAUUCAUCACUAGGGGUGUUGCGCAUAUGUGCAGAUCUGCAUAUCCUAAACAAAACUUCAUUUUCUUGAUAGAGUCUUUUUUAUUACGCCUACACGUAGCAUGGAGAAGACACGUCUGUGCCUCUGCUUCCAAUUUGCAUUUUGGAGCACAGUGAAAAUCAAAAUAUGUUUUUAGUUAUAAAUGGUUUAUGUGGCUUAUGCAAGAAUUCUUCUCUUCAAAAUUAGUUCAGCCAAUUCAUUUGGAUGUUAACUUAUUCUCCAGGGGAAUAACGAUUUUAAGCAUCAAUUUAUUUUCUAUUACAGAUUUUUAGAAUACUACUUGUUUCUGAACCUCGAAAAUACUUUAAUAUAAGAAUGUGGGAUUGAGAAUAUUAUUUUCCUGAUCAAACAUGGUAGUAUUUAUUUAUGGAUUAGCUACUUCCCUCAGCAGAAAGGACAGGAAAUAGAAUUCUGAAAUUGAUAUAAAUAUAUCUCCCACCCCCUUCUAACGAGGUAGUCUUUUUUUUCCUGUCUUUCACAGCAGCAUGUAAGAAGUCUGCUUUAGCAGGCCUAGAUUUUUAUUUUAUGUUUACCAGGUUUGCCACCUUUAAAAAAAAACAAAAAAAAAUGGGACUAAUUUGCAUAAUUAAUUAUGUAUGCUUGAUGUCACUAGACACAACGUCACGGGAUGUUACGUAACAUUUAGAAGACAAAAGUUCCCUAAAUUGCUAAAAUACUAUUUACAGUGUGUUCUAUUUACAGUGUGUUGGUAGCAUUGUGCAUGUGUAGCAGUAAGUGUAAACGUGUAUACUAUGUUAGAGUGUGGGUGUAGUAUUGUGUGUAUACAAUAUCACAUUGUGUACGCUGUGUGUGUUUGUGGCAGUGUGCCAUUAUGUGUAUACCUUGUCUGAUUGUGGGUGUAAGGAUUUUUGGCUACACAGGCUAAGAUGCAUUUUGUUGCACCUCCCCCCAAAAAAGCAUCUUUACCUAUGUGUCUUGUAAGCCCCUCUUUAAAUCUCUUACCUUCUUUAGCCACUUUCGUAUUUCUUCUCCCAUCUUUUGAAUGUCUUAACCCCUUUUAUGUAUCUUAUCCCUCCUUUUGUGUCUUACUCCCACUUGUGUGUCUCUUACAAUCCCCCUUGUCUGUCUCUUACAAUCCCCUUGUGUGUCUUACAAACCCCCUUGCAUGUCUCUUACAAUUCCCGUUGUGUAUUUCCUACAAUACCCCAGCCCCUUUUUGUGUCUUUUACUUCCCCCAGACCCUGUUAAUGUCUCUUACUUCCCCACCAGCCCUUUUGUGUGUGUCUUACUCUCCCCAGCCCCUUUGUGUGUCCCUUUAUCUCCCCCUUAGCUCCUUUGGGUGUCUCUUGCCUCCCCAGUCAUACAGACAUAGAUAUACAUGCAAAAAGAAAUACAUGCACAAUGAUACAAACAUACAGGGGGGCAGGGGUGAAUACUACAGGGCUCAAAAAAGUCUGCUCUGCCUGUUGACCACUUGAGUGCUGGGAAGGCAGGAGGCAGCCACUGCACACUCAGAGCAGCACUGCUUACUUUGCACGGAGUGUGAGGAGAGGAAGCAGGAGGAGCUAGUUAUCCAUCUGAGAAAAUCUUCCAGAUCUGCAACUAUGUAUCUCUCCUCACUCUGCCUGUCUCAGGGAGCAUGGGGAGGAGUUCCAUCAGACAGAAAUACCGCCACUGCAUUGCCGGUAUUCCUGCAAUACCGGCACCGGCCACAUAGCCUCAAAUACCGGCUGGGCUGGUAAAAUACCGAUUGAGGUUGUCAGAUGGCAACCCUAAAUACCAGUGCAAUAUUUUUGUAGGCCCAGCCAGAGUUCAACCUCUAAUCCCUGAAGACCCAGCAAACAGCACAGAUGUACAGCGCUAUGGAAUUUGCUAGCGCUAUAUGAAUAAAAUAAUAACAAUGUAAGAGUUGCCUCCCGUUAGUUACUGGGGGUCUGACCUACUCUCUCUCUGAGAGGAUGACUAGAUGCAUGAGGCCAAGCCUGGGCAAAGUCUCUUUCGCUGAAGACCAGUAAACAGCACUUCCAUAAGGUGACUACCUAUGUAUGCCUCUUUCAUGUAUCCCACCAUGUUGGGGGCCUUUUUAAUUCUUCUCCUUCCGGUAAAGACGAAUAGCAUAUGAUUAGUGAUGUCCCGAACGGUUCGCCGUAGACUCAUCAUUGAGUAAACUUUGACCCUGUACCUCACAGUCAGCAGACACAUUCCAGCCAAUCAGCAGCAGACCCUCCCUCCCAGACCCUCCCACCUCCUGGACAGCUCACUAAGAAUGCAGCUUCAAAAUGGAUGUAAAAUGGAUGCUGUCCAGGAGGUGGGAGGGUCUGGGAGGGAGGGUCUGCUGCUGAUUGGCUGGAAUGUGUCUGCUGACUGUGAGGUACAGGGUCAAACUUUACUCAAUGAUGAGUCCGUGGCGAACCGUUUGGGACAUCACUACAUAUGAUGUGUGUAUGGAAGCCUAUAGUUUAAACAGUUUAGGCUGUAAGUUGUUCAAAUCCCCAUUUGCCGAUAAAAUACAGGCCUGCAGCAGUUCAUCUGCCUCUAUGGUUGUUUAGUAUGUUUUCCCACCUCAGGUAAGUACAGCCCUGAAGACAGAAAAGAGGCCAAUACCCACAGUAAGAGAAAGCUUCCAUGGGUGACUUAUUGAAAUAAACGCUUGUACCUAAUGUGUUAAAAUCUGACUGUAAGUCCAUGCAGACACUUGUACCUGUGCUUUCGUGCACACAAACAGUCUUCUUUUAGAGAGUGGAAGGUAAUAUAUUGCUUGGAUCUUCUUGCUUAUCUGAAUCAGCAUGUGAGACCAAGGUAGCCUCUCUGUAUGAACUUGUGUGAAGACACAGGCACAGUAUUUGUGACUGAUAUUAUCUCUGAAUAUGAGCUGGUAUGAAGCCAGCAUCAGAAUGUCACCAGUAUAUGCCCUAUGUACAAGUUACUGUAAGGAUAAAACCUCAGUAUAUGUAUCCACUAUACGCUCUAUGUAUGAGUUACUGUGAAGGCACAGCCUCAGUAUGUGUCCACUACAUGCUCUAUGUAUAAGUUGGUGUGACGACACCGCCUCAGUAUAUGUGUCAACUAUAUGAUCUAUGUAUUAGCCAUAGUAUAUGGAAAUUAUAUAAAGACACCGCCUCAAUACAUGAGUGCAAUAUAAUAUUUGUGUAUGAUCUGUUGUGAAAACAACUUAAGCAUAUAUAUCUAACACAAGUUUUGUGUAUGGGUUUCUGUUAGUCAAAGCCAGUUGAAGAACUAAAGUAUAGCUGGGCUCUACCAUUUUACCAUCCUUGCAGGGUUGUAUUUAGCACUGAGCAGUGUUUGUGCAUUUGAAUGUAAGCACAUAUUUGUGUGGAGUGUGUGAAUGUAGGGUUGUAUUUGUAUGUAGUGUUUGCAUUUGAAUGCAAGCAUGCAUUUAUGUGUAGAGUUGUUUUUUAAAUGCAAGGGUGUGUUUAUAUAUAUUUUUGGUGCUUUAAUACAGAGGUGUGCUUGUAUGUAGUAUUGGCAUUUGAAUUCAGAGGUGUAUUUGUAUGUAGCGUUGACUUUAAAUGCUGCACAUAUACACAUACAUAUACACAAGCACACUGUGAUACAAAUACACACACUGACACACAUGCAGAUAUGCAGGCACACAGAUACACACAUUGACACACAUACAGAUACAUACACUGACAGAUAGAUACACACACGGACUCACAUGCAGAUACACACAGGCUUUUGUAGCCUAUAUUUUGCAAUUCUGUUUCCAAUUCACCAUCAUUUUGUAUUUAGACGGUGGGUGGGGCUUGGACCUCAUGGCGGCUGGUUGUAUCUAGCAGUAGCUCCUUGCCGAGCUCUCAAAUUCCGCAUUUUAUAAUGACAACCAGCGCUCAUAUCUGAAUCAGGCAGAGUUCUGAAUUCGGGCAUAGGCUGACCUGAGAUGGCACGCUGUCGACUGUCUACAGUAUGCUGGGCUACAUGCAGAGCACCAUUGCACACACAUCAGUCUACUUAAAAAGCUGAAUAAUUCGAUUUUUUUUAUUUUUUAUUAUUAUUGUGACAGUCGAGGCUCUGUGUGUAGGCUGCAGUGGUAUCUUCCUAACUCUCAUUUAACUACAAUCCUUAACAGGGCCGGAUUAAGAGCCCAUUGGGCCUAGUGCUGACAGUUAUGAUGUAAUUACAGAAUCAUAUUGACAGAAAACACUAAAACAGUUAUACCCACCAAGCGUCAUGUAUAUAGUGGAGGUGGUGGUGAAUGGAAACUCACAGGAUAUAGCUAUCAGAAACACAUAAUCUAUGCUAAUCACGCAAUUUUCUAGUUAAUCCAUACCUCCUAAGAGCAGUGUCCGGUGAAGUUAAAGUAGGAUUUCGGUGUGCGGGGUAAAAGGAUGGGCCACUCAUGUGAAUCACGUAAAGGGACAGACAUGCUCAAAAAGGGGGCACAAAGAAUUAGAUGGUCAGCCUGGCAUGAAUACAAGUCAGGCUGCCUGCCAAUCAUGGAUGACCAAGGUUAUACUUUGCAGACAGCACCCAGAGCUUGGCAUAAAUGAGUCUAUUGAUGCGCCAGCUCUAUGCUUUCUGAGACCUGUCCCUUAGUACUCGCUUGUCCAUUCCUCUACUAACCUUCUUACAGGCAGAAGCUCCUGUUAUACAGUUUGGGAUAGAGAAAAAGUGAAUGUAGUGAGUGUCGAAGAAAGGGAACAUGUCACCGUAUUAGAGAAACUGAAGCAGCAAGAAUAUUUGCACAGCAUGCAAAGUCAGCUUUACCUUAAAUAAUUUAAUUGUCAGCCAGUUCACACCAGUUUUGUUCCCCUACAUUCCUCUUAUGUUUCCAUACUUAGGCAAGAGCAUGUGAAGAGUAGUAAAAAAAAAACUAAAAACUUUUUUUUUUUUUUUAAAUCAAUAGGCCUAUUCCAGCUCUAUCAGCCCUUAUGUUAAUCUGACCCUGAUCCUUUUACUAAUUCUGUUAGCUCUUGUUUUAGCAAUGAAGAUUUAGUCAUUUGUUAGCUAUCAGUUAUACUAAUAUUUCAGUUAUGUUAAUGCACAAUCUAAGAUUAUUCAGCCCUUUUUACCCUGUUGUGGAGCUAAUUGUAUAUCUGUUUGCCUUACAUUGUUGUACAAAUCGCAGUUUUUCCUGACAUUUCACAAUGUUUUCCUGACUGGAAUAUGUAUUGCAUGUUAUUACUAAUCUGUGUAUUUUCUACUAUAAAUCCAAAAGAAAGAAUGUCAAAAAACUGUAAAACUUAAAAAAAACAAAACUUCUUAGAAACUAGUUACAUUCCUUAAACAGUCCUGGAUUGGAUGGGACUGUUCUGAUGUAGAGUUCCCAAUUUCCACAUGGAAUAUGCAUUGCUCUGUAGCACCAGAGACAAGUUUGCACAGCACAGGUACAUGUUUAAAUGGGCACCAUCAGCAGCUGUCUUUACAACAGCUUAUACACAAAGAUUACAUUGCAACCUCUGACGAGAACAGAAGUAAACAAAAAAAAUAAAUAAUACAAAAGGAAUACUCAAUACGGAAUGAGUGGCCAUAGGUAGGACUUUGGAAGAAUGACUGGGUAUAACAUAAGUCACUAAAGAAUUCUGUAAGUCAGGAUGUUUUAACAUUUAAGCCAUCUAUCUGUGUUUAUCAUUUACAGUUGACACUGUAAAUAUUUACUCUUUUACGAAAUAUUUAACACAUUCAAUUCCAAAUGUCUGACAAUGCUUUGCUAUUAGCACCAACACAUGUAGUCGUAACAUAGACUCACCAAUCAUAACCAAACCAAGCUCAAACAAUUGUCUCUGUUAUGGUAUUGUGUUUCACCAAUUACUCGCACAGACAUUACUAGACAAUAGUGUAGAAUUCUUAUAGUAAGCAAUUAAUUUAUAUGACCAUGGGCAUGUCACAUACUGGGAUGGGGUACAUUAUAAGGGUAUAAUAUAGGUAUAUAUUGCAACAGAAAGUGGCACUGAGUGGAGUUUAGCACCCCUCCAUCUUAAAGUGACACUGUCAUCCAAAAAAUGAUUAUUUUAUAAAUUAUAGAAUCUUUAUGAAAUACUCAUACUGACUGAUUAGAAAUUUUACUAAAUCUCCAACCCAGUCAAGAGAUAUACUAGUAACUAGAACAAAGAAGGUACUACUUUGUCUCAGUAUUUUUCCUAUGCCUGAUACUUCUAGACACUGGGCGGAACUACCGGUGUCUAGAAGUGCCAAUCCCCCUAGCAGGGAGUUUGCUUUAUUUAUGGGGGAUUUUGUGGUCUUGCGGGAUCCUCCAUUCACCUCAAUGCUCUACUCCCCAGUAUGCACAAUAGCACAAUAGAGUUAGAUGGUGGCCCCUGCAAAGGGACAGGAUCAGAUAAGUAGAACUCAUCUUUGCCUGCCUCUCCAUCGGACCCACAGCGACGAUGUCACUGUUGGAGGUCUUUCCACAUUCUGCCAAAUGGUGACAGUGUCGCUUUAAAACGUCACCAGCUGCCUAUUUUUUUCCAGUCAAGGAGAGAUUUAUAUACAGUGGGACCUCGGUUUACAAACGCCUCGGUUAACAUAAUUUUCGGUUUACAAAUGAAAAUUCAUAGAAAAUAAUGCCUCGGUUUACAAAUUUUUUUCUCAAUACAAAGCAAAUUUCACCAGGAUGCAUUGCACCUGGGAGGCUUAUAGCUAUUCUGGACCGGCUGCAGAGGCUAUGAAUGUGUUUUUCAGGAGCACAUGGCGCUCAUUGCCCUGAUGAGAUUAUCCAUACCAAAUCACCUUCCCAGAUAGUUUACUCAGUCACAACUCACAUGUAAGAAGAUCUGGCGGUGUUUAUUCGUCAUAUGAUCUGUAGAAUGUGCAGUUACGACAGGUAAAAGAAAAAAUUCUUCCAUACAGGAUAGCAGAGAAACAAGUCACAUAUGAAUGUACAGCAUAGAAUACACUAGAACAGAAAAAAGGGGAGGGGAGUACCUGGAGCAGCAUGCAAACUAUGGAGAGGCCCAAGGGACAAACUUAAGAUGAACAUUAAAGACACAGUACAUAAUAAUAAAACAAUAUCAUGUAACAUGACACUCCCCGCCUGAAAUCUUUAGAUUUCAAAGCCUAUAUAUAUGUAUAUAAAGAUAAGUCCAAAUGUCUAAAAGUCCAACUCGAACCUGUAAGUGAAGAAAACAUUGGAAAUAAUACUGGUGUGUAGACCAUAAAUACGAGAUACCUGCAAAACAAAGAAGGUAUGCAGUAAAUGAACAAUAAACAUGAAGUCCAAUAACAGAUGGCUAAAGUCCUAUAGUCUGCAGUUUAUAGCCAUGGAGCUUCAACAGUGGCAUAGUUAACAGUUAUAGCGGCGUUCUCCCUGCCAUAGUACCGUACGGUCUGGUACUCUUGCAUAAGUCACUCGUUUGGGAGAAGAAGUACCAAUUCUUAGGUAACAACAGUGGAAAUUGAGUAGGGGUUUUCGUGAAGAAACCUUGGAGGCGUCAGCCACAAGCAGCCAUGGAGAGCUGCUGGGGAUAUAGGUCUUGUCCCAUAAUCAGCAGGAUUAAGGUCCGUGGGAAUAUAAUGCCAUUGCUUUGGCAGAGAGAACCUUCUGAUACGUUCUACUCGAUUACUGACGUACACGUAAAAUUGUUUGGUUUGGUUGUAAAUGUAUCCAAGCACUAUCUUACUGUCUGUGUAAAAUGUGAAGGAAUUGAUUUUAAUGUCCAUUUCACUCUUUAUGACUUUGGCUAUUUCCACGGCUAGCACGGCUGCACAAAGUUCAAGUCUGGGUAUGGUAUGUGCAGGUUUUGGUGUUAGCUUUGCCUUGCCUAGAACAAAAUUGCAAUGUAUGUCUCCAUUGAUCCCUGAGGUCUUCAAAUAGGCCACUGCAGCUAUAGCUUCAACUGAUGCGUCUGAGAAAAUAUGGAUUUCCCUCUGUUUAGCGGCUGAAAUGGAGACUGGGGCAUAGCAACAUGGAAUUUGGAGCUGUUCUAGUGGCUUCAGAGAACCUCUCCAUUUCUCCCAUCUUUGUAGUUUCUCCAUGGGUAACGGAUCUAUGUUAUCAGUAGUAAGCUGUCUUAGAAGCAUCUUACCUUGGGUGGUGACUGGGGCUAUAAAUCCCAGUGGGUCGUAGAUGCUAUUCACCAUGGACAAGACUCCUCUCUUGGUGAAAGGUUUGUCACAGGUUGACACUUGAAAGGUGAAUGUGUCUUCUUUGAUGUUCCACAGCAGACCUAGACUUCUCUGCAAAGGAGGCGUGUCUGACCCAAGGUCAAGGUCUUUCACGCUGGCAGCAUAGUCCUCAGAGUGAAAUGCAUUCAUUAGCUCUUGGCUGUUGGAUAUAAUCUUGUGGAGUCUCAAGUUUGCUACGGAUAGCAUCUCCUUUGUUCGGGUGAGAAGAUCAAUUGCUUCUUUAGCAGUAGGAAAGGAUUUGAGCCCGUCGUCUACGUAAAAGUUUCUUUCGACAAAUUGACGAGCGUCGGAUCCAUACUCAGCUUCUCCAAGCUGGGCUGUCCUUUUUAGUCCAUAGAUUGCUACAGCUGGGGAAGGGCUGUUCCCAAAGACAUGCACCCUCAUUCGGUAAUCAAUUACCUCUCUAUUGAGGUCAUUGUCCUUGUGCCAUAGGAACCUGAGGUAGUUUCUGUUGUCUUCCUUGACGAUGAAGCAGUGGAACAUUUGUUGAAUGUCCGCCAUCACUGCUACAGGUUCUUGUCUAAAACGAAUUAGGACUCCAAUCAGGCUGUUGUUCAAGUUGGGCCCUGUGAGGAGCAUGUUGUUAAGUGAGAUGCCUUCAUGUUGGGCACUGGAGUCAAAGACAACUCUGAUUUGGUCUGGCUUUCGUGGGUGAUACACACCGAAGGAAGGGAGGUACCAGCAUUCUUCUCCUUCUUUCAGUGGAGGUGCGGGUUCAGCAUGACCUUUAUCAAAGAUAUUCUGGAUAAAGUCUACAAAAUGUCUUUCCUUCUCUGGUUUCCUGCUUAAAGUAUGCUUUAAGGAGGAGAAUCUUUUAAUGGCUUGAUGUAGAUUGUUCGGUAGCUUCUCUCUCGGGAGGCGAAAGGGUAGGGUUGCUACCCAACUGUUGGAAUCAUCCUGAAAGAACUCGUUGUCCAUUACUUUAAGGAAUUCUUUGUCUUCUACUGAAGGAGCUAACAUGUUGUCUUCACUGCUUGUAUUGAAAACUGUAGAGCCGAACCUGUCAUCGUAUGUGCGGGAAAGGUUUGUGCUGUCAUGUUGCAACUUGCAGCUAGUUACCUUCUCCUUUACCCAGUAGUGAUGUGGGCAUGGCUCAAAGUGAGUAUUACGACCAUUCGGCAAUACGUUUGUCUUGAAUGAAGAAAUCUUAGUAGGCCUUUUCAUUUUGCCUAUACAGACAUUACCUAUGAUGACCCAGCCUAAGUCCAGAUACUGGGCAAAUGGAGCAUCUGAGGGUCUGCUGACCUGCCUGUGCACCUUGCGGACCCUUAGAAUAUCUCUUCCCAGCAGGAGAAGGAUUUUAGCAUCUUUGUCAAGUGGUGGGAUUUCACUUGCUAUUGACUUUAGGUGAGGGUGGAAGAAGGCAACUUCUGGUGUAGGUAUUUCUUCUUUGUUGGCUGGUAUCUGGUUGCACUCUACAAGUGUGGGUAAGGGUAAAUGUAAGUUAUCUCCUAGAGAGGACACAAUAAAUCCAUGUGCCCUUCUUCCAAAGACCUCUGUAGUGCUGCUACAAGUGCCUAAGGUGUAAGGAUGAACCUCUCCUCUUAUGCAAAAUAGAUCAAACAGUUCAGAUCGGGCAAGUGAUCGAUUGCUUUGAUCAUCUAAGAUAGCAUACACCUUUAAAGUCUUUUCUGGUUGAUCCUUGUGGUGAACAUUCACUAGGCAUAUUUUAGCACAAGACUUGUCACGGUGGUCUUCCCCACACACUUCCGUGCAUGAAGAAAAUAUCAUGGUGGGAUUAGCCACCUGAUCUGUAAUUUUCCCGUCGUGAUUUGGCCUGGGAGAAAGGUUUGCAAGUAGUGAAGGAUUGGACUCAAGUGGAUGGAGAGCUUGCACGUGGUCCUCGGAACCGCACUCUAUGCACUUGAUAGGGAUUUUACAUUCCUUGGCAAAGUGAUCAGUGGAAGCACAGCACCUAUAACAUACCCCAAAGGUCUUUAGGAGUUCCUUUCGUUCUUGUAGGGGCUUCUUCCUAAAGCCGUUACAUUUUUUGAGGGGAUGUGGCUUCUUGUGGAUAGGACAUAAUCGGUUUGGGUUUUCGAUCUUGCCGCUCUUAUUUGAGGCGGGAGCUGAGGUGGGAGCGGGAAUAAUGUCUGUCUUCUUAACAGACAUGGGACCUCUAUGGUUCCUGUAGCUGAUAUGUAGCUUGUCACCUUUCAGUGGGGGAGUACUGAACUCACCAAAUGCAAAACUAGGAUCGUUCUUGGUGUCAGCAAUGUUCCUGAUGAAUUCGCAGAAGUAGGAGAAAGGGGGAAAUGAAACCUUGUUUUCCCGUUUGUAUUUUGACCCAAUUUGGAUCCACUUUUCUCGUAGGCCAUACAGAAGCUUGUAAAUGAUAGGGUUAACUCCUCGAGCAGUGUCCAGGUAACGGAGGCCCGGUAGUUUAGGGUCAGUUUUGGCAAGCUGGACUUCAAGAAGAAGGUCACUGAGUCUCUGGAACUCUUUAUUGUCCUUACCGGAUAUCGUUGGGAAAUUUUCCAAUCGUUUGAGCAAUGCAUUCUCUAUGGCUUCAGGACUACCAUAACUCUGUUCCAGACGCUCCCGUGCAGCGGUGAGACCUGCAGUUGGAUUGUCGAUGUAGACUGACCUGAGGCUCUUGACAAGUUCCGUAGAUUGUGGGCCAAGCCACCUGAUCAGCAGAUCGAGCUCCUCAGCAGCAGUAAUACCAAGAUCGCCUAUAGUAGUUUUAAAGGCAGCUUUCCAGCUUCUGUAAUUUUCGGGAUGGUCAUCGAAGCUUACUAGGCCUGACUUGGUGAGCUCUCGUCGAAGUAUAUACUUUACGAACUCUGCUGUAUCAGUUGCCUCUGACUUUACGUAGGAGGUCACUGGUUGAAUGUUGCGGAUUUCGUUGUUUAUGGCAUUGUUGUGAAAAGACUUCGGAAGAUAUGGUGCAACAAGGGUGUUCAGCUGAGUUGUUGGGUUAAAGUCUGGAACGGUACUACUAGCAGGAGGUUGGUGACUUGCUUGCAGAUUGGCGUGCAAUUCUGUGACAUAUGCAGAAUCAGCAUGGCAGUCAGGCGCUGCACUGGGGUGGUUUUGCAUGUAGGAAGUUGCUGGAACAGCUUUUGCCUGGUGGUGUGGUGAAGUCCUUGCGUUGUCGUGCAGAAUGGAGGCAAUUGAGUGCUCCCUGCUCUGGUUUAGAACAUAGUUCUUAGUGCGUUCGAAUGGAUUUUCCACAUCUGCCUUGACGCUGACCCUUUCACUAGCAUUUUCAUCUGCACCAAUAGCUUGUUCCAAAAUCUUUAGUCUUGCUUCAGCUGCCUCAUACUUGCUCUGUUCCUUUAAAGCUUCAAUUGCUGCACUUUGACGUGCUGUCUGAGCUUCCAUUGCUGCCACUUUGGCUUGCAUUGCUACAGCCUCAGCCUCCAUGUCUGCUCUCUUUUUAGCAUAUGCAGCCUGUACUUUGCUAGCCUCUGCUUCGGCACGGGCAUUUAUAAGCUGUUCACUAAGUGUUGAGUGCCUUGAACUUCGGGAUCUAGAGGAACUUUUAGAAUGUCUGGUGGAUACGAAUCUGUGAGAUACAGUGUCCUGUGGCUGCUUUAAUUUUGCUUCUGCCUUUGCUUUAGUUAGCAGGAUAAAGCUUUCUCUUUCCAUGUUAAGAAGCUGGACAUUGUUAAGUUGCUCUAAUGAUUCCUCAGUGUUAAUGUUUUGCAGAAUAGCUAUAUAUUUAUUGCUUGUAGUCUGGUACAGUUCAUAUGAAGCAGAGAGAUGUUUUAUGGCGCUCUCUAGUUGCAGUACCUCAUGGCUGGGACAUGAAAUCACAUCAAUGUAGGUGAGGAUUUUAUCCCAAAUCUGCUUCAAACUGGUUGCUAGUUCAGUUUUCAUGGACUCUCUUUAACCUUCCAUGUGGGUUUCACAGAGCGUUUAGCUAAUGCUCUGGGUCCUCAUCCUGGCUUUCUCCAUGUGGUGCAUGCUGUGGUGUUUCACAUACUGAGCCCUUUCCACUCAUGAUGGCCUGAGGUACACAGGCCUGGCUGUAGCAGUGAAGUGUGUCUGUAUACUGUGUGGGGCUGUAACAAGCUGUGCUGGGGUUGAAUGCAGACUUCUCAUACAAUACACACAGUUACACUUCACUAUGAUCUGUCCUGUGACACAGCAAUCUCUGAACAAGCUGCUGGAUAUGUUCUUUUACUAUUCUGGACCGGCUGCAGAGGCUAUGAAUGUGUUUUUCAGGAGCACAUGGCGCUCAUUGCCCUGAUGAGAUUAUCCAUACCAAAUCACCUUCCCAGAUAGUUUACUCAGUCACAACUCACAUGUAAGAAGAUCUGGCGGUGUUUAUUCGUCAUAUGAUCUGUAGAAUGUGCAGUUACGACAGGUAAAAGAACAAUUCUUCCAUACAGGAUAGCAGAGAAACAAGUCACAUAUGAAUGUACAGCAUAGAAUACACUAGAACAGAAAAAAGGGGAGGGGAGUACCUGGAGCAGCAUGCAAACUAUGGAGAGGCCCAAGGGACAAACUUAAGAUGAACAUUAAAGAAACAGUACAUAAUAAUAAAACAAUAUCAUGUAACAUGACAAUAGCACCGCCCCCUGCAUGCUGGAGCCUGUGGGUAGCACGUGGCGUUGAGUGUGGAGGUGUUGGAGCGGCUUUUGCAUCGAGUUUUGGAGCCAUUCUGGAAAUAGUUUGCAGGUGUUUUGGGACUUUUUGGUGCAUUUCUCAAGCUUGAGAAAGGUAGGGAGCUGAGCUUCGUCGUUUGCAUGCCUUUUAUUAUCCAACAUUAGGUGCCCUGUACAGAAACAAAGCCUGCCUAAGCCCUACAGUAAAGGAAAAGAUUGUACAGCAAAUGCUGAUGCCAAUCAUUGAUUAUGGGGAUGUAGUAUAUGCGUCUGCAUCGCAAUCCCACAUUAAUAAACUCAACACAUUGUAUAACUCGUUCUGCAGAUUUGUGCUACAAUGUAAUUACAGGACCCAUCAUUGUGACAUGCUAAAGGAACUAAACUGGCUAUCGCUGGAAUCCAGACGCACCCUUCAUCUUUCCAGCCUUGUUUUUAAGAGCUUUUCUGGGAAACUCACACCCUACCUGAACAAAAUGCUUUCCCCAGCUGUUCCCACUUUCUAUAACCUCCGAUCCAGUACAAGCACUUUACUUAGUCUACCUCAAUACAAAAAGAAAGCGGCCCGAUCCUCCUUCUCCUACAGAGCGCCGCAAUUGUGGAACGACCUCCCGCACAAUUUAAAAUCUUCCCUAAGCCUAAAGUCAUUUAAGAGAUCCCUCUCUACAUACCUCAAAACAGAAUGCACGUGUCAUGGUUGAUUAUAUAUUUCCUGCCUGUUCUAUGUUAAAUUUUGUAUAUAUUGUGUAUUAAUAUUGUUUUUGUAUUUUGUUGUACCUAAUGUAACAAUGCAAUGAUUUGUGGACCCAGGACAUACUUGAAAACGAGAGAAAUCUCAAUGUAUCUUUCCUGGUAAAAUAUUUUAUAAAUAAAUAAAUAAAUAAAUACUGUGUGUUCUGCAUUGUGGGUUGGUUUCCAUGCCAGCUCAUUUUGACUUUUUUCUGACCUCCAGAACGGAUUAAUUGGUUUUCAAUGCAUUCCUAUGGGAAACCGUGUUUCGAUUUACAAAUUUUUCGCAAUAAGAAACGUCCUGGAGAACGCAUAAAAUUUGUAAACUGAAGUCCCACUGUAUAUAUUUUUUUCAAUAAAAAGGUCAAACUUAAAAAACAAGACACCAAACUUUAGCUGAAUUAAUACAGAUUAAUAAUACACAUAGAUUGCUCCUGUUUAUUACUGGUCCUCCUUCUGUCUAUCUAGAUCCACUGUUCAGUUUAUGUCUCCCUAAACCCCCUAUCCCCUCCCCCCUUCGCUUCCCUUUGAAUGAACACUUACUUUGGCUAGGGUUUGUGACUAAGUGGCUACUAAAAAGACAGGACAUACCCCAUUUUGCAUACCCUGGAUUGUCUGCUUUUGCAAAUGGUAUGCCAUGAUGGGGAUAAUUUUUAUUCCUGGACUGCCAUACAGUCUCAAAGGCAACAUAGGCAGAGCAAACCAAUCUGACAAAUUUCAAUGUGGAAAAACUGAAAUGGGAAAGCUCUAUAUUUGACCCUGUAAUCUCCAAAACCCCAUAAAACUUGUAUAUGGGGACAGGGAUGUGUCUUACACGAGGCAAACAAGGCAGCACUUUGCAGGUGGCGGCAAAGAAAGCCACCCCCAAACGCUCAGGCAGAUCCCUUGCUUGCCUCAUGUCCUGGGGGGCUCAAGAGCUGGCCACUUUUGAGCCCCCCCCCCCCUGAGGCUGGCGGCAGGCAGUGAGGGAGCAUACUCACCUGAGCUCUUCCUGCUCAGCUCCCUCCGCGCAGCUUUAUGAAGCCGGAAGAUGACGUCAGUCCGGCUCCCAGCAUCACUAAGUGGUGCGCGAGGGAACUGAGCAGGAAGAUUAAAGCUCCCUCGCUGCCUACUCUGCCUGCCCGACCAGCAGCCUUACUUAACAGGUAUGUAAUCCACUCCAACUCUCCCAGGGAGGCUGGGUGGAUUUAAAAUAAAAUUUAAAAAAAUAAUAAUUUGUGAGUGUUGGGAGAAAUGUGUAUGUGUCUGUAAGUGUGUAUGUGUGUGUGUCUGUAAGUGAAUGUAUGUGUGUGUCUGUAAGUGUGUGUGUCUAUGUGAGUGAAUGUGUGUGUGCGUCUUAAAGUGAGUGAGUGCGUGCGUCUGUCAGUGAGAGUGUGCAUCUGUCAGUGUAUGUCCAAGUAAUAGUGUGUGUGUAUGUCAUUGUUUGUCAGUGUAUAUGAGAGUGUGUGUCUGUCGGUGAGUGUAUACAUCUGUCACUGAGUGUGCAUCUGUCAGUGUGUGUCCAAGUAAUAGUGUGUGUCUAUGUCAUUGUUUGUCAGUGUAUAUGAGAGUGUGUGUCUGUCGGUGAGUGUAUACAUCUGUCACUGAGUGUGCAUCUGUCAGUGUGUGUCCAAGUAAUAGUGUGUGUCUAUGUCAUUGUUUGUCAGUGUAUAUGAGAGUGUGUGUCUGUCAAUGAGUGUAUGCGUCUGUCAGUCAAAGUGCGGCCUUGACAGGAAGGGGUGGGAAAAAUUAAAAUUAUUCCUGCCUAUUGGAGCAAAAAUCCUAAAUACACCACUGUAUGGGGGCAUCAUUGUAAUUGUGUGACAUGACAGGAUGCAAUGUGUAUUUUAUUGCUGUAAAAGCUAACAGUAUUAUGACAUUAGGUUAAAAUGCCAUGCAGAAUUUGGAAAAUAACAAACUUUCUUAAUUUCUCAGACUUUUUUAGAUAUUAUUCAUACUAAAUUAUGUUUCAUAUAUAAAUAUUUGGCGUGAAAGGAAAGCCCUAUUUCUCCUGAACAAAAUAAUAUAGAAUAGGUGUGAGUGCACGUAAUAUGACAGAGGUAUUAUGAUUAAACAGACAUAUAGUCAAAUUCUAGGGUUUGUUUUGUUCAGAACUUAUACAAUUGCCUCAGUCCUCAAAGGGUUAAAUAAGGAAAUACUUGUUCUUUUACACAAUACAGUAUCUGAAAAAAAUUAAAUACUCACGUUGAGCUGGAUUAGGUCGUAAAAUGUACUUGUUUGAUGAUGCUUGUUUCUUCCAAUGAAGCUUUGAUUUCUAUGUCACACUGGAGACAGACUGCUGGCCGUGCUGGCAUAAUAGGGCUAAAUGAACAGGGGUUUUUUCAGGAAGUUGAUUGACAGGCUGUGCAAGUGAGGUGUCAGCAUGGCUGCAGGAAUAAUGUAGCUUAAUUCCUAUAAAAAUCAAGCAGUGAGUGAGCUGUGUGUAUCGUUAACAGGACAUUAUAAGGACCCAGACCACUUCAUCUCAAUGAAGUGAUUGUCGUUUCGGAUGCUUGCAUUGAAGGGCUAGACACGUCUCUAGUGGUUGUUACCCUGACAGCCAAUAAAUAAUGCUUCCAAAUCCAGAUUUUGAUAGAGAAUGUAGUUGCUAAUUUUAAAAAAAUCAUGUUGUGUCAAAUGCACCAUUUCGGUAUCCCAGUUUCAGUAGGGCUGCUGUUCAAAGAAGCAAUGAUGGUGUAGUUAGGCUUUGUUAUCUCAAUUUUAAUUUCACUAUACAAUUAGUUUUGUCGUUUUAUUUCUACAGGACAAAUUCCACUAUGAUUUCCCUGAUACUCCUAGUUUGGACCAUGCCUUGUGCUGCUAAUAAUCUUUUUAGCAGCUCUACAAAAGGAGAGUCUCAUUUUGUGAAAGAUACCUCUCAGCUUUUCUGCAGUGUGCCUGGCCCCCAGGGGCCACCAGGAAUACCCGGGCAUCCAGGAUCUACUGGAACUAUUGGAAGAAUGGGAUUUCCAGGGAAAGAUGGACAAGACGGAAAAGACGGGGACAAGGGAGAAAAAGGAGACGAAGGUAACAGAAAAUUGUAACUUAUAAUAAGAUAUUACUGUUUUGUAGUAUAUAAAUCUAUAUCUAUCCAUCUUUCCAUCCAUCCAUCUAUCGAUUAGAGUUAUAGAAAAAAAUUGAAUUUUUGCCAAAUGAAAUCCAAACUGCAAGAUAAAAGCUAUAUUAGGUAAGCUGUGAUUAUAGCUGAACUGAAGAAUCCCCAGAGGAGCUGACCUACCGGAGGAAACACCCUCCUCCAACAGCGCAGCCCACAGCCAAUACAUACGCAACCAGGUGCGAUCUUAAUCUAACUCUUUAAGGUCUUAAGGUUGACACAGUUAUGUCGACGAUAUAUGCCCUGAAUACACAGUUACUUAUGCUUACCAGCAGGUAAUAUCUGAACAUCUGUGUACAAAGUUGUAAUGCUGAACCACUUUUUCGGAGCCUGCGUGCUCCUCUUAUUUUCUAUUUGUCGUGAAACUUGAAAUACCACAAUAAACACUAAUUUUCAAAAAAAAAAAAAAAAUAGCUGAACUGGAGAUAAAUAUUCCUAAAUGUUGACAUUUGGAAAUCAUUACACUACAACUCAGAGUUUAGUGAAUAUCCAUGUACCUGAGGCUUUAUUUAACAAAUUAUGAAUGUUUCUUAGUGGUCCUCAAUAUGAAAGAAUAAGUAUGAACAGAGAAGACUUUUCCCAGUGGACCAGUCCAGCCCUGCGUUGCAUUACUUUUCAGAAGAAGAUAUUGAAAAUAUUCCCAGGGUUGGUGCAAGGAUUUUGGACUACACAGGCAAAGAUGCCUUCAUCAGCAACAAAUUGCAUCUUCACUUGUGUGUCUCUGAACCCCCCUGUAACGGAGCUCCCUGUACACCGACCAAGUACCCUCCGUUGAUGGAUGCUCCUAGCGCUUCCUGAGGACUCCAAACACUGCAGCAGAUACCACCACCACCGCAGACUCCACAACCGCCGUGGCUUCACUGGAGUCUCGCCGUCUUCCUUCCACCCUGGAUGAACCUCCAGCAUUCAGGACCGUGUGGGGAAGACCUCUCCUCCAAGGAGAGCGUAACCGGAACAAGCUCUUACAAGAGCUAAGUGAUUAAAGCUCAAGGGAGUAUGCAUAGCAUAGCAAUCCCCAGUGUGAAUAUAGCUGUCCCCUACAAACAUGAGUCAAGGCUGCAAGUUAGAGGGUCCAGUCAUUCUGUUUAUUGGCACACAAAGAACCUUCUUUUAUGCAGGUUUCCCUGAGAUAGGACCACCCACAUGGUUUUACACAACAACCAAUAAUAAACAUACAUUCCAGAAACACUCCCAGCAAUUACACACAAAAAUCCUCCCCUCUGCCUGUGAUAUAAUUAUGUUGCAUAAUGGUUUAACAUAAUUAACACAGGCAGUAAAAAUACAGUUUUUAUCCAUACACUGUAACUUUAAAACUACACAUCCAAAAAUUACAUAUUAUUAAUCAGCACACUUUAAACAUAAACAUAACCAAAAACCAAACAAAUCCAUCCAGGGGUUAAAAAGUUAGCUGGAGGUCCCUUUAUGGCCGACCGCAAGCACAUUUUCCUGCCCAAAACAGUUCCAUAGAUUUGGGCUGUGCGGCCGGUCUAUUUCAGGCUGAAAAAACGACUAAGUCCCAUCGCCGAAUGGGACUUAGUCUCUGCAGCUGUAAAAUCAGUAUGGGAGAAGGUAGGGCUCAGCGAUGUUCGCGGAAAUGUGUAGCCGAUUUUAGUUCCAUGAAUUUGGCUACACAUACCACUGACCUCGUUCGCAUUAACAAAGAUGGCUGCCGCCACAUGUUCGGCCACCCAGCAUUGUCAAUUAAGCUGCGGUUAACUGCAGCUUCUGGGAGGUAAAUUGCCUGCACACUUCCACUUCUGGGUGGUCCGCCUGUGUGGUACUUGGUUCAGUAAGCCCCAUUUACUGAACCAAGUGGGAAAUAGCCAGGCGAAAAGGGUUUGAACCAGGUCUGGGGACACAGGGGACACCGUCUUAAAGGGGCAGUGUCCCAAACAGGUCUGGGGACACUGUCUUAAAGGGACAGUGUUCCAAUCUUCCUGAUGUCCCAAAAAGGUGUUUAAAGGGCCAGCACCAGUCCCAUAAAGAGUCCAUAAGCCACAAUAUGCCCACUGACUGUCUUAAAGGGCCGUACACACCCAAUAAAAGUGCAUAAGUUCUCACAAUCUCCCAGGGGCCAUAGUCAUGUGGAAGGAGGCUGGCAAAUAGGCUUCUCCACAACCCAGGGAAGCAAGGCAAUUUGCCAUUUAAAGGGCCAGUUACAAAUAGCAGUUUGUAACACCCCCUCAUGAGUUUCGUAUCCCCUCCUUGUGUCUUACAUCCCCCUUUAGUGUAUCUUAUAGCCAUUUCUCCCGUUUGUGUGUUUUAAACCCUUUGUACUUUUCCCCAAGCCACGUGUGUGUCUCUCACUUCCCUCAGCCCCUUUGUGUGUCUCUUACUCCCUCACACACCGCAGCCACUGUGUUUCUCCUUUCCUCCUUCCCCAGCCCCUAUGUGUCUUUUUUCCCUAGCCCCUUAUGUGUGUCAUUUCUGUUCACCCACAUCCUCUGUGUAUCUUUCUCCUCCCACAGCCUCUUUUGUAUGUCUCUUCCCCAGACCCUUUGUCUCUUACUCACACCGCAGACCAUUUUGUAUGUUUCUUACCCCUAUCCCAUUUUGUGUGCCUCUUUCUCCCACCCCAGCCCCUUUUGUUUGUGUCUUUCUCCCCUUCCCCAGUCCCUGUUUUUUACUCUUCUCCCCAGCCCCUUCGUGUGCCUCUUUCUCACCUUCCCCAACCCUUGUGUGUGUCUCUUCCCCCCAGCCAAUCUGUGUGUAGCGGAGUCCAAGUCCUAGCAGGGACUUUCCUCCGCUGGUUACGCCAAAAUAUACUCAGGAACAAGUAAAGCAAUCCAAUGGAACAGUCAGGCACAGCAAAUUAAUCCAAAAAUCUCCCACCUCAUCCCCAGCAACUGGACGACACUCAGCUCUGGGUGUAUAACUGAAUUUUAUUCACACAUACACGGCUUUUAUGCCAUAUCCCAUGCAAGGGGUCUCACAGGCAGAAAAUGCAAGGGUUUCAAUCCCAGGAUCCCUUGUGCCUGAGAGAUAAUUGCCUGAGUAAACUCCGUUAAUUUAAUUAUCUUUCUGGUAAAAAAAAAUCCCCAACGCUACACCAUCUGCCCAACACAAAGUGUACACUCAGCCAGUGCCUGCCCCUGAGUUAGCCUUCUUGCUAGCUAGUUUACUGUUACGCUGUUUGGAUACUCUAUUAUGCACUGAGCUCUUGUAAUUUCCUCGCUAUAGGCAUGCACAGUGCACAUACUUUAAUCAAUACUGUUACGCUGUUUAAAUAACCUAUCACACACUGUGGAAUUUUACUUUUGCCUCUAUAUACUUGCCACAAGCAUACAGUGAAUAUAACUCUCAUCACACCCGUUAAGCAGUUAAUAAUACCUAACUUACACUGCACUACUGACAGCGAGAUUAGCCUACACUCCACUACUGAAUCACUCUGAAACUUCCUAAACAUGUACUCGCACCUAGGAAGAACAGGAAAGCGCACAAUUUCCAUAUUAUGCUAACCCACUCCUUCCAUAAGAAUAACACAGCUUAUAAUCGUUUAUUACUCACUAACCUGUUUAGCACAAAUGACAUUACACAUAAUCUUUUCUGGCUGACCAUACGAAUGUUACCCGUUUAAAAAGAAAAAUGUGCAAAAUAUCCAUGUUAUGACAAUGUUAGCUUUGAUAUGCUUGUUAAUGCGUUUAUGGCACAGCAGGCUUGUAUGUUAACCCCGUUGCACGAAAAAUAAAGAAUUAAAGAAAAAAAAAAUCCCCCAAAUAUCUCGUAACCUAAAAGUCCCCCAACCAUCCAUAGGAACCCCACAAAAAAAACACAUUCCAACAUAUCCGAGAAUCACUCAAAUCUGUUUGCUAGAACAGGCUCGUGUAAGAUUUGACCAGCCAGACAUGAGGUGGUAGCCCAAAAUAGUUCCAGGAGGAUAGGUGCCCUGGCCGCUCUCUGUUUGUGAGGUUCAUGUGCGAAAACCAUACAAGGGAAUCUCUUGCUUUCACGAUACAAAUACUCCCCCUGUCCGGUACUUCAUAUCUCCCGAACGCCGUUCAUGUAGGUGGUCAGAAACAGGAAUGGGCAGCGGUCAAAAUUUUACCGUAUUUUUGUCACAAAAGGUUACCUGUGUGAGUGCCUAGCUGGAAAGGGUCCAAUGCACUCGAUGACCAAGUACCGCUGCCCUCGUUCGGGAGACAGGAGGAAGCGCUCAUUAAAUGUUUCCCUUGCGGUUUCGCACUUAAGUGGUGGGUGACAACGUUCAAAUGGGGCAUAGUGGUGGUCCUCGUUCGGGAGGUGAGCGCAUUUCAUUCACAUGAAGUCUCCCAAACGGACAAAGUGUAAUCACAUGAAAUAUACAAGAUAAAACACAGUACUGUAUCGGGGGUGUACGGACAGCCAAGGAAGGGAAUAAAAGUUGUUGGAGCUGAUCCAUUCGGCUACAGUGUGUCUCCCUAUCCCUUUCACCACUCCAGCCCCUCUUUUAAAUCUCUGGCUCCCCCCUCCUCCCCUGGUCUCUUCCCCUUACCUCCUGCUCAUUUCUAUUUUGUAGAGUGGUCAAGCAGGCUGCACUAGAGGAUCUUCUGUAUCCAAUACACAUUCUGUCAGAAAACUGUUCAUUGCUCCCAGCAAACACUUCUUGUCAGACCGGGUGGAAGAUCCUCUACCGCAGUCUACUCGGCCACACUACAUGAAGUGACUGGCAGGAAGGGAGAGCUGUGCUGUGCUCUUCCUUCCUGCUGGUCACUGUGAAAGUUAUGUCUAAGGCAGCCGCAUGUGUCACCUUAUGGUUGCACCGGUCCUAAAUAUUCCAGGAAUAUAAUAAAAACCACAAACUAUGCAAAGAGAGACUUUGUUCAAAGCUAAACUGCAACUAUUGGUCAGAUGCUGAGUUUGGCUUUUUCUUAUGGAACACAGCCAUACACUGUUUAUAUUCCUAGAGGGUGGGAGGGACCUGCUAGUUAUGGGUUAGGGGUUAAGAAUGAGAUUUGCUCUACUGAUGUGAAAUUGCUGUGGGAAUAUGUUCAAAGCUUUAUACAAUGUAGACAUUAACCCUGUGAGUAUAGAAAUGACUGAAAAUUGAAACUUUUGUUUUGCAGAGUUUUUUCAGUGCCAAAUAUUGCAGUAGAUGAUUUGUAUUGUCUUUAAAGUGAUUUAAAAAAAAAAAGUGAAACAAACUAGUAAUGUUGUCAAUUAAACAUACUCACAAUUGUGGUGAAAAGCAUGUGCCCAAGCCAAAUAUAUUCUUUGCCUUUUGUCCAGGUAGAACAGGUGCAUUUCCACUGGAAGCAGCAUGAUGUGCAGUUAUCGAUCAAGAUCGAAAUAAGAAUCUAGUUUUUAUGUAAUUGUUGGAAUUACUUAAAUUGUAAAUAGGGUACAAAUGUUCUGACUUGUCAGUUGAAGACAAAUGUUUGUGGAGAGAGUAAAAACCAAAAUUGCAUGUGAAAAUGGCACUGAGAUAAAUUCACAUGCAAUUAUGUCAAGCAGCACCUUAAAAAGUUUGACGUGUUUGUUUGGUCACCUUGUUUUGUAAUAUAUUUGUUUGUGGAUAGAGUGCAAUACAUUUCUUAUGUUAUCUGCUAGUUGGAUGUCUUUGUAAGACUGUUUAGGAUAUAGAGUCUGCUCCGCCACUCUACAAAAUAGAAGUGAGAAGGAGGGAAGGGGAAGAUACCACAAGGUGGGAGGGGGGACUCAAAUGAGGGGCUAAUGAAGGGGUAAAAUGGAAAUUGGGGGGGGGAAGAGACACACACAGGGGUUAGGGAAUAUGAGAAAGAGGCACACAGAGGGGCUGGGGAGAAGAGUCACACAUAGGGACUGGGGCAAGGGAGAAAGAGACACACAGGGGCUGGGGAACUGGAGAAAGACCCACACACACACAGACUGGGGGAGGGGAGAAAGACACACAAAGGUGCUUGGGAAGGGGGAAAGACACACACAAAAGGGGCUGGGGGAAGAAAGACCUAUGGUGACAUUUUUUAUUAGAGACAUUUUUUUUAUUACUGAUAUUGCAGAAGGUCUUGAUGGUAAGGUAUGUCUUUUUGCUGAUGAUACUAAGAUAUGUAACAUGGUUGAUGUUCCAGGAGGGAUAAGCCAAAUGGCAAAUGAUUUAGGUAAACUAAAAAAAUGGUCAGAGUUGUGGCAACUGACAUUUAAUGUGGAUAAGAUAAUGCAUCUUGGACGUAAAAACCCAAGGGCAGAGUACUGAAUAUUUGAUAGUCCUAACCUUAACAUCUGAGGAAAGGGAUUUAGGGGUGAUUAUUUCUGAUGACUUAAAGGUAGGCAGAUAAUGUAAUAGAGCAGCAGGAAAUGCUAGCAGAAUGCUUGGUUGUAUAAGGAAAUGUAUUAGCAGUAGAAAGAGGAAAGUGCUCAUGCCAUUGUACAGAACACUGGUGAGACCUCACUUGGAGUAUUGUACGCAGUACUGGAGACCGUAUCUUCAGAAGGAUAUUGAUAGUUUAGAGAGAGUUCAGAGAAGGGCUACUAAACAGAUUAGUCUUAAAUUAGAGGGGCAAACGUUUAAAAAUAAUAUCAGGAAGUAUUACUUUACUGAGAGGGUAGUGGAUGCAUGGAAUAGCCUUCCAGCUGAAGUGGAAGAGGUUAACUUGUGGUGGAAUCUCGGUAAAAAUAAAUUUAGUAGACCGAGAUUACCACGUGGCAUGUGUACGUGCAUAUGCUGACGUAUCGAUCAGUUGGUUGCACGAGGCAAGAUACGAUCAGUAGUGUACGGAGCAUGUGCAAGAAUACAGGAUGUAGUAUUCCCCUCCUCCAUUGUGCUGGACAAGCCAUGCGGUCAAGCAGGAAGUUAAUUCUUAUUUGUAAUGAUUGGUCAAGAGAAUGUGCGGGUGGAGCUUAAUAUGGGAGGAGUUAUGUGCCUAUAUAGGGAGCCUGCACUAUUGUUCAGGGCUCAGAACUUGCUGUAUUUUUGGUGACAUUAGUCCCUCUGAGUCCCGAUCGGUGAUCCAAUAAAGAAUCUCUUCCUUCCUGAAGAAACCUGUGUCCAUCCCUCUGUGCUUUGCUUCCGUCAGUUUCUCCGGUAUCAUUUGGUGCAUUGGCCGGGAAGCUCAUCGUUCAACGGUAGCUGAGAGGCAGAGGCGUGAGACGGUCUAUCUUUGCCCACGUUCUCUACGGCUGCACCCCUGAACUUCUGCGUGGACCUCCCUUCGUCUCGGCGCCACUGGUCUGUUGUCCAGGAGAUCAUCGGCCUCUACGUAAGAAGUGCUGGGGUGUCCCCGUCGAUGAGUGUGAACUCAGGUUCAGGAACGAGGAGGUAAGACAACUGCUGUUUUAGACGGCAGACCCACUAGGGGUAUACCGAUUGUGCGGUAGGCCCAAAAGGGGUUUAAAUCUGUGUAUGGAAUCUGCCCCCUCUGUCGGAGGGAAGGAGCGAAGGCGCACCGCUCGAUCGAACGCUCUUUAGUAAGACCGUUUGAUCUGGUUAGUCAGGCGGGGUCCUGUGUAAAUAGCCCUAGCCGGACACCGGUGUCUUGUCUAGACUAGCGUUCUAGGGUGUAUAUUACGUUCGCUAGGUCGGAGGGACCGGGAGACUAAGCGGCGCCUGUGUAAAUUCGGUUCGCUAGCUCUCAACCUAUCUUGGCUAAGUGGGAAGGCGUGUAAAUUUGGAACCCACUAGACUUUUGAUAGAGUAAAUAGACUAGAAGGGCAAUUUUGUAAAUUCCGCCCUCUAGUUCGCUAUAUGUGGUGCUUGGGCAGUGUGGCUAACCAAAACGGGUGUAUAUAGUUUUAGGUAGUCCAUUCAAGGUACUGGCCAAUAGUUUAGUUGGGAUUGUAAAUGUGUUAAAGAUUGUUAGUAAAGUGUAUAUCUUGUUAGAUAGCGCGAGCUCAGCCGUCUAGCGAGAGUGUUAAUAGUGUGUUGCUGUAUCAUAGUGCACGGUACCAUAACCCUGUAUAUUUACUGACACUGUAUAUAAGUACUAAUCAUUGUCGUCUAUUGCAUGUUUAACACCGUAACCACUAAUAAUUGUAUUGUGACCUUAAAUUGUGCUUUGACCUAUGCUAACCGUACUGUAACCGAUACUAGUAAAAGACGAUGUUACUGGGGUGUGUUAUAGACGGGUAAUUCAUAUAUAGAGAAUUAUAGCGUGGGUGACUGUAUAGUUUCGCCAAAGGGCAUAAUAUUGAUUAUUUAGUGACUGGUGUAACAGCUGUGUGUGUACGGGAAUUCCCUGAGUGAUUAUUGUGUUAUUGUGUACGUUUCACUCGGUAACUGUACCACGUGGUGCUGUUGCCAGAGGAAACGGGUGUGACUGUUGAAUAAGAACGCGUGCAUAGUAUUCGUUGUCAACGACGUUCCAUUGAUAAGUAUGGGCGCGUCAGAGUCAACGAUUUCGGAUCCCUUAGGUUGUAUGGUAAAGAAUUUUAAAAAGGGAUUCAAAACAUGUGAUUUUGGGGUUAAAAUGUCUCCUGUACGUUUGGUCACUUUGUGCACUAGGGAGUGGCCUACUUUGGUUGCGGCAUGGCCGCCGCGUGGCAGUUUGGAUCCAACCCUGGUACAGCGUGUACACGUGGCUGUAUCAGGUAGGCCUGAACUUUACGGACAGUUUCCAUACAUUGAUUGUUGGAGGCAGGCCGUAAACGACUCGCCAAAAUGGAUCCGGAUAUGCCACGAGGAGCAAUGUCGCCUCAUGGUGGCCAGGACUUGUUUGUCCACUAGGACUGGUGUUAGGCCCAUUUUGGACACGCCCCCUGAGUCCGAGAUCCCUUUGCCGCCCCCUUACUUUCCUUUAAGAGGAAGUGACGCGAAUGCAGGAAGUUCUGCACCCCUUCCCCUAUUGCCCCCAUCCACUUCCGCUUCCUCCUCCAGUACAGAAUCCACCCCCCCUCGUAUUAAAACUCCCCUUCCGGAACCAGGACCAACCCCCAUUAGAUCUGAAUAUCCUGAUUUGGCGCCACUUCAAACUUCCGGUCAAGCUUCUUCUAGCUCGGCUCGGAGUAUACUAUUCACUGACUUUUCCCAAAAUCAAGUUCCCACAUCCUCAUGCCCUAUUACCUCUCGACCGGAACCUUUAACUGACGCCCCUCCACGUAGCCCCAUACUAACCCGACAACUGACCGGUACCCAACAAUUAAAACAUUAUCAGAUGCCUCUUCGUCUGAAUCCUGGGUCAGCCUAUAUCGAUGCCGCAGGUCAAAUGGCACAUGCUGACCCAGUCUUCGUAUAUGUCCCGUUCACGACUACCGAUCUCUUGAAUUGGAAGACCCACAAUUCCUCGUACACUGAGAAACCACAAGCUAUGACCGAUCUGUUCACCUCGAUAGUUCAGACACAUAACCCGACAUGGGCUGAUUGCCAGCAGUUAUUAAUGACAUUGUUCAAUAAUGAGGAAAGGACAAGGAUUAACCAAGCGGCCAUUAAGGCGCUAGAGGAGAGAGCCCGUGCUUUAAAUCAAGCCAAUCCGGCAGCAUGGGCCGCAACACAUUACCCUAACACCGAUCCUGACUGGAAUGUAAAUGGCGCAGAUAUGGCUCAACUUAAAGCCUAUAGAGAUGCUAUAAUUGCUGGCAUGAAAGCCGGAGGGAAGAAAGCUAUUAACAUGUCGAAGACAGUUGAGGUGAUUCAGAAAAGUGAUGAAGCGCCCAGUGUCUUUUAUGACCGAUUAUUGGAGGCAUACCGCUUGUAUACCCCCUUUAAUCCGGAAGACGCUGAUAAUUCCCGAAUGGUAAACUCCGCCUUUGUCAGCCAAGCUUACGGAGAUAUUAAGCGCAAGCUACAGAAAUUAGAAGGGUUUGCAGGUAUGUCUAUCACCCAACUAAUGGAGGUAGCGAACAAAGUAUAUAUGAAUAGGGAAACAGAAAGUAAGAAAGAGGAAGAGCGCAAGAUGCGUAGAAAGGCAGAUAUGCUAGCGGUAGCGAUCGCAGGCGUAGAUAGACGGGGCCCAGAUAGAGGCGAUGGUAGAUGGAAUAGGGAGCCUUUGAGUAGGAAUCAGUGCGCGUACUGUAAGGAAGAAGGGCAUUGGAGGAACGAGUGUCCGCAAAGAGAGCAGUAUGAGAGAGACUUACCCAGGGCAGGUUACGGAAACUUUAGAGGCAGAGCGAGAGGUAGAGGAGGCCCCGGAGGGAGUAAUGGUAAUAGAGGGAGUAAUGGGAACAGAGGAAGUGUAAGGGAAGAUAGGUACUAUCCAGCAGCGCAAAGGUCCCGCGAUAGAGAAGGUAGGGACUUUGUGGGAUUGGCUGACACGGUCAUGGAGGACUAUUGAUACCGACCGGGCUCCAUCCCCCUUGGUCGAGCGGAGCCUAUGGUCGAUGUAUCAAUAGGGGGAAAAAGGAGUGCGUUCAUGAUCGACACUGGUGCUGAACAUUCGGUGGUGACUAAUCUAGUUGCUCCUCCAUCUGGAAGAACUAUUACUGUAAUAGGAGCAACUGGAAGAAGUGCUGAAAAACCGGUUCUUAAAAGUCGACUCUGUACAUUGGGAGGCCACGUAGUAAAACAUCAAUUCCUUUAUAUGCCUGAGUGUCCAGUCCAAUUGCUGGGACGUGAUAUGCUAUCCAAAUUACAAGCGCAGAUUACGUUCCUACCAAAUGGAACAACAUCCUUAAAGUUUAAUGGACCCUCAGGUAUUAUGACAUUGUCUGUACCAAAGGAAGAAGAGUGGCGACUUUAUACAGUGUUGACUAGCCAAAACCCGAGGAGUGAUGAAUCCUUAUUUAACAUACCAGGAGUUUGGGCAGAGAACAACCCACCAGGACUGGCCCGCAAUAUUCCACCUAUUAAAAUCGAACUAAAACUUGGGGUUUAUCCAGUAAGCCUGAGACAAUAUCAUAUUCCGCAGAAGGCUAAGAAGAACAUCCAAUCUUAUCUGGAUAAGUUCAUACGGUAUGGUAUCCUAAAAUUCUGUACUUCCCCCUGGAACACCCCAUUGCUGCCUGUUCAAAAGCCCGGUACAGAUGAGUAUCGACCUGUGCAGGACUUGAGAGCAGUCAAUGAUGCGGUUGUUAGUAUACAUCCAGUCGUGCCCAAUCCAUAUAACCUGCUUGCUUUAAUUCCGGGCGGGGCUACUUACUUUACAGUCUUAGAUCUCAAAGAUGCCUUCUUUUGCCUCCGAAUUGCCGCAGAAAGCCAAUGUAUCUUCGCUUUCCAAUGGGAAAAUGCUGUAACGGGCUCGAAACGCCAAAUGACCUGGACAAGAUUGCCCCAGGGGUUUAAAAAAUUCACCUACCCUAUUUGGUUCAGCUCUAAGUCAAGAUCUACUAGAUUUCGAGUCUAUCCCAGGAGAGUGUGUAUUAUUACAAUAUGUAGAUGACUUGUUGAUAGCAGCAGUUACAAAGGAAGUAUGUCAGCAAGCAACGCACGAUCUACUACACAUUCUCUGGAAGGCAGGAUACAAGGUGUCAAGAAGGAAGGCUCAGUUGUGUUUGCCAACUGUCAAAUAUCUGGGAUUCCAUAUCUCUGAAGGUCAAAGAAUUAUGGGGCCAGAGAGAAAAGAAGCUGUGUGCCAAAUACCGAUACCCAGGAAUAGAAGACAAGUGCGAGAAUUCUUGGGGGCAGCAGGCUUCUGUAGGAUAUGGAUUCCCAGCUACGCGAUACUGGCAAAACCUCUGUAUGCAGCUAUCAAAGGUACAGAGCACGACCCCUUCUUAUGGACUCAAGAACAGCAAACGGCAUUCGAAGAUGUGAAGAGGGCUUUGAUGAGUGCCCCAGCAUUAGGUCUACCUGACCACACACGGCCAUUCUACCUGUAUGUACAUGAGCAAAGAAGAAUGGCUGUGGGAGUAUUGACACAGUACUUGGGAUCAUGGCAAAGACCUGUUGCCUACAUGUCUAAGCAACUGGAUGCAGUGGCCAGCGGACUUCCACCUUGUCUAAGAGCUGUAGCUGCAGCCGCCCUGCUAGUAGCUGAAGCCGAUAAACUCACUCUGGGUCAAGAACUUUAUGUACGAGUUCCACAUGCAGUACAGACGUUGUUGGAUUACAAAGGAAAUCAUUGGUUUAGUAACAGCCGUAUGACCAAGUAUCAAGCAAUGUUGUGUGAAAACCCAAGAGUGCAUUUAGAGACUGUAAAUACCUUAAAUCCAGCUACCCUUUUGCCACAACCUACUGAAAGUCAACAUGAUUGUUUGGAAGUAAUGGAUGAAGUAUUUUCAAGUAGACCAGAUCUUCGUGAUUUUCCCAUCCAGAACCCUGAUGUUCAAUAUUACACCGACGGCAGUAGUUAUGUAAAAGAAGGGAUCCGCUAUGCAGGAUAUGCAGUAACAACGAUAGACAAGGUGAUAGAAGCUCGGCCACUGGCAAAAGGAACAUCAGCACAAAAGGCAGAAUUGAUAGCACUGACACGAGCGUUACAAUUGGCUGAAGGUUUAAGAGUGAACAUCUACACGGACUCCAAGUAUGCGUUUUUAACCACUCAUGCCCACGGAGCUUUGUAUAAAGAAAGAGGACUAUUGAAUUCAGAAGGCAAAGAAAUCAAAUACGCAGCUGAGAUCCUACAACUAUUGGAAGCAGUGUGGGAGCCGAAAGAAGUCGGUAUUAUACAUUGUCGGGCGCAUCUGAGAGGAGAUGGUGAUGUAACCAAAGGGAAUCGGAUGGCAGAUAGUGCAGCUAAGCGUGCUGCUGAAUCAGGAAGACAGGAAUAUGUGGGGCAUAUAGCUGCUCUUAUACCAACUCCACUGUCUCAAUGGACUCCAAUUUAUACAGCUCAAGAAGAGGAGUGGUUAAGGACUGAACCUGGAAAGUAUUUGGAGAACAAAUGGUAUCAGUUAGAAGAUGGAAGAAUAGUUAUUCCAGCAUCACUAGCGGUAGAAAUUGUCCAAAACUAUCAUAACGGGACACAUUCUGGGAGAGACAGUACAGAAGAAUCUCUCAGAAAACAUUUCUACAUACCAAGAUUGUCCAACUUGACUCAGGCCAUUGUACGUAGAUGUGUAACGUGUGCUAAAAAUAAUGCAAGACAAGGACCAGUAAAGCCACCAGGAGUCCAGUUUAUGGGGGGACUUCCCAUGUCCGAUUUACAAAUUGACUAUACAGUGAUGCCUAAAUCGGGUGGACAUCGCUACCUGCUGGUAGUGGUGUGCACCUAUUCAGGCUGGGUAGAAGCAUGUCCUACUCGUACAGAGAAAGCAGGAGAAGUCGUGAGAUUCCUGCUACGAGAAAUAAUACCCCGAUAUGGACUACCCUGCUCUAUAGGAUCGGACAAUGGUCCAGCUUUUGUUCAUCAGUGCCUACAACAAUUGACUCAUAUGCUUGGUAUAAAGUGGAGGCUUCAUACGGCAUAUAGACCCCAGAGUUCUGGUAAGGUAGAGAGAAUGAAUAGAACUAUUAAGAAUCAGUUGGCUAAAAUGUGUCAGGAAACCCAACUUAAGUGGAACGUUCUCUUGCCCAUAGCUCUAUUGCGAAUCCGUAGUACACCUACCAGAAGGAUGGGCCUCUCUCCUUUUGAAAUCAUGUACGGGCGACCACCUCCCGUGCUUGGUAACUUAAGGGGGGAUUUGAGUCAGUUGGGAGAAGGAAUUACCCGGCAGCAGGUUGUAGAGUUGGGUAAGACUAUGGAGGAGGUACAGAAAUGGGUACAAGAUAGAUUACCUGUGAAUAUUUAUCCCCCAAUUCAUAGUUACCACCCAGGCGACCAAGUGUGGAUUAAAGAGUGGAAUAAUGUGCCGUUAGGGCCCAAGUGGAGAGGUCCUUAUGUUGUUCUUCUGUCUACCCCUACAGCGAUAAAAGUAGCCGAAGUGGCUCCGUGGAUACAUCACUCCAGGGUUAAACCAGCAGCAGCCGAUUCCUGGCAAGUUACAGCAAAUCCAGAGAAUCCCUGCAAGAUCCGGUUAAAACGCACGACUCAGUCGGAGUGACGAGGAACCUUGUAGAUUACAAAUUUUAUUGUUUCAGAGACUUGGUAAGUGAGUGAGAAGGCCAUAAUAAAGCCUGUCCACUCACCAACGAGUGUAUAAGUCAGGGAAAGUCUUGAGGGGACCCCUGUGAAGACGAGCAGAACUCCAUUCCCUGCAGUCCUUACAUCCUGGAAGCUGAGGUGCCUUCGCACGGACGAAGACUGAGGAUGACGACGAAAGAUGUAUUUUUAAUAAUGUUUAUUUAUGUGUAUUUUUAUAUUCAGGAAGGUAGAGGUACCAACACUCCUAGCUGUGAGGUAUGCAUUAAGACUACAAGAACAGGUAACCAUAUAUCCCAGACCCUAAUUUGGCAUUCGCAAUAUGAGUGUAAAGGAGAUGUAUCAAGAUGUAGAUACUUAAAUAUAGAAUAUAGUGUGUGUCAUUUAGGAGUAGGAGAACCUAAGUGCUUCAGUCCUGAGUAUCAACCCCGUACAAUUUGGUUGACUCUCAGAAAUGGAGAUCCUCAGGGGACCCUAAUUAAUAAGACGGUAUUAAAAUCCGUAUAUUCUUCAGGUGCUCUGCUAUUUGAUGCGUGUAAAGCAAUAUCAAGUGGUAGAAAGCCGUGGAAUGUAUGUGGGGAUCUUAGAUGGGAGAGGACGUAUGGGUCUAACGAUAAAUAUAUUUGUCCCAGUAGUAAAAAUAAAUAUGUAAGUCCAAGAUGCCCAAAUAGAGAUUAUAACUUCUGCCCAUAUUGGUCUUGUGUGGGGUGGGCGACUUGGGGACAGACAGCAGACAAGGACAUGAUUGUGACUAAGUUGCCUACUAAUCCAUAUUGUAAGUCUAUGGAAUGUAAUCCAAUCCAUAUACUUAUAAAUAACCCUGACAAGUUCUUAGAUAAAUAUGGUAAUUUAUUUGGGUUUCAAAUAUAUGGGACGGGUUUAGACCCUGGGACAAUAUUGUUUAUAGGGAUAGAGACUGAUACGGUAACCUCCCAAACUCAUCAAGUAUACCAUUCCUUUUAUGAAGAGAUGAGCAUAGAUAAUAAGAUCCCCCAUAAUGCUAAAAACUUGUUCAUUGAUUUAGCCGAGAGUAUUGCCGGUAGUCUUAAUGUUACCAACUGCUAUGUGUGUGGAGGUACUAACAUGGGAGACCAAUGGCCUUGGGAAGCAAAGGAGGUAAUGUCCGGUUCUGAGGCAGUUGACCAAUUAAUAUCUACACAAGCCGACUAUCAUAUGAGUGUUAGAGGUAAAUCUGAGUGGAGAUUGAAGACCUCCAUCAUAGGUUAUGUUUGCAUAGCGAGGAAAGGAAUGAUGUAUAAUACUUCUGUAGGAGAAUUAACUUGUCUAGGGCAAAAAGCUUAUGAUGAUGAUACAAAGAAUACAACUUGGUGGUCGGCUUCAAAUGUCUCAGAACCAUCUAACCCGUUUGCAAGAUAUGCCAAUUUAAAGGACGUAUGGUUUGAUCUAUCCAUCACAUCUAACUGGAGAGCCCCAGCGAAUUUGUACUGGAUCUGUGGUAAGAAGGCCUAUUCGGAGUUACCACAGGACUGGGAAGGGGCAUGUGUGUUGGGUAUGUUGAAACCAUCCUUCUUCUUGUUGCCUAUUGAAACAGGUGAGACUUUAGGUGUUAAAGUGUAUGAUGUGAAUCAUAGGAAGAAAAGGGGACCCAUAGAGAUAGGUGCCUGGGAAGAUAAUGAAUGGCCUCCCCAGCGUAUUAUAGAUUAUUAUGGGCCAGCCACGUGGGCAGAGGAUGGUACCUUUGGUUAUAGAACCCCUAUUUAUAUGCUCAACCGCAUUAUAAGGUUACAGGCGGUGGUUGAGAUCAUUACUAACGAGACAUCACAAGCGCUCAAUCUUCUAGCGAAGCAUAAUACCAGGAUGAGAACAGCAGUUUACCAAAAUAGAUUAGCCUUGGAUUAUCUUUUGGCAGUAGAGGGAGGUGUAUGUGGGAAGUUUAACCUGAGCAAUUGCUGUCUUCAAAUAGAUGACGAAGGGCAAGCAAUAGCUGAGCUUACUAGCCAUAUGGUUAAACUAGCGCAUGUGCCUACUCAGGUAUGGAAAGGGUACAAUCCAAGUAGUUGGUUUGGUAGCUGGUAUGAGUGGUUUGGAGGGCUUAAGGCAGUGGUAGGUGGAGUCCUACUGAUUUUAAUGUUGUGUCUACUCCUGCCGUGUCUUAUACCCUUAGUAGUUAGGUCUGUGCAAAGCCUGAUAGAAAAUAUAGCAGAGAGGAAGGCUGCUGCACAGAUAAUGGCAAUUUAUAAAUAUAAGGCUCUAGAUCAGGGAGAACCAAUGCAGGAAGACGAGUGUUGAAGAUUCACAUCAUAGGAUAAGUCUGGUCUGGUUCAAAGGUAACUUGUGGUGUAUGCAAACCAAGGUUAAGUGAUGCCUCAAGUAAUUGUAAAAUAUCAAGAGGCAUCAAAGGGGGGAAUGUGGUGGAAUCUCGGUAAAAAUAAAUUUAGUAGGCCGAGAUUACCACGUGGCAUGUGUACGUGCAUAUGCUGACGUAUCGAUCAGUUGGUUGCACGAGGCAAGAUACGAUCAGUAGUGUACGGAGCAUGUGCAAGAAUACAGGAUGUAGUAUUCCCCUCCUCCAUUGUGCUGGACAAGCCAUGCGGUCAAGCAGGAAGUUAAUUCUUAUUUGUAAUGAUUGGUCAAGAGAAUGUGCGGGUGGAGCUUAAUAUGGGAGGAGUUAUGUGCCUAUAUAGGGAGCCUGCACUAUUGUUCAGGGCUCAGAACUUGCUGUAUUUUUGGUGACAUUAGUCCCUCUGAGUCCCGAUCGGUGAUCCAAUAAAGAAUCUCUUCCUUCCUGAAGAAACCUGUGUCCAUCCCUCUGUGCUUUGCUUCCAUCAGUUUCUCCGGUAUCAAACUCAGUAAAGGAGUUUAAGCAGGCAUGGAAUAGGCAUAAGGCUAUCCUAGGUAUAAGAUAAGGCUAGGGACUAAUGAAAGUAUUUAGAAAAUUGGGCAGACUAGAUGGGCCGGAUGGUUCUUAUCUGCCGUCACAUUCUAUGUUUCUUUGGUGGGAGAAAGAGACACAAAAGGGAAUAGGGGGUAGGAGACAUACAAAAGGGGCUGUGGUCAUAUAUGUAACUUUCCCAGGAUACGGUCAGGGCCUGUAUUAUGGGAAUUUUUGGGUUAUGGGUUUUGUAGGGUAAGAGGUUUCUGCCUUGAAGGUGCAGAGGACUGCAACUCUCAUUGUUUUUAGUCAGGAUUUGCUUUUCUAGUAUUGUCACACGUCCUUAGACAUCACAAUAGGAUGUGCCCUUUCUGGUCAUUGCAGAAAGAAGAAAGCCUAUUAAAUUCAUACCUCCAAACACGGGGUAGUAUGAGAUGGGGACGGGUGGGCAGGCCUGAGGGGGGCAUAAUUGGUGAUGCCUACAAACAGUACGGGCAGCUCAGCUGACAUCCUAAGCCAAUUAAUGAAUGGCAGCAUCUGGUUUCUGUAGCACUGCAGGAAAGCUCUCCAGGUAAGGGGCAAACUGUUGCAAAAUUGACAGGAUACUCCUGGCAUCAUAGCCACUAUGGUAACUCUUUAAAGUUAAACCAAAAUGUACAACCCAUUCAAUUUUCUGAACCAUUCUUUAGUUUGGAUUCUUUUCCUUGUUCUACUGACCACUAAGUUUGCCCAAUAUAAAAAUGGCGUGUUUUUUUUGUUUUGUUUUGCUUUGUCUUGUUUGAGUUUCAGCAAACAUUUUUUCAGUUUAUGGUUUCAUUUUUUUUCCUCAGGCACUCAUGGCAGAGUAGGAAAUCCAGGAAAACAAGGUUUUAAAGGAAAACAAGGAGCAAUUGGAAGAGCUGGUCCAAGAGGACCAAAAGGAAUUCAUGGAGACCAGGGAAAGCCAGGUGAUAUAGGAGGUAAAGGGCCAAAGGGAAAAAAAGGAGAUGUAGGCAUACCAGGACCAUGCACUUGUGGAACAAAGAAAGCCAAAUCAGCCUUCUCUGUAGCAGUCACUAAAAGUUACCCAAAAGAACGUUUGCCAAUUAAAUUUGACAAAGUUCUUAUGAAUGAAGGUGGACAUUACAAUGCAUCCAGUGGGAAAUAUAUAUGUAGUGUUCCAGGCAUCUACUUCUUCACAUAUGACAUUACAUUGGCAAACAAGCAUUUAGCUAUUGGAUUGGUACAUAAUGGUCAAUACAAGAUAAAGACAUUUGAUGCCAAUACUGGAAAUCAUGACGUUGCUUCUGGUUCCACCAUUCUUCCUUUAAAACUCGGUGAUGAAGUGUGGCUGCAGAUUUUUUACUCAGAGCAGAAUGGAUUAUUUUAUGACCCGUACUGGACCGAUAGUUUAUUUACAGGAUUCCUCAUAUAUCCUGAACAAGAGUACAUUAAUGAACCAGAAGAUGGAAGCAACACACAGGAAACAUCAGAUGUGAGUUGAGAAUAUGAGCCAGCUCCUUCUAGUGGAGUAAGGGAAAAAGGAAAUUAUCUACUAAAUGCCAAUCUAAAUUCACUGGUGUAAAAGAGUCAGCAUGAAACCCUUGCAAACUAGCAAUAACAAAGUACACAACGUACAACUUUGCAAUAUACCAGGAGCUGGUAUCUAGGUAAGAGGAUUAAUUAAUAUGGAAUAGAAAAUAAAAUGCCAAAACCUAUAACACGAUAAAAGCAAUAAAAAUGGGUAAAUCAAAAAUGUAAAUAAAAUUCAACACUUCAUGAAGCAUUUCAUCUGAUACCUAACAAUUGGUGAUUUCACCAGCAAUAAACCUGUCGCCAGCUAAGAAUCAUGUUCAUGAAAAAAAAAAAAAAAAUAAUAAUAAUAAUAAUUGUGACAUAUCCAUCAUUGUGGAUAAACCAAUGUUAAUAGAAAUUGUAUUGCCUUAAGGACAUUUUACUGCACUAUUUAUAAUUUUAAAUUAUCCUUCUGGAUAUCAAAAUAAGGAAAGCUUAGCAUAUCUAUGUGAAUAUGUUAAUGGUUCAACUCAAAAUUUUUGGAAAUAAA